AUGGACCAAGCCGGCAUCCUUAGAAAGUUUAUCCAGGGGGUGAAGGCCAUGAGCGAGGGGGACGAGGAGAGGGGAGAGGACAACUUCGGCAGCGACUUUAUGGUGAGUCCAAAUGUAAAGCUUAGCCCCUUUAACCAUGUGUGUAUUCCUCCUUAUCUUCACAAUUUCCACCUUUUCCUCCUCGCUGACCCUCCAAACCCCUCCUCCCCGCCCCCCUCCCCAUCUCCUGGUUCCCUGUAUCCCCCAGGAGGUGAGGCAGGGGCGGCCACACUGCCCUCUUCCUCUUCCUCCCAUUUCCAGGCUUUUCAUGGCGGCCUAGCAUUGUCUCCCAUACCACAAGUGCUCCUGUUUUUAUAGAACAAGGGGACAACAACUAAAUCAACAAGACACAUUCACGUCCCUCUCCAGCCCAGGGCUCAUUUCUACAUGGCAUUGUUGGGAUAGCUUAGCUUUAGCUUGUAGGUAAAGGCUGGGCCAAAGUGCAGUGAUUUCCUGCCUGUUAAUCAUGCAUGCUUGUUAGGAUACAGUGCAAUGAUUCAUUGUCCUACAGGAUAUUUAACAAUCAGUGGAUAGCCACUAACCACACAGAGCUAAUUUCACGUUUUAUCCUCCUGAGGUUACUUGUAGUUCAUUUACAGUUGUAUUAUUGUCUUCUUUAGUAUAUUUUAGAAGAAUCAGGGUCAAUGUGUAUUUUUUUUGUCUGCAUUGUUGGCAGAUAUCUCUUCAUAGAUAACCAGUACCUUCUCUAUCAUACAGCUCACUCAAUUUCUAGUCAUCGAAAUGGGAUGUGUGUAACAUAAAAGAGUGGACCGCCUUACUACUUCCACAUUUGAAACCACACAUUAACAAUAUGAGUUCACAAUAGUUGUAUCAGAUUCAGAAGCAUUGAAUCAGCUUUCAUUUGGCUAUGCGCGCAGUAUAACCUUACACAAAAGAAUACAUAUUUCAGUUCAGUUGGAGAAAUCUCAUUGCUGAAUAUUAGUCAGAGUUAGGAUAAGAGUAUUAAUUUGUUAACUUUUUAACGUGUGGAAAGAGUCUGCUUUUUUAUGUGAGAAAACAUACUUUUAUUAAGGUGACUUCAUUAUUUAGAAAGCAAAAACUACAUUAAAUAAGUUAAAGUUUUUAUGGCUGGACACAGCUUUGUGUUGCAAUCACAAUCUGUACAGACAACCUUAUUUAAAGCUUCUAUUAGGAGUUUUUCAAUGUAAUAAAAACACUGAGCUCCCUAUUAUGGCCUUUUUUAAAUAUCUGAACAUGAGAUAUCUACAAACAAGACCAUCAGGGACAAGUUUGGUCAUGUGUAUAUCCUUAUUUCUAAUGCCUGAAACUUGAAUGAGGGGUUAGGUAUCUGUUGUGCAUCAUUGUCUUUACAAUAAAUAAUAUAUGAUAUACUAUAAUAAAUGAUAUAUUAUAUAUUUGUCUUAGGAGGUGCUAGUGUUGACACAAACUGAAGGUUCCUCACUGGAGCUUUAAUGUCAGAUUAAAGCAAAUUUUAGUUGAAGGCUGGUCGUACUAUUUCAAAACUAUGUCUCUGUGGUUCUUGGUUGAAGUCUGUGGGAGUCCUCUUGCCGUCUGAUGACUCCUGACCCAUCAUAGUCGCAAGUUAACCCACACUGACUGUAUCACUUGAUGUUAUUGUGUUGCAACUCAGGACUCGAAAUAGGACUUGUCCCGGGCUUGUGAAAUAGCUGAAAUAGCCAUGACUGGAAUGUCACUUCUAUAAUACCACUUGUAUUACUAUGUGGUCUUUUGAGCUUAAUGGAUUUGAUUCAGGAUAUACCAGGGAGGGAAUGCCAACUAGGGGAUCUGCGCACGUUUUGACUAAUCUAUUAGUGAAUACACAAAGACAUGAAAUUUGCCUCAGUCAUACUUUUGUUUUGAGUAUUUUUUUAUUCCUCUGCUGUUUGUUUUUGAAGAAGCUAAUAAGAGUAAGAAGUUUUUUCUCCUCUUGAUGCAAGAACUCACAUGCACUCAUACACAUUUACACACAUUCUCCUUACUUCCCUACUUCAUGCAAGCUGCUUGCUGGAGCUUGCAACAUUCUUUCUUGGCCUAUUUCAUAACAUUUUGCCCUGGCUUUACAACCGGGCUCUUUCAACCCAACGGUGCACUCUAAAUAAAUGUGGCACAGUUUGACAGGCCUCUUUUUUGCUGAAUAGGUGGGUAGUAAAUUCAGAAAUAAGGACAAUCCUGUGUGUGUCCACUGGUUUGCUGAUGUUUAAGACUGUCCUGUCCUUCGACGUGUGUUUCAGAAAACAGGGAGGUAGAAGAUGUUGCGCAAAAACUAGACCACAAGGGGUGUUGGGUAGAGUUAAAGACAUUUAAGGGUCACUUUGAAGAGGAUAUUGAGAACAAAAACAAACUUAUGAUGUCUUCAGUUUAUUUUAAAACACACACCACAUUCAGAUAAAACCUCCUUGCUAAAUCGGAAUAAUUGCGCAGUGUGAUCUGCCCCUUUUCCGAAUUUGUAAUUCAUUCUUUUUAUUGGAUGCUGGUUCAUCGUAACCUUAAUUCCAAGAGUAGCACUGACAGAGCAAAUUAGGGUUCUUCUUUUAGCACCACCACACUUCUCAUUCAUAACUUUACACACAUCCACGCCUUGUCACAGUGUGUACAACGACCACAGUCCUCUGCUGCUGAAGGGUUUAAAGGCGGGGUCAUCCUAAAUAUUGUUCUGAAGUGUAAGAAAGAGCGCUGUUUUGACCUUCGUGACAAACAGAGGGCACACUUUAAGAUUUUAUGGAAACAGACGCUUUCUGUGCCGUGAUUUCGCUUCAUCUGGUUUUAAGGAAGCUUUAUUGGCAUGAAAGACAUUUUACUCGUUUCUGAAGUUUGAUACAUUUCUUGUUGGCCUUUUAGCUAUUGCACAGUGACCAGACAGUUGCUCCACUAUCAAACGCUCAUAUAAACAGCAUCCCCAAGUUCCUAAAUUUCAGCCAUUAUGGUCUGCUUUGAUGACAAGUCACCUAAUGUCAGCUUUAUGGUAUUUAAUUGAAUGGGACUCCAUGCUAAGUUUCCUCUCAGUGAAUUAAGAGAUUCACCUAAAUAAUUCAGCACACUCACACACCAAAAGUCUUGUUCUGACUGCACACAAACAAAGCGAGUGUACCAAGCACAAGUUCAGACAUUGUGUGAGUAAGUGCUUUAACUGCUUGCUGCCGCUCUGGUGUACCAUUUUCGAGGCUUUCAUCAACCUUGCAAUUGCUGUAGUCGACCUCACAAUACCACAAGAGCUCGGGGUGUGCUUCUUUGCUCACUGAGUCACCAAAACACUGACAUAACACUCACUUUAACUGCCCAUUGUUGUUUAUAUAUAGAAUGUGUUUUAUCGGCCUAAUUACAGUGAUCUUGUAGGGCAACGAGUCUGGGAUUGUACGCUUUGUUCAGCCCUCUUUUUCAGCUGCUUGAUGAAGAAACAGGAAAUGGCAAAAUAUGAUGAAGAGUUAGAAACUUUAGAAGAAGAAUAGAGUGCUGUCAUAGUGAUGAAAAUUAAACCCACACGAUUAGGAUGCAAAAGGAGAAUACUGAAAUGAAAAACACAGGGAUGGCAAUGAUAACAGACCGAUUAAUGAGCUGGCUGAUUAAUGCUGACGGCAUUUUGAUAAAAAUCUGCAUCAUAUUGGCAUCUGCCCUCAUAAGGCCGAAAUCGUUUAUCUUUUCUAAAUGAAAACACAAUUUUACACUUGACUUUCCAGCAUUUACCACAUAUAUGUUUCUUUUUAGUCUUUUUUAAAUGAUCAGACAGACAUCUAACAUUUCUUUGUGGCAAUAUUUUACUGAACAUGCCGCUUCUCCCUCCACAUUUAUUGCAUAAAUGUUUACUCAAGUUUAGCAACUGUUUUCCAUCUGUCAGUUUUACUGAAUAGAUGUGUUUUUGUUAAACACAAACAAAUAAUAAAGUGAUAUUGGCAUUAUAUAUUGGCAUCAGCUAACCCUCCCUCUCAAAAUCUGUUGAUUGGCCUCAGCCUUUAAAACGGCUAUCGGUUGACCACUAUUAUUAAUAAAAAUGUAUCAGCCUUGAAAAAUCAGAGUGAGUGAUUUUGUACGGAAAUGCAGCAGAGCAAACACAAGUGAAAGCGCAAGUGUAAAACAUAAAUAAACUCGUAAAAAUACACUGCUAUAAUAAUAACCACAAUAUCACAACACAGUCAUUCUGCACUAUUAGACAAAAGUCAUAUAAUGAAACAUCAGUGUCUUCCAUUGAAUUAAACUUUACUUACUAUGUGUGUAUGGUGGGGGUGUCAAUUGAAUUGUAUACCAUCUAUUGAUUCUGUAUUUAUUGAUAUUUUUAAAUAAAUCUUUCUUUGUUUUACAUCUCAUUCUAAUGUUUGUUUACAACCCCUUUAGUUUACACACUCACUUUCUUUCAGCUCUUUAUCUCCUCUCUGUAUGCACACAAUGACGUGCCCCCCUCACCUCCUUCUGUUCCUGUCCUCUCCUCUCCUCUAUUUCGUCAUCACAACAAGUCAUCUGCGUGUGGAUGAUACUCGAUAAUGACGCGGCUCAUGCGGAUGAAAAACUCAUAGAGUGCAAAAUGACAUGACAGUGUCCAGCUGCACACAGCUCUGAAACAGCGUUUUAAGAAGGUUCACAUGAGAUGGGGUGGGAGAUGUCUUUAAUCACUGAUGGCAGAUGGUGAUCUUAUACAGGGGGCAAUAAUGCAAAGUUGUUGAAAGUGUUCUUGGGUGGCCAAAAAUAAACUUGAGCAGCCUGUCCAGGUAAACACUGAUUACAUUUAGAUGUUGGUGAAACAAUAAUUUUCUUGAAGAGUCAAGCGAACAGUUUAUUGCCAUAUUGUUAUUUUGUCCCACCCUUACAAACAGACAGCCUAUAUGUGCCUGUCAGAAGUGACGUCAUGCAUCAUGUCGUCAGGAAGAGCCACGCUGUGUGUGAUCCAUCUGACAGAUCUGGAGUCAUGAUGCAGUCCCAGUUCCACAAAACCAAACAAUGGCAAUCUCGCCUGUUUUACAAGAGUAGUUAUCAACUUGCUCUGUCAACCCACGACUCUGUAAACCAGCUAUUAGAGUGCUUAUGUAAGAGAGUUUGUAACAAGCAGUUACAGAGGCAUCAUCACGGACACAUUAAGAGAAGAUGAGAGGAAAAAUUCAGGAACAUUUUCUCAUUUAAGUGCCAAAUAUAAAAUGAUUCAGGGGUGAGAGAGAACAGCAGCAGACUAUAUCAGGGAAGGUACUGCGGUGAUUUCUGGUGUUUUUUAUCAGAAAAAGCAGUAAAAAGGGAACAGCUUGAUUAAAUCUACCUAAAAGUACCUCUUAAAAUACAUAUAAAAUACCUUCCUCGCUGCACACAGAGGUCAUUUCUCUAAAGGCAGCAGACGUCGGCCACGUAAUACGACCUUUAACAGCAGAUUACCUGUGCUACAUUAAUAGCUCCUCAUCUUUCCAACUAAAAGCACAUUUAAGAGCAGGCAGUGACUUUUACAAAGUGCUGACAAUAAGUGAUCUUUCAAAGAUAUGGCAUUAAAAUUUUUAGAUCAGGAGAGAGGAGUCAUCGGAAAAGAAACAGACUGAACUAGCAGAUUCAUAGGAUGAAUAAACACACCGAGAAAGCAAAAAUCAUCUUAUGUUGACAUGUAUUUAUAUUAGGACCCGACCGAUAUGGAUUUUUUGGGGCCGAUGCUGAUACCGAUUAUUGAGGGUGGGUUAAAUUUAGUUAAUUUAAGUAAAAUAUCUACAUAUUUACUUAUUUUUUUAACAAAUGGCUGCUUUUGAGCCUUUCAAACACUUCUCAGAAAUAUUUAUCUCAGUAAUAUUCCACAUAUUUACCAUGAAUCAAACUCGGACCAGAAAAGCGUCAUACACACACACACACACACACACACACACACACACACACACACACACACACACACACACACAAACACUUAACGUCUUAACUCAUGUUACUCAUUUCCAGUCCAGUCUCAUCUGGAGACAUGCAGCUGCCUCAGUAAGAGAAGUAGCUCGAUCACGUAACGUGUGCUGUUGUCUAUUCUACCUUUACUGGCACGGCUAACAGUGUAGCAAGGCUAAUAGCAGGUGGCUAACUCUAACUUUAGCUUGCAUAUUACAUGGCGCUUCACUGUUAACUUCACGUGACCAAGACCAGCACAGCAGGGAACAUCGUGAGGUCGGUUUAACUGAAACUUGUUGACUUAUUGUGUAUUUCACAAACUGGUUUAUUUACCGUUGAGGCGGACCACUCUCCACCGUGCUUCCCCGAGCUGCCUGCUUCAGAUCCGUCACUCUGCUGUGCUGUGAGGUAGUUAGUGGAUGAACAUUGUCAUGAGGUCGCUGCGCCAUCUACAGGAUAAGUCGGGGAACUUUUUUCAAAUGGCGGAACAAUUUUCGAAGUGAAACCGAAUCUUAUUUUCCGCGUUUUGUUUCUGAAAAUAUAGGUGAGUUUUGGCCGAUUACAGAUUAGUCUCAAAAGGGCUAAAAUGGGCCGAUUUAAUCAGCUCACCGAUAAAUCGAUCGGGCCCUAAUUUAUAUGAAUUAUAAGAAGUCCAAAAUGUUGUUGUUCUAAGCUGUGAUCACACAUUUCCAAAGUUAUCCUGCAGAGUCAUGAGUCUGAAUUUGUGAAUAGUGCUUCACUGGUCUGAGUAGAGCCCAGCCUGUUAGCAGUGUGCUGAUAAAUAUGGCGCACACUCUCAUGUGAGAAGUAGAAAAAAAAAAGAGAUUUAGAGUGCAUGUUUCUGUGCUUAAUGAUUUGAUUUUUUAAAAGCUUUUAGAGUUCCAGGUGCUAGUAUGUGAGGCAGCAUGGGUUUAGCUCAAGGCCAACUUGAUUGAACUCAUAGCUGUUAAUAGGCGUACAAGCUUCAGGGAUUGAGCCUGUGACCUCCGUGUUAGUAGGCCAACACUAAGCCUGAAAGAAACACAGCCAUGACAGGAAACUUUGAUUCAAAAUGCAUCACGUCGUUGUUCACAGGGAAAUAUGCGAGGCUGUCUCUGUUGACCAAAAGAUUACAUCCUGUCAAACAUGGAGCCGGGGACGAUUCUGUUAAAUAUAUCUCUAUUUGGUGUCUGCUCUUAUGCAAAGUGCCUCCCUGUGGCACACAAACAGACGUCUGCAUUUGAACAGAUGCCUCAAUCCUGCGGGCUGAGUGUGCAAGAGGACAGGAUACUUUUAGUGUUCGUGUGAAGGUGUAGAAACCAUUUCACAGGUUCAGAGGAUGUUACUAAUUUGUAGAAGUUGGAAAUGAGGAGCUUGAUGUAGAGACAAGAAAGAAAUCGUGAGGGGAUCACUUCAACUUUAAAGCGCUUUCUGUACCUGUUUUAUUUUGAACACUUGGUCGAAGUUUGUAGUCCAGACGGGGUCGACACACGGGACUUCAGCCUGUGUUUUUGUGUGCUUGUGAGUGUGUGUGUGUGUUCGUGCCCCACCUUUGCAGGCAGAUUACUCCCAAGCAGCACAUCAAAGACAGCAAAAGUGCAAACACACACUCUUCUGUAAGCACGCGUCCCACCGAGUAGACAUAAAACACUCCGAGGGGGGGGGGGCAAGAAAAUGUGAUGUGACAAUGCCGUAGAUGCUAGUGUGUGUGCGUGUGUGUCCUGUGGCUUUGUGUUUGUUUGAAGUAACAAUUUCCACGAUCACCAGGGGGCUUCCCUUUCUCUUUUUCGAGGUAUGUGUGUGUGUGCGUGUGCGUGUAUGUGUGCAUGAUAAGUGCCAAGACACAUUUCUAAGCCUGCAGCACAUGAUGUGGAGGCCUUUAUGCUUGUGUAUUACUCAAGCCUACGCAAACACCUCACUGAGGCAAGGACCUUGUGUGUGUGUUUGUGUGUCAAAAAAAUGAGCUUGAGUGGCUUUGGGCGGCUAAGCUCAGACACUUCAUUUGGCACCCUCUGAAGUGUAAGGCUCUAUUAUUUUAGUAAAUUCAUCCAAGAAAGAGACAUUAAAGGGUGUAUUUUUCAAGGGUUGCCCCCUAAAAUUCGACUCCUGUAUGAACUCUUAGUGAAGAGGGUCCUGAUAAAGCUUAAGACUUGCAGACCUGAUGAUUGAAAAGAUGAAAACAUUUAGAGAAGGGAGCUGCGAGCUGAGCUGCGGCUCAUUUGUUUGUUGGUGCUCAACUUGAUUUUGGUUCUUCUUUGAGUAUUUAGAAAAGGUUUCAUCCACACUGUCAGUGUUAACACUUUAAUUAUGAAGUGAUUAAGGUCCAAAAUCAUAACUUCUAUUUUUCUUUCUUACAAAUCACAUACUGUUUUUUAAUACCCUUUCAGCACAUCUUAAAGCUGUCUUCCUGCUUUUUCUGGGGUGAAAAAAUUAUGCCACCACUGUGCUUUUAAAGGGCACAUUUCACUUUAAAAUUCCCAGAGACUCAGCUGACAAGUUAAAAGUAGUAUGCCCUUACUUUAAAACUUAACCACUUUAAAUUAGAGACUAAACAUGCAGGUACAGCUAAUUAGACUGAUGCCGGGAGCCACAUCAUAAAGGCCAGCAGAGCACUAUUAUAGACUGUGUGAAUCGCCACAGACCUGUAAAUGAACCCAAAUCGAAAGAAAAAAACCUAAUCCUUAGACCCUCAGACCAAGGACCGAACAUAGGGGGAUAGAGCCUUCUCCGCUGCUGCCCCCACCCUCUGGAAUUCACUCCCCAAACUGAUCCUAGACUGUACAGACCCCCGUACUUUCAAACCACUCCUAAAAACACACCUUUUUAAACAGGCUUUUAACCUGCGAACUGUUCUUUUAUUGUCUUUUCAUAUCGUGUCUUUUUUAACCUUCUACACUGUCUGUCUUAUUUUUUCAAAAUUUUCUGCAUUUUAACUUUUUCUAUUCUUUUUUUGUAAAGCGUCUUUGAGCACCUGUAAAAGCGCGUUAUAGAUAAAAUUUGUUAUUAUUAAACAGUGCUCGCUGAAUGUGUGGCAACUGACCGCAGGCCAGCCGACACUUUGGAAUAUGAUAGACUGUUUAAUAACUAGACCUGGUAAACUUGGUGACAUGAUUUGAUUCUGUAAAAGAGUUCCACAUAUUGGUAAUGCUGAUUUAACCUAGCCAAUAGCUACAGUGUGCCUUCCUGUCAGUCAUGUCAGUCAGGCCCCUGAUUCCCAGAUAACCUGAAUAUUUUCAAAACAAACGUAACCAAGAACUAAAACCUGUACAAUUGAUGGAAGCCGUGGGCUAUUCAAAGCAAAUCCACUUUUGGAACCAGGCUUUAAAUUUGCUUAUUUUUGGUAUAAAAUUUAGAUUUUUUGGCUCAGUGUGUCUGAUGUUCUUGGUGCUUCAGCAGCUAGUGUCAUGCAGGCAUUCAGCUGCAAUUUUUAGCACUUCCCCAUCAGCUUCAUUUCUAAAGACUGCCAUUGCACAUUGCAGACGAGGUGUAUCAGGGCAUGAAUAUUUCACCUUGAAAUGGCAGUAAGUGAGUGCCUUGAGUAAGUGACCAUACUAGAACUCCUGGAAAGGACUUCUGCUGUCCCAAAUGCUGGGGAUCCAUGGAUAACAGCGAGCAAUCCAAACGGUUUUGCAAUAAGAGCACACCAUAUCAACAUUGAUUGGACAUCGGAUGCAUACAUUACUACAUAUUUUCUUAAUGUGCAUUAGUGUCAUCCUUUAAACAAAACAUUUAAACUAUGUUUGCGGCAGGAUGAACAUGAAAAAGCUGCUCCGACCUCAAAGUCACGGCUUCAGAUCACACUGGUGUAGCAGUUAAAGCAUUAAUUUGAAUAACAGGUUUCAAAGUUGUGAUCAUAUAGUACAUUUAAUAGCAUUAAUUUGACUAAGACACUCUUAAGAAUUGCAUCAACAUUGUUAAUAUGAAAUUAAAAACAGCCCUGAACUAUAAUAGUGAUGGGGUUUUGAGCAUGUGGUAAACAUCAUUUUCUUUUGACAUUAAGUGAUUUGAAAGAAAAUUAAUCAUUUGACAGCUCUCAUUUCUACCAUGAGCUGAAUCCUCCAUGUUAGUCUUCUUGACCAUGAAAAAAAAAAACAGGAUAAAUGAUUAUGUUGUGGAAGUGGGUAUUUCUCUAAUAGUCUUUGAGGGCUGCAAGCUGAGCUGCCACCAGCUCCAGCUCAGUCCUGACUAAAUCCUUCAUCCAGGCUAAAGAUGCACAUCAGAGACUCCACUUACGUUACAAAGAAUAGACUUAAUUAAAAAUGUUUGGAUAUGCUGGAAACCUCUAAUUAACCUGCAUUUUACAGGUAAAACAUGAGGGCAAAGUUUUGGGGAACAAACUGGAUAUUAGCAUUCAAGGACAAAACAGCUUACAUGUUUAUAGGCUUUUUAUUUCCCAGUUUUUAUUCUAAGCUGCACAAAGAAUUUGAACCAGCUUGGUUGACUUUGGUAAUACGGUUUUAGACUUAUGUGCAGCGACUUCAAAGAAACUUGUUUUUCAUUCGGGUUUAUAGCCGACAAAAUCUGACCUAAUAGUCCUUUUCUGCCUUCCUCUGUAGCUGGCUUAAAGAUGAGAAGCCAGGCGUGUGUUGGUACGGCUGUGCACUUUUAUUAGCUUGUUUGUGUGCAUGGGUGGAAGGGGGUACACUGCAGGGGUUCGCUGCUGUGUGUGUGUGUCUGUGUUGGUGUGAGUGUGUGUGUCUGUGUGGCAACCACUGUAAGCUUGCCUCAUGUUACUUUAAGAAGACUUCCCAAUUUCUUCUGGUGUAACAAGCCGCCUUCUUUCUCGUCUGCCUCCCUCCCACGGCUUAACCCAGAAACCAGCUUUUUUUUUUAUUUUGCCCCUCUGCUGAGUGUUUCUCAGAAGAGUCACAACGCUUUAUUUCCGCUGUGUGUGUCAGUCAGCGUGUGUUUGAGUCUUGAUGUGAUGAAAGCUGGGCUGACCCACCAACAAGGCCAAAUAACUUUAACAAUCAAGAUAAGGAGACCGCAGAGUCAGGCCCGCAGGAAAUCACGCACUAAUACCCCUUUGUGUGUAACGUGUGACUUAGGUGAGAGGAACUGCUUAAAUGGGGGAGUCAUCUCAGGCAUUUCAACCCACGCAAGUGAACACAAGCCAAUGAAAAUUUGUCAUCAGCUGAGAAAAAUCUCCCCCGGGCACCAUUUAUGUAUCCAGGUAUUAAAAUAUGGGUAAGUAAACGCACAAAUCUCAUAUUAAUUCCCAGAAAACACACAGAUCCAAUUUGACCCCCCACCAGGACAGAGAAUAUCAGGACAGGGUAGUGAUUAAUACAUGCACACAAACACCAGGCACACAAUGAGUUCCUGUCCCAGAUGAUUGGGAUUAUAUGCGGUCUGUCCACAUCUGCUUCCUGCUACAGGCUGAGAUCCAGAGCGGGAAAUUACCAACCGGGCAAAAACUCGCUCGCCAUUGCAGUGAAAAUCAACAAUUUUAACAGGUUCCCAGGAUGCAUUUGUGAGCUCCAGCCUCACUCUGUAUCAGUAUACCCACUUCUGUGUGAGGUUACACAGCGAGUUUUCAAGGCUGGAUACGGUUUCCAGCUUGUUUUAGAAACAAAUCACAGUGAGAGGGGAGGUCAUGCUGUGAAAAUGAUGUCAUUCUGAUGUUCACAGGGGAAGUCACAUGGUGGUCAGCUGUAGAAGAACACUACUGGGGCUUCAGUGUCUCACUCGAGGACACUUGUGAACCACUCAUGGACUUUUCUUGGAAAGUACCUUUGUAAACAGAAGCCCUGAGUGGAUUUUAUUUACCCUGUUUUCUUACAAGAACAAGUCACUCUCAGUUUUCUUAAGAGCUCUACUAAACCACAGAUGAUCAUAUCCUCAAACAAUGAUGAGUGAUGUGUAUGGACUCAUGCUAAAGUGCGUGACGAAUGACGGCGUAAUGGUUUAGCCAAGUUGUUCGCAUCGGCGCUGGAAGGGUGUAGCAGCAGCAGUGUGUAUACAUGCAGUUGUUAGGCUAUGUUGUACUUUUGUUUUGUUUUAACAAGCUGUGUUUCUCGCUGGGCGUUUGUCUCUCCAUUGUUUAAUAUGUGCCCCCACACUUGGAUGCUAUUGGACAUAAGGUUGUUUUAAGGCGCAGUGUGUAAGUACAAAGGCUGAGUAAUGGCUGAGCUCUGUCCUAAUGCUGUCGCAGAGUUAAGGUGUAUAAGAGACUAGAUACUGCCACUAAACUGUCAUUCUUUUGGUUUCAAGGAAAAUGAAGUGAGCUAAGCCACUAAAUCUAAGCGAACUCUGCUAAAACUACCUCAUAAGAAACGUUGCAAGCUAGGCUACAGCAGCACGGUGAAAGUAGUCAAACUACAUCAAAGCUUUAGCUAUGAUUUUAUCCAUGAUGUUGAUGAUUAUGAUCAUGUAGGUUAGUUUGAUAUGUCUCCCAAUCUAAUUCAAAGUCCAGCUCAACUUUUCUCACUGUCUUGAUCAAAAUUCCAACUUCUUUUUCAUGAUCUCUUCCUGUAAAUAAUGCAGGUGUUUGCAGACCGAUCUGGCUACCCUCAUGGGUUGAUUAUGUAGCUUACUGGGGAAUCAUAGGUUUGAUUGUAUGUUCCUGUUUAGUGGACUCAUACCUGUGUGUCUGCACGAAACGGCUGUCAUAAGUCUAUGUAAAGGGCUAAUACAGUGGUUCCACUGUCAUAUAGGAGUAGAUAGUCUUCCAUCUUCAGGCUUGAUAAUGCUGUUUUUAAAAGUUGCUUUCCACCACCUUCUCAAGGAUGAAGGACUCAGUUACAUUCAGUGCAAAUUUGAACAGUUUAUCCAGGAAGUAGAUGACAGAAAAUGCAGAUAUAAUGGACAGUUUUCUACAGUACUGUUAAAUGACUACUAACCAAAUAUGCUGAAUCCUCAUGGGGACCGGCAGGAAGAAUUCUUGUUCAUCUCAAGUUGCCCACAGUAUUAGCAUACAGUAUUGGUCUGAGGUUUGAUGCAAAAUAAAACAGCAGAGAGAAGCCUAAUGAUGGUGUCUUUUCAUCACCAGUUCAAGCGGGUGCUUUUAGUUCAGGCCAGGUGCAUCCUGGCAAAAAGGGCUGAAGCAUAAAAUCGCUGCACACACUUUUAGGUCUUUACUGAGGAACUUAUUAGCAACAGCAUUUUUAUUUCAAGUAGAAACAGCCUGUUACUUAUUUUUGGAGAUUGCUAUAUGUGUGUGUGAAAUUCAUGAUUUAUGAAUUGAAACUGAAACAAUGAGAGACAUGGCAAGACAAGUCUGAUGGCUAAUUAAAGGGAAACGCUGUCUGCUUUGUGCCAGUGAAUGGCAGACUGCCUCACCACUACACUACAUCUGAGUGGGUUUUUUCAUGUGUGAGCGUGUAUGCCACUCAUGCAAUCUCUGCUCCACUGACCUAUAUCAGCCAGUGGUCAUGAUGAGCAAAUGACUGCAUAGUAUGUGAGUGUGCAUGCGUACAUACAGCUUGGUGGUCGUGGGACAUUAUCUAAGUCAGGAUCUUUAGUUUACGAGGAGGUCCCCUCACACACACACGCUGAACUUCUGAGUCAUGCUAUGGUCAGGGUGUGGUGUCAUAAUACUUCCUCUGUGAUUGAGCUUGAUUUGAGCGCUCUGGAAAGCAAAUGCUAACAGCAGAAACACCUGACAUGCAGACACAUUGUCUGGUAAAAACGUGUUAAAUCUUGCAGGUUGGGCAAAGUUCAUAAAAAGGAAAGUUAGAUUCAUUGAAAGGUUUGAAGUGCCCCUUUGUUGCAAAAUUUUAAAGCUCUCUAGUUUUCAGUCUUAAAGUGAAGUGUGGGAUAGUUUGUAGUGGCGGUUCUGCAAAUUAGAAUCCGGACAGGGUGAGCAGGACCCUGAUGAGAAGCAGCUGGGUCUACCUUAGCUAUGUGUAGCUCCUCAGGCUGCUCUCACAUUUGUGCCUGCUAACUUUCAUAAUUACUUGACAGAGACCAAAGGUGUGACCAGAAUUGGCUGACAGUGACAUAAUGUGUGAUCAGGUUGUCAGAGUUGAGCGCAGGCCAUGAAUGAUCUAUUUUCGAGUUGUUAAAUGCAGACAGAGAGAAUUAAGCUCAGUCCUAACAGGGCAAUCAGUAUUUGUGGAGAGCCAUCAUUAAAUGUGGCAUUUUGGUCAAAUGUGUGUGCUGGGUCCUCAAUAUGGUUACCAAAGUACUCUAUUUUACUUUGUAUUCAGUGAGCAGUUGAAGAUAAACCCCCUUUUUCAGCUCCUUGUUUUACUCAAACUCAAUCUAUGGACAGUGUUCUGCUGAGAGUCACGUGGACCGGUGCUUUGUACCGAGUCACUCAGGGGUUAGUUAUCAACUUUUUAAAUGAGGUUUUGGUGUUGUUAUGAUUGGCUGUCAACUCUUGACAAGCAAACAAACACUCCCAAGUCUUUAAAUCUCAGAGGUUUUUGUUCAGCGCUGCUGCCUUCUAUCCGCUUGGUUUUGAAACUACACGUUUUUCAUUCCUCGGAAGAUGUUUUACCAUCAAAACAUUUGGUGUACUCACAUUUUUCUGUCAACCCAAUGUGACUUUGCAGUUUUCUUUACUGAUCUGGGACACCAAUGCCACAUUGAGAGGAAAAAACUGCCUGUAAGAACGCCAAUCAAGCUUACCGAAGUGACAGAGUGAGAGCAGCAGAGCAGCAGACCCUUUUACCCUCUGUGCUGUAGCGGUGCAUCUUUCCCCCUGCAUGCUCGCUGUGCAGGAGAUGGAUUUUCUGAGAGCAUUGUAAGGGGUGACCUAUUUUAAUGUGUGUGUGUGUGUGUGUGUGCAUGGAAGGUGACCGUCAGUACAGCCUCUCUGCUACUAGCGCUAGACACCUCCUACUUCCCGGUUACUCACAAACCUUUUUUCCCACCGCUUCACCAAGAGCAUAUUUUCUGCCAAUCAUUGCCGAGCUUGAAAGAGAGAGAGUGUGUUCCUCUCUACGUGUCUAUGUGUUUGUGUGUGUGAAUAAUUCAGUGUGCCAGGGAAGUACAGCGAUGCUGACUUAUUCAGCCAGGAGACAGAAAGUAGGUUAGACCCACUAACAACUACAACUCUCUCUCUCUCAUCUACCUUUCCUGCGCUCUCUUUAAAUGCUAUUUCUCUUUUCUGUCAUAUUUAUUUAUUCCCCCUCUCCCUCUCUAUCCCUCCCUCCCUCUCUCUGCCCAGUAACUGCCCUGGCAUCCUCGAGUCAUUUCAGGCCAAGUCAACUCAUUGUGAAGAAAUGUGUCUGAGAGCACAUAUGACUCGGUCACACCCUGAAGGGGUCUGUGAGGGAGGCACUGGGCUUUUGGGGCCAACGCCCUGUGUUAAUAUGUGUGUAUUUGUGUGUGUGUGUGUGUGCGUGCACAGCGGUGGAAGUUGAGUGUUCACAGGAAACUGGACAACUCAGACGUGCUGUUUUACACCCCUGACUUGAUAGGAAGUGGAACAGUCCUAAAAACAUAAGGUCAUAUCAAAGUUAAAUUUGAGCGUGUGAAAAAAUGAGCAGAGUGGGAAGGAUGAAUGUCGAUGGCGUCAUUUAAUUUUGAUGGACAUAUAGAGGCAUUUGUAUCAGUUUCAAUCUGUUUCUCAACGAGUUAAAAACUCCUCACUGUACCUUUAAUACAGCUAAACCAACCAGUGUUCACAGGUUCACCAAGCGUGUGGCUCGAGUUUGCAGAGCUGGAGCUAACCUUCAGUUCCUCAAGCGCGUUAACUCCCACAUGCCUGUACAAAUGGCGCGUUGCUCCAGUCACAUGGUUUCAUGUCAGUAUACCCAGACACACAUUUAUAGAACAGACCACAGACACUGUCUGUCCUCUGUGCUUGUUUACAUCCUGGUAGUGAAGCAUUUAGCAUCGCAGGUGGCUGCCUUCAGGCAUAGACAUAACAUUUGAAUAACAUUUCAAGCCUAAAAUAGUAUUAGUAUAAUUAGUUUAGUGUUACACUUCAUGGUUUUGUCCCCUUCUCAUGUACAUUGCUAUGCUAUGUCUCCCACUUGCAUAGCAGGCCUUCCCUCAUCAGAUUUUUGCUGAGGGCUUUAGUGUUGUGAAGUGCUCGUGUGAAUAAACAGCUCAUAAUUCACAAGUGUCCAUCAGCUUUUAUAUUCCGGUCAUCUGCUCACACCAUUGUGUAAACACAACAACAGUUUUUUUUUUAAAUCCCAGUAAUUUCUCAGGAAAACCAAAUGAGUAUGAGAGCUGUCUUGUGUUUGAAAUUCUUUCUUUUCCUGCAAAGACGAGUGUUUCCUGUGAUCUUUUUACAUCUCUGUCCUACUAUAUUAUGAAAAAGAGGGUAAAAAAAAAUGCUGGUCCACUUUCCCUGUUAAUGAUUCAUUCUGACAGAAGCACAAAAUGUCUUUUAAUGAGAUGGAGGCUUUCGUAGUUUUCUCCUUAUUUCUCGCCUUCUUUACCUCCAGCUCCAUAUUCUGGUAAGUCUUUUCACUUGCUGGGAUUUUUGGCACUGAUCUCCACUAAACUGCUGUGCAACAAACAGGAAUCAAACAGAGUAGUACUCUGAAGCAGUGACAAAAAUAAGGAUAUUUACUCCUCCACAUGCCCCCCUUUCCAUUCAGGACAGAAGCUAGUACGAAACGACAGAGUGUGUAAAGAGAGCGCGUGAAUGAACGACAGAAAGGAGGAAUAACAGGACCCAUUAGCUAUGUACCAAGAGCCUCUUAAAAGCUUUGGCUCUCCUGCUUUCCUGCUUGUUUACCUCCACUUUGCAUUUUUUUUUACCUCCAUCUUUCUCCUUUUCUCUCUGUUUAUCUAAAACACUCAUAUCUCUUGUUUAGUAAAGGUACAGCGCAGCAGCCUCCUCUGAGGACUCUUCUUCUUCUUCUACUGAAUUUCUUUGGCAUCCUUCAUGCCUUAAGACAUCAUUUGAGUACAUACAUGCUUGUUUGUAUUUUAUUUCUGUGUGUGUUUUAUGUAACAGAGGAAGUAAUUAGAAACAGGGUCUGUCUGUGGUACGACUGAAAGUGCCGAGUCAUUAUUGACAGUCGCUGAAUGUCCAUCUGAGAUUGAAAUCAUGCAUUUCAUUUUAAUGUAGAGCUGGCUGAUGAGUAGAAUUUUGAUUUGGAUUAUGAUAAAAAAAGAUGAUAAUGGAGACUAAACAAUUAUUAUGCUGCCUCCGAUAUAUCGACCUUAAGAGCAGAGCAUGAGCACAGCCCCUCCUCGCAAACAGCUCCCAAUUUUACUUCAUCAUAAGCAGCCCAGAUCAAUGUAGAACAAAGAUUGGGAACACUAGGAAGUUGCAGCUCACACGAGGUUUAAAAGUGGACACUGUAUCUUCAAGAGGUUGUGCAUCAGCAGAACAAACUGUUAGCCAGCCACAGGUGGAGAGAGGAGAGCAGGGAGAGGAGCAGGAGGAGGCAGGUGUGUGUAGUUGCAGUUGUCUGAAAAGCUAAGUGACAGACUAAGCCUGGAAAAAGAGAGUAUUUUAGACUAUUCAACUAUUUCAGACUAUUUCAACGUCUUUUAUACAAGACUGUUGUUUGCUAUACAUAUUAUAUAAAUGCAGUGAUUUUAAUCACCGUCAAAACCAAAGAGAAGCCUUUGUCUCCUGAUAGAUUCAUUCAUAAUUUAAAUGUGUAAACAAGCUGAAAACACUGUCAAAGUAUCUGAUUCUUUCAAGCUGCAUUAGUGGGACAAUCUUCAAUGAGUGUGUGGGUGACAAGCUGACAAAAACAUCAUCGAAAGUUGACAAAACCAAACUUAAACUGAAAGUCUGUUUCUUUUAACACAGCACUCGAUUGUUUGUCUUAUGUGGUUUAUCUUUCGCAGUUUGAAGCCAUGAUUGUACAAAAUGUGAACUUGUCAAAUCAUUAAAUCUGAAACUAGUGAUUCAGGAUCAAACAUGUAAUCAUUAAAGUGCCUCUAAAUCUCCUGUGCAUCGGCUUUACUUUUAAAAAUGAGGCUUCUCCUCUAGCUUUGUGUAAAUGAGGUGAAAUGUCCCACAAAGAGAGAAUCCUUCCCUUCAUUACAGUGUCAGAGGACGCAUGGUGUUCUCAUUUCUCUCCUUUUAAUGUGUUUUGUAGUUUGGGGGAAAUCGCAAACCUUCUCAAAUCACGAUUGCCUGCCUCCUUUGCUCAUUGUGUUUCCCAGAGUGCGGACAUGUGUGUGUUUGUGUUUCUUCCCGGGCUCCGGCCCAGCACAGGAGCAGACCCCUGUUGGAAAUGUAAUUCACAUGAGGCCAGAGGAGCUCUAAUACUAUUACCACACACACACACACUUACACACAGACGCAAGCACAGCUGUGUAGCCGCCCACAGUCUGUGUGUGCAGUGUGUGUUUGUGUGUACCUCUCAGGCUCCUUUUCCCUCCCUUGUUUCCUCUUCUUUGCUCUCUGAUCGUCUGCCGUUGUGGUUUACAGAGCUGAGAGAUGCAAAAUGAAAGGUGAAGAAAAACUCUUUUUGUCUUCACGGUGCUGCUCUGCUACUAGCCUAAACUGUUUAAACCUGUGUGUGUGUGUGUCAUCAGAAAGUUUAGUUUAUAGGACGAAUGAAGCAAAAAAAAAAGAAACAGAAUCACCAAUGAAGGAAAAUAGACAAAAAUUGAAGGUUAUGAUUUUAAAAAGUCGUCUUUAUCUCCCUUUCUGAAGUUUUUAUGACAGAUAAUGCAGAAAGCAACAUCAAGCACACUCAGAUCUCUAUUAUAAUAGUACAGAUGUGGUAAUAUGGUCUAAUAAUGUUUCUGCCAAGGAGUGGAAAUCAUGUUAGAGGAAAAUUGAGUACAGGAAGUCAAGCCUUUAGGUGUGACAUUCCCUGAAAAUCAGGAUGUUCAGUGUCCCUGUCGCAGCAACAAGAGGAAAGCCUGCAGUCAGAGCCAGAGAGGAGAGGUGGGACCGUUUUUUUUUCACAUGAGGCUUCAGCAGCUUGAACGCCUACGCCGACUUUCUCAGAGUCACAGAGAGAGACAGGGGGAGGAGCUGUGAAGUAAUGCCUGAGAGAAGUGGAGUAAUGCCUAAUUUCCUCACCGUCUCAGAAAGAGAGAAAGAAGUGAUUGAACCGGCUGAGAGGAAGAGAGGGCCUGUGACAGUGGUGUCAUGUGAGUGAUGUCUGAGGCAAACAGCAGGAGUUACAAAAAGUCUUUUUUUCUUCCAAGUACCCCACUAAAACUGAACGCAACAGCAAAAAAAGUACGCAGAGAAAGAGUUGUGCUUUUAGAAAGUCACGUAAUUUCUGACGUUAACACCCUCAGACAAGCCGUGUCUUUCAACCUCAAGUCCUAAUGAAGGAGGGACAUUCAGCACUCCUCUGGUGAUUAGCUGCUCUAGCUAAAGUCUCUCUUCUUAAAUAGGAUGCUUGUGAAGUUAGCAUGAAACUGAUGAUUUACACAGUGAACUUGGAUAAAAGCAAAUACUUCAGUAAGCCAAAGAUUUUAAGAGAUCGUAACUAUCUCAGUAUUUUCCAGUGAUUAUUUUUGCUGUCAAAUCUCUCUGUAUACCUUUGGGUUUGAGUGUUUUGCUUGCAGUGGUUAUUUUAUGUCACAGUCUUGCGUUAUGAGGGGAUUUGGGGUAUUUUGAAAAACAGGAAAGGUUUGUUUUCAUGUCCUUGAAAACUUCUUUCUUAGAUUAUAUCCAAGAAUAACUGUGCUUCAUCUGUGAGUCAAAAGUCAGCUUAAAGCAGCUCCCACUUAUUUGCACCAUUAUUUCAGUUUGUGUCAGAAUAUCUGUGUAUAUUUUUAUGACAUGUUAAUUCUACUUUCAUUUGUUUUAGUUCAACUAACUCAUGAGUAGGAACGGCAGGUUCUCUCUCGACACAGAACAAUCAUAAUGAAAGCACAAUACACUAACCUGUAUGUCCCACCCAUACUUGUGAAACAUGUUUUGCGAAACUCUGCUACGCUAAAACAUGUUGACUGGUGUUUAAGUUGAUCUUGCAAUAGUUUUAGCUGGCAAAAAUGGGAAAAUGUAAGGAGUGACACCUGUUUUUCAUAUAUCCCAUUCUGCAUCAGUUUGUCAGCCAUCCAUAAUAAUUCAAUUUUCAGUUUAAUCAAGUUUGCCUGACACCGCUGUUUCCCCUCUGCUAAUCUUACGUGAGCCAAAGUGUCUCAGACUGCUAACCAAGUCCCAGCUUAAGAUGUUGUAAUUAUUCUCUUCCCAUUAACUGAAUGAGUCUUCAUCAGUGUCAGCUCGUAUUUAAUUUCAGCCACACUUCACUUUAUGAGCCGCUUCAUUAAGUGGAAAAGGAGUUUGUGUUUGAACACAGGGAUGUGGUUUUAGCAGCAGCAGCAGCAGCAGCCGCAUUAAUGUCCAGCUGUUAAUGUAUCAGAGGAGUUGAACCUCUUUUUUGCCUCAGUGUUUCUAAUUAGAAAUACUUAAUAAAUAUCUGCUUUGACACCCGCUUGUAUGUGAUCUCUGGUCUUUGAAAUUGCUGCCAGUAGCUUUCUCUGUUCUGAUGACGUGUCCCUCCAGUAUUUCAUUGUGGAAAAAACACACCCUCAGGUAUAAGAAAAAAAGAACGAAAGGACUUAAUUAUUACCAGCUAAUGUUUUUCUCCUCUCAUGUUUUUUAUUCCAGCGGUUACGGCGGUUGUCAACAAAGUACCGAACAGAGAAGAUCUACCCCACCAAUGUAGGAGAGCGGGAGGAGAAUGUGAAGAAGAACAGAUACAAAGAUAUACUGCCAUGUAAGUCCCACAGUACACAGAACAAUAGUGCAUCCUCUGUACACACAUUCACAUAGUUAGCUGUAUAUAAAUAUAGACAACACGCCUCCAUCUCCUUCCAUAGAAAAAAAAAAAAAAAGUGAAAGCAAAAUACAACCAUGACAAAGCUGACAUCCUAGGCUGGUGAUAUAUUUUGAACAUGGGCAGAAGUAAUUGUAGACAUGUUUACAAUUGUGUUGCAUCACCUUUAACAACACUGUGUCAACAUUUGCGAAUGUUGACAGACCAGUUUCUGGACAGUUGCAUGUGUGCAUACUUCUUUGCCGGUAUGCACACAUGCAACUGGACAACUGCCUUCGGCCCAGUUUACAUGCACUGGGAAAAAAUUCAAUUGUUGAUAGAAGCCUGUCUGCCCCUGCUACAAUAGGUGAUGACAUGCCCUAUUUCAGUUUGUUACUAUCAACUUGACUUCCAGUUUUGUCUUAUUUGACAAAACACAUGAGCAAGGGACAAACAGAAUGUCCAUAAAACGAUGAAAACAGCACACUCAGGCCAGUUUCAGUUUGAUUAGGCCAUACACAUACACAGAGAAAGUUGAUCCAGUCUAACGAUUAGUUAGUCUAACUAUAAGAAGUUUGAUUUUGUGUGAGACAAAUGUGUUAGCAUGUUUCUGUUAAAAGUCCUGUUUUUGUACUUUUUUAACAGCAUGUAAACGUGCUGACUUGGGCUCCUCCACCAGGAAGCCACAUUGUUGUAACACCUACUGAAUGUGUUUUGGCUUUGUCUUGCUGAAAUAUGCUAAGUUCUUCCCUGAUAAGGUUAUCAUCUGGACAGUAGCAUGUGUUGCUCCAAAACUUGUAAGACGCCCAUUCUGUGAACACUCAUGCGUCAACAAACCAUCACAGCUGAUGGAUUUUGAAACUGGAAUGAUAACAUGUCAUCCUGUUUAUAGGGGAUGAUAUGGUGUCCAAGAUUUUCAUGAAGAAUAUCAAAUUUUGAUUUGUCAGACCACAGGCUGGUUUUCCUCUUCUCCCCAGUCUAUCACAGAGAAGUCACCAGAUUUUCUUGAUCAUGUUUACAUGCUUUCCCAUAUGAUCCUCCAAUUAUAAAACACUUUAUCAAUACUUUAAAAGUUAAAAAGAAAGAACUUAACAUUAGUUCCUCUAUGCCAGCUCCAAAAUCACUCUCAGUCCUGCAGCUGAGUUUCCUAGUUUUACAAUUUUACAUGCAGUUUCUUUAAUCUGUGUGAAAGCUUGAGCCCUGCAUAACAGAAGCAUUAAAAAGCUAUUUGUUUAUCCCCUCUUAACUUUGCAGAUAGUGCAUGUUGUGUGCACGAUAAAAUAUGUUCAUUUAAAACUAAAAAACUAAUUUCCAGUGUCAGUUUACCUGAAAAUUCAGAAAAAGAUUGAUAUCAUUAUUUUUGUCAAUCUUUAAUUUGAAGACCUUAUUUUUUAAACACCCGUUGGAAAGAAAAAAUGUGAGCGGUAAAUAGAGUAAAGUAGAUCGCUUUUUGAUGAGAAAGACAUAUUUAAAAGCGAGACAACUUACUAACAUUUAUCAAACAUGUUGUGUUCCCAUAAAAAUGCACAAACAGACAUUAAUAACACGUCACAGUGUGUUAUUAUGGGUCAUGUCAUGGUCUCUGCCUCACGUACACACAAAGCUCUCUCUGUACUUAAUGACCUCAGGCAAAGCUUCCAUGACCCAACAUCUGCCCUACUUUUUUAUUAUACCUUUAUCCUCUUUUUCGUCUCUGUCCAUCCUUUCAUUCAUUCAUUCACUCAUUAAGGCUUUUAGGGAAUGAGCUGCUGAUAAGGCACAGAGAGAACUGGUUCAUCCGUAACAGAUGUGAUCACGCACACACAUGUGAACACACACAUGUGAACACACACAUGCUUAGGAAUGAGGAUGUUUUAGCGUGUCCAUUGACCUCCGUGCAUGUCCUUAUUUGGCCUUUCUGUUAUGUCACUUGUUAUCAUCCUUUCCAUGUUUUGAUUGUACAGUUAUAGUAAUAUUAUAAAGUUAAAUGCAUCACAUGUAACUUUGCUCUCUUUGUUGUUCUUAGUUGAUCACACCAGGGUGAAGCUGGCGUUAAAAACGACCAAUCAGGACACAGAUUACGUCAAUGCGAACUUUAUUAAGGUAAAAAGUUGUAAAAACCUUUUCCAUUGUUUUAAUAUUACACUAUGUGGCUUUAAAUCACAGUGUCAUCAGCGUCAAGAGUCCUCCAAAAUUUCCCUUUCAGAACAUGUUUGAAAAAAAUGCAGAUUUGUGAUGUUUGUGUUUUUAUUUACUGUCUCCAUAAAAGGGUAUCGAUGGCCCAGAGGCCUAUAUUGCAACUCAGGGCCCAUUGCCGAACACUGUCAUCGACUUCUGGAGGAUGAACUGGGAGUACAAUGUAGCUGUAAGUAAAGCAGAAGAGAAUAAAAGCAGAUUUUGUUUACAGAACUUGUGAUAUUUCAGAUAAUUAUAUGUGAUUCAACCUUUUUUUCCAGGAAAUAAGAGGCAGGUAGGAGUUGUUUAGGCAUGAAAUAGAUGGAUAUAUAUGCAGAGGAGGGAUAGACAGAGCUGUGAUUAGGUUUAAGUAGCACUUUGACGGGAUGAGAUUGCAGCUGUGAUAAUUACUCUAGUAGGAUUAAAGAGAAUUACAUGAGAUAUAGAUAUAAGAGUGAAGGCAUGAUUAAAAAUGAGUCAAAGUCAGGACUACUAAUGUGGGAAACUAACGAGACGCAACUCUUUUUAGACAACUUUUUAAAUUCCUUUUUCGCAAUUUCCAAGAAACAUCCAUCCAUCUAUCGACCACUGGGAGGUAUUUUGUAUUAAUAAAGAUACAAGUUUAACACCUCAUCACCUCCCUUCGACUCUGCUGCUAGAUAGAGAAACACAUUUAAAAUUUAUUUUAAAAAAUAAUAAAAUAAUAAUGUUCACCUAAAAAGAAUGAAACAACAAAAAUAAAAAAUAUUUGAUGAUUAGUAAAAGGAUGUGGGUCUCUUUUGGCUCAGUCAUCAGGGCAGAUUUCCUUUUACAGUGCACUCCUCUUCACUGUUGUUCCAGGUUUGACUCCCCCUCCCUACAUUUCCUGACCCUUCAGCUGCUCUAUCAAAUAAAGCCAAAAGUCAUCUUAAAAGUAAUAAUCAAUCUCCCAAUCUCACGGCAGCUCAAGCGGCUUUUCAAUAAAAAGUCACCAUACCAAGUGAUAAAGCCUUGACUAAUCAUUAAAUGUUCAUAUCCUGCAGGUAACUCCUCCGUUUUUGAAACUUUUUCUGCAGCUUUUGUAAGAACACGUAUGAAUAAACAGAAUUGAAAAGUGUUUUGAGAUGCAUGAGUAUCAAUAAGGAUUGUAACCCGUCCUGUUUUUGUAUCUGCAGGUUAUUGUGAUGGCCUGUCGAGAGUUUGAGAUGGGGAGGGUAAGGCUGUCAUUUUCAAUAUCUUUGUGUAUAUUUUGUUUGUGUUACUGCAUAAAUGGAAGCGAACGUAUUCAUCACAUAUCUGUGAUUUUUUUUUCUUUAGUUUUGAGAUUCUUUCUCCUUGGAAUAUUUAUAAAGUCUUGUCCAAACCUGUAAUUUAUUAAUCCCGGUUCUUAAAGUCAAUAUGUAAAGUGAUAAAUCUAGACAACUGCUCUUGUGGACUUGUGUUGAGAAUAACAGGUAUAUUAAGUCCUCGUCAUGUCAUGUUUAUUAUAAGCCAGAGUGUGUGUGUGUGUGUGUGUGUGUGUGUGUGUUGGUUUGUGUGUGUGCAUGUGUGCACAGGAAGCUGCGGUGUUGCUCUGGUAUUUACUUCUCAGCCAAAGCUAACUCCUGCUCUUCUUCUCUGCUUAGAAAAAGUGUGAGCGCUAUUUCCCGCUGCUUGGAGAAGAGCCGUUGAGUUUUGGCCCUUUCAGAAUCUCCUGCGUAAGUGGACAAAUCUGUGAUAUCACAGCUGUGUGUAACAGGAGAGGGAGGGGGGGGGUCUUGUUUUUUGUUUUUAGGACUCCUGCAUUUCUCACAUUUUGUUCUAAUGGUGGUUUAAGUGAGGAUUGUGAAAAUGUUUCCCUCUCUGUGUCUUUUUUCUAGGAGUCAGAGCAGGCCAGAACAGACUACUUCAUCAGAACUUUGAUGGUGGAAUAUGACAAUGUAAGCUGCUCACUGUGCUCUGAAAACUUUCCAUCGUCAAACAACUUUUUCUUUCAUUUUUAUCUAUUUAGCAAUUUUUCUCUACGACUCAUUCUUACUCCUGUCUGUGACCCUUUGCCGCAUGCCAAUCCCCACUCUCAUCUCUCAGACCUUAGUACAACUCAAGAGAAGUUGUACAAAGUUCGAGUGAAUCUUCACCCACUCAGUCACUUUCUCCUCCUGGUUUUGAGGUCAAAUAUUUAGAUCUUUCUUCUAAACUUUUGACCUCUGGAAAUAUUUUUUUCCUCAUUUGUCUUACAGGAGACACGGAGGAUAACACAGUUCCAUUAUAUGAACUGGCCGGAUCACGACGUCCCCUCAUCAUUUGACUCCAUAUUGGACAUGAUUGGACUGAUGAGAGAAUACCAAGAGAAUGAUGAAGUCCCUAUAUGUGUACACUGCAGGUACUAACACUCAACACCCUGCUGCUACUCAAUAACAUUUAAAAGAAGAGAUUAGUACUGAAUGGGAAAUUAAAAUAACUCCAACAGUAUAAAUAAAAUCUUGUGCCUCACGCUGGCAUUGCUGCUCUUACUUGGCUCUGAAUUGAAUGAUUCAUAAGACUGCCAGUGGUUUUGCUGUGAGGAGGCGGUAAGAAUGUGCAACAGGUGGCUGGCAGUGAGGGCUUCUGUGUUUUUGAAAUGAAGUUUCAACACUGCAGAGAAAUGUUUUGGUUGUAUCCAGACCCAGCAUAAGAGUACACAUCUGUUCCUGGCAGAAGCCAGACCAUUUUUUAAUAAGUAGCUCACUGAGGAGUGGGAUGAAAAUUUGUUCCUAAUGUUUUAUUUACCCUUUUGUUGUUUCAGUUCAGUUUAAAUUUUCAAUGAAGGUAUUAUUAGCCUUAUUAACCUCCAAGGACAGUGGAUAGCGCAGAAAAUACAAGGAAAGGGUGAUGUAAACAGAAAGGGACAGUAGACCAGAGCUGAACCAAGUUACGAAAUCCCAGUUUCACACUGUAUGUGCCUUUUUCAGUGUGAUCCCUAAAUGCAGAAGACAAGUACAUGUUAUUAAUUAGCUCUACACUGUCCCCUCUGCCAUUUUGAGUGCUGUUUAUUAAUUUUUAUUGGAUUUAUUAUUACAUACAUAUGAAUCAACAUUUAGCCAAACAGCUAAAACAGUCAAAAAGAGGUAGUUUUCAUCUUUACUUCCUGUCCGUAGAUUAAAAUACGCCCCCCAAGAGGAACAAAAUAAAAUAAAACAAGGAAGAGCGCAGCAACACCUUGUAAUCAAACACUGUGAAGAACUACUUUUAGAUAUAACAUGAUUAUAUUGUGGCGUGUGGGUUAGUAGCCACAGACACAAAAUACAGGAAUAUCAGGGUUAGUGUAAUAAACCGAAAGAUUCCAGACAUCAACAAUGUUUUUGUUAACAGAAAUGGAAAUAAACUGUAUCGUAUGUUUAGAAAACUGUAUGAGAAUGUCCUAUGUAUAAGUCCUAUUGCUCUGUUUAGUAUCCUGUAUCAUAUAACCAACUUUCAGAGAGCUCACUUGAGGCUUUCCUCUUAAAUAUUUACGUCAGAGACAACUUUUUGUUCAUCAAACAACUUUUUAUUUUCUGAAUGACAUGCAUAAAGCAUCCUGCUCCUCUUCAAAUAUCAUCCUGUUCAUAUUUCAGUGAAGUGAAGUGAAGGAAAAAAUCAUUUUUAGGGCACUGUUCUUCAACCUGGUCAAAGCAAAUCCCCUUUUCUACACAGUCUUCAAUGUUUGCAGGGUUUUGCCCCAGACAAGUAUCCCAUGUACCAAAAAGAAAUGAAAAAAUAAUCUCGUUCUUUUCAGGAACUAAAAACUGAACCAAACAACAAAUCUUGUCUAAAAAAAUGAAAUGAAAAAUAGACACUCCUGGAAAUGUUUAAACGUUAAUGACUUUGGUAGGUUUUCAUGACAGACAUGAAGCAGCAACAUGUGUGUAUGAGAGAUAGAACAGCUGGUUAGAGAUGGUGGAAUCACUAUCAGACUGAGAUCAGCACUUAUUCACACUCUGAGCAGCGCCUGAGGUUGGUGGAAAAUCUGGAUCACAGCAUCUGACCAACAGACACAACACAAGGCACCAGGAAGUGACUAAGUGGAAAGUGAACCAUUUUCAACAUGGUUAGAUAAUCAUAAGAAGACAUGGAGCAUUGUAAUAACUUUAACUUAGAAUCACUGUCACUGAGUUUGAGACUGUACAAGGGAGCUCCUGACAGAGAAACAGUCAGAUUAUAAAACCAUACCUCCUGAUAUUUAGAAAAACAACUGCAGACCUGCAGAUUUCAAAGAAAAAAAUGUGCUGAUUGGCACAUAUAUAUUCUCAACCUUUAGCAGCUGCGGUGAUAAGAUAACAUUGUCGAGCAAAGAUGAUUGCAGAAACUGUUUCCAAACUUUAGAUAGUAGAGAGGUAAACACAAACCACACAAACUCACUCAGCUAUAUAUCUGGGUCCUCUGCUGAGCACAUGCGGGGGUGUUCGCUUACAGCACACUCACAGACACACACACACACACACUGUCUCCAUGUGUGUGUAAUCAGCUCUAAUGAGAAGCCUGAGGACACUUCCUAGUUCCUCUGUUACACAGCAGGACCUAAAGCUGUGUCUCUGCGUCUAUAAAGAAGCUUUGUGUGGGUUGAAGUGCGCUCGCUGUACUGUAUGUGUGCGUGGACGCUGUGCUCGUUGGAGCAGCAGAAGUUCCCUGACAGCAUGAGACAAAGUUUUAUGAUUGAAUGUGUCAGAGCUGAUUCUUCAUAAUGUUAGCGUCUGUGUAGCCCCUGUCUCCAUCCUGUCUGCAGCAGGAUGUUUUUAAGUGCAAACACACAUGCAGUACAUGAGAUUGAAGAGUGUUUUUUUUUUUUUUUUUUUUUUUAGGUAAUUCACAAGAAGUGUUUAUGUCUGUGUUUUUACAUGCGCUUCUGUUGAAUCUCAUCUGUGUGACUCUGACGUUACAGUGCAGGCUGUGGGAGGACUGGUGCUAUCUGCGCUAUCGACUACACAUGGAAACUCCUCAAAGCUGGGGUAUGUGAACACAAACGCUCCUACACACGCCUCAAACACCUCUGUCAAGAUACAAAAGUGCUCAAGUUUCACCAAGUUUAAGAUAGUUAAUCUGUCCUUUGUUUUGUCUCGUGCACUUUUACAGAAAAUACCAGAAGAUUUUAAUGUUUUUCGGUUAAUCCAAGAGAUGAGGACACAACGACACUCUGCUGUUCAGACUAAGGUUUGUCUUUGGUUUUACUCUGUGCUGUUACUCAGUUUCCAAGCAGAGCAGAGAUUACAACAUUUGUCAGGAUUUGAAAGCUGUAAUAUCUCAGGUUAAUAAAUGCAUUCUUAUUUUCAGUGACUUAUAAGUAUUGCUGCGGCUAGAUUUAGAUUAAUCAUACUGAAAAUGAGAGUUGGGUCAACCUUUAACAUUUGCCAGACAAUAUAAGGCAUUUUUAACAGGAUUAAACUGAGGCAUCUUUACUGUAAUGGUACUGAAAGAGUUUUAAAGGAAUCAUUGUGUCUUUUUAAUGAAGAAAAAGUAGGCUCUUACACAUCAAGCCUCAGUUUUACAGCUUUUGGGUGACUGAUCCUUCCAAUAAAAUCCCUCCAAGUGGCCAUGUGUGCUAGCUCGGUUGCCACAAAGAUUAAGAUGAGACUGUAAAUGGAGGGCACAGAUUGAGUUUAAUGACAAAUCACAUUCAUGAAUAGAGACGUUUCAAAACAACUAAACCCUGAAGUAAAAACUUAAAGUCCGGCUUAGUCACUUCAGAAAACAGUAAAAAUUGAGUAUCAUUUCUCAAACCUAAUCUGUGGAUUAACAGUGUUAGAUUGGUGUGGCUCACGUUGGCAGAUCUGGCAUCAGGCCUUGCAGGUAAACAUUCACAUGCCUGUACUGGCUUUCAACCAAACAGCCCAGAACUUGCAAACCAAGCUGCCAUCUAUCAUCUGUGCUUGUGUACAUCCAGGUAGUAGAGCAUUAUAGCACCACUGAAGUAGCUGCAGCCCUGGUUAUUGAUGGGUUAUUACAGCUUAGACACAGCACAAUAUGAUUAGUGUGCUAUAAUAAAACUUGAUUAUUUGUUUAACCUACAUGUAACUCUUGUGCUGGCCAGCAAAGGUGAUAAUAUCUGAUUCAAAACCUAGGAUGAUGUUAAUAUGACUGUUGUUUUCAGUUUCUGGCUGUGGAGACCAGGAUUCGAAUGAGAGUUUUUACUCAGUCCUAAACGAGCUGGACUGACCAGAGUAGCUGAGAGAAAACGAUUAUGACAUAGCUGAACCUUGAUUUGUAGUUAAAUAAGGUUUAACAAUGUGCACAUACAAACAACAAAGGCGAUAGGCUGUGAGUCUGUUUGAUUGAAUGAUUGAUCUGAUUCAUUUCAUAAAAAAUAGAGAGAAAGAAAGAGUUAAACAAAUGAUGAAGUUUAGGAUCAGAUUGUACUCAAAGCUUUGAGGUGUGAAUCCGCACGUACUCAGACACUCUCAAGUGGUGUUGUCUUCUAUUGUCUUGUUUUUCUCUCCUUGUUCCCCACGUGUCAUAUCCUAUUUAACACCUCUUCAUUCCUGUUAAACUUGCUGCAUACCUGCUAAUAAAUGGAUCUGAGCCUGUUCAGCAGAAGUCUUUACAUUCUUAUCAUGAUUUGUAGCAGGUGGAGUUUGUUUUGUUUUGUUAUGCCUUGUUUGCUAUGUGCUUCUGUCAAGUUAUGUUUGCAUCUUUAUGUAAGAAUGAUUCAGCAAAGUGAAAGUAUCUCUGCUCAAUAAAGCAGCCCUGCAUGCUCUGAUGUUUUGUACCAUAUUUUUGGCUGUUUCCUCCUAUGCAUUUAUCCUAACGACUGAGUGAGGCCUAAAGUCAUCACCUUAGUACGUGCGAACAAGGGUUUGAAUCAACUUUACAAUAAUUCUUCAAACUUGGAAAAGGAUGACAGUUUUCCUCUCCUCUCCUGCACUUUCUCUUGUUUUUACUUUGACUCAUCACGUCUUUGUCCAUCUCUUUCCAGGAGCAGUACGAGUUAGUUCACCGAGCGAUCGCACAGCUCUUUCAAAAACAACUGCUGCUGCUGGAGAGCCCGACCAACGCGCAGAUUCACGAUGGCAUGGUAUGACACGCUCAGAAACAAACACACUGUGCCUGCUGUCUGGUGUUAAAGAAAGACAGGAUGUCGCAGAGUAACACACUCAGAGUGGGGAAAAAAACACAGAUAAUUAGUCACAGGGGAGGGCGAGGGAAGAGGGGCCGUCAGAAAAUGUUGCUCUUUGCACACGGAGUCACAGGGUUUGUGCCAAAAAGAGAGUGAUCUCCUUUACAGGGAGGUAUCAGGGGACUGUGUGUGGCUAGACUUGUUUUAAAAGAGCAUCAAAAGCUUUUUUCUGUCAGUGCCCUCAUUUGAGACUACUUUACACUGUCCUCCACUGCCCCCAGACGCAUACACAUGCUCACAACAACAAAGCAUUGCUUUAGAUAAGUUUUCAUUUCCCUCUGUUUAUUACAUUUCCCCAGAAGUACAACAAAAUUCUAAAUAAGUUAGUCAUAUAAUGAAGAUCACAGAAGAAGCCGUACAAAUCUUUUUAGUGGCUUAUUUAAAGGGAAAGUGCAGUUCUCUUCUUUGUGUUUGUGAGGUUUCCCCUUAUAGCCCCCAAAGUUUUCACAGCUCACAUCUUUAGACUCAGAAAUGAUCCUUGAGAAAAAAAGAAGUCCAGAACAAAAUGACUCUAUGUAGGACUGAUAGAAACAUUUAGAAAUCAGAGAAGUGAAGCAAGAGUUUUCUUUCUCCCAAAAACAGUAUCCAGUGUGUUUCUCCUUAAUUUGAAUAGAACAGUAACAUUAACAAAACAAUCAAUAACUCACUGCUGAGUGACUCUAGUGCUGACUAGCUUAAGUGGUGAUGCAUCUACAGAGUUUUGGAUGCAGUUGGUGCAACUCUGACAACUUUUCUAUCAGGUGGAAGAUCAGUGAAGCUGCCGUCAUUCACCAAACACCAGGUCAGGACACAACUUAGUAAAAGAAGAGAACGGAUCAAGAUUUUGCCCUAAAAAUCUUUCAGGGAGUGCUCAUAUUUUUCAUGCUUGUGACAUAAAUACAAACAAUACAGAGCCAAUGCUGGCCUCAGUUUAUUACCUUUCUCUCUAUUUCAGUAAAGAUCUGCAUGCUUCUUACAAAAAAAGGCAAGCCUUCUAUUCUGUAGAUUUCUGAUGGGAGUAGCGUUGGGUGGUAGGCAGACUUAGAUGGGCUCCCCAUGCCGUCGAUCUGAAAGGCUCGAUCUGUUAACAUGCACGAAAAGAGAAAGAAAACAAACAAACAGCUGUUAUAGUGAAAGGUUGUUCCAAUAGUUUACUCCUGGAGAAGUCAGCGGAGAAAAGGAUCAGUGAGAUGAGAUGCUGUGCGACUGACGAACCCCAAAGACUCAGAGAGAUGACAAGAGACCGGCUUGGCAGCAAUCCAGGAGCUCGCUUCCUGCUUAGGAAGUUAUGAUGAAAUCACCCUUUUUUUCCCAUCAUGCUUUUUGAGUCUGUGAAUAGACACAUCCGCUGGGAAAGGGACACCCUUAUAAACGUCACUCACACAGAUGCAGGCAACUGUGUUUACAUCAGAAAACACUGACACACACUCAAGUGUUGUCUGUUACCUUUGUGUUUUCAGUCAAUCCUGAGGAACAGAAGUGUUUUUUUUACUUCAACACAAGCUUUUGAUUCAGAUUAUAGCCUAGUCCUGGUCUGCACACAUUCAAACACACACUGUCAGUGAAGCAUUAUUGGUUUUCUGUACUGACUCAGUCCAUACACUCACUGACUCAUGUCCAGUCAGCCAUUGUCAGUGACUAAAACACCCACAUAGGUGCUCUCAAUGGCGUUACGAACAAUAAGCCUACACAUACACACAUCCCACAUGCGUUUUUUUUUCUUCUCAUGCAGGCACCAUUGUUUUCAGGAGGCCUUACCAACAAAGUAACUCUUACAAUACACACCUAUACAAAGUUAAGGUGGCCUUAUUUACCCCCUCCACAGCUGAAGUCGUCCUGUCAUCCUCUCAUUAUCUGAGCUGAGAGGGAGUCAAAUAAUGAGUAGCGUGGGAAGAGGGAAAGAGAGGAGGAGGAUGAGGGCUGAGAGGAAGGAGAGGGAGAGGGUGUAGAGCUUCUUUCAGGAACAAUUUUGAUCCUUCAGUGAAGCAAUUUAGUUGCAGCUUUGCACCUCAGACACAGAACUGUGGAGAGAAAAGAGAGUUGGAGAGAGAAGAAUUUGUUUUAAGAGUGUGCAGUAAAGAUGGCUUUUUAUCAUGCUGACAAGAAUUUGAAUGUUUUAAAAGCAAAAAAAGAAAUCUCUGCAAUAUUCAUGCUGGAUAAUUAUCUGGGUUUAAAACACCUCUGUAGACAUCCAUCUUUCUGCAUGUUUCACCUUCUUGUGCCCAAAAAUACAGGUAAAAGCUGAAAGCAGAUGAAUCAAAUUUUUUACACUGUCAGACUGAAACUAGCAGAAAAGUUCCUGCAGCUCGAUAAAAGGCAAACUUCAAAUAUGAUUUGUGCUGGUAACAACAAGUAUACGCUGAAAUUUAAACAAUUUUGCUUAAGCAACAAUGCACAGUGAGUGAGCGACUAAUGUGGACUAUGCAGUUCUUGGUGAAAGGUCUUAUGAAACAGCUAGCAGAGAUCUUUGAAUCUAAUGAAGUAAUUUGUGGAGAUUUUAAAGUGAGAACAUCACCUAUAUCAUGCGGUUAUGGUUAUUUUAGUCAUAAUUUCUCUGUUUAUUUAAUCAAAGCAAAACAUUAAACAUGAAAUUGUCUUUUUUUUCUUCUUCAACCAGGAUGAAAGUAGCCCAGAUAAAGCAAGUCACCAAUCAGAUGAUGAAAGAUGGGACACCCCUCCUCCGAAACCCCCGCGCAUCCGCAGGUAAGACAUCAGUUUGUUUGUUUUUCCAUAACGUGUAAAAGUUUUUUAUUCUUUAGUCCAUGAAACACUGGAGAAGUGAAUAAAGUGAAACGGUAGAACGGUGUGUGCUCAUCCUCCACACCCAUGAAUGAACGGUCUCGCACAGGAGUAAACUGUAGGUGUGAAGCAGCUCGCCGCUGAGCACAGUGGGGGUUGUUGUUUUGGAGGAGGACGGUGUGAAGCUCACAAUGGAAACGUAUUUAAACUGACCAAACAGGAGCAGCAGGCGUUUCGUUUUCACCUCGAAUGCACCGCGGCUUUUCUGACACAUUAGCUCCCUGUCAGCCCACAGAUUCACCCUUCCUCCUCUAUACUGAAGUUAACUUCUGUUUCACCGUUAACGACUGCUGUGGCUCGACGAGGAGCUGUAUUUAUAGAUGUUUUUGCAACGCUCAACGAUAUUCUGUAACACCACGAACUGUUGCAUGUACCACCACCUAAGGGUGAGCUGAGGGGGGGCUGUUAAUCUUUCAUCUUCCACUCUUUGUAAACAAACACGUGCUUUUUUACACUUGCAGGCAUGUGGUUUAAACACACAUACACACACACACCCUCUGUAGUAUAUGCAUCUGUCAUAUACAUCAAAAUACACAUAGACACUGUCUUUGCUCCCUGUUCUCCCGCUCUUCACCCUCCUCUCCUUUUUAAUUUUACUGUAUGUGCCCAGCAGGGGUUGUGCUCUACUUUCUCUCAGCCAGUUCAUCUUCAUCCCCUCUUUCUCUCCUCUUAUGACUUAUCCACUUUUAAUGAAGCUAUAGUUCACUCUUAACUUUCAAUACCAGUCUGGUGAUGGAUUUCCGCUGAGCUGCGUCAGUACUGGAGCUUUAAUGUCAUAGUCCACUAUUUGAACAUCCUGUCUGAAAACAUCCAGUUUGAUUUUAUUCUCUAGGUCCUUUUUUUUCCCUUUUAACUCUGAAUCAAUCUCUGUUUUUUGUCUGAUGUCAUCUACUGUAAAAAGCGAGUGCUCGCAAGUUGUGUUUUUGCGUAAGGCGAGUGGAGCUGGUUAAUAACUCUUUUCUUUAAAGCUGAACACAUAAUUGACUUUUCCUGUCAACAAUCUGAGGCAGCAAGAAUUUAACCUGAGAGAUAAAUCAUGUUGUAUUGUCACUAUUUUCUUGAUAGCCAUGGUGAAAAGGAUUUGACACUCAAAAUUUAGAUGUAAAUUCUACAGUAAAUCAACAGAAAGGGGGUUAUUUUGUAUAACCUGUUAUACUUUUAGAGUCAUUUUGGAUCAAACUAAGUCACCCUCUGUUGGCUGUCUGAACUAAUAAAACAUUUAGGGCUUCCUGAUUGGAAUCCAACAACUAAAUCCACUCCCUUUUUUUUUAAAGUUAUUGUCCAAUGUUGAACUUUUCUUACUGCCGCAAAAUUCAAUCCUCAGACCCAGCAUGACCUUUGUGGUGGUAUCUCACCUCAUAUAAAUGAUUAUACUUUCUCUGUGUUCAGUCUGUCUUCUGAACAAGCCAGUGUGAUGGGAAAGUAAACAUCUACCAGUGCUUCUUAUUUUUGGUUGUAGCUGUAAGUAAUCUGUUUACUGGAAGUUUCUGUCCUGCUCUAAGUAAAACAUACAAACUUGAACUGCUGCCAAAUUGGAAAUCUUUCCUGGAAGUGGGGCAGAGCUCGACCAUCAGGAAAGAAUUUGUCUGUCUCGCUCUUCUUAUCUCAGCCUUAAAUCUCAGCAUCAGCCUCUUCAUCUCUCUUUGUCAUCCUCCUGUUUUCCAAAGAAAUAAUGUCAAGGCCUAGUUUAAGCCUGAGAGUAUUCCAGGGAUGGGAAGAGCUAUUUUUUACCAAAGUCCACAUUCUGCCAUCCACUUUCCCCCCUGGGUCACCUCGGCAGUAUGUGUGUCUGUGUCUGUGUGUGUGUGUCUGUGUGUGUCUGUGUGUGUGUGUGUGUGUGUGUGUGUGUGUGUGUGUCUGUGUGUGUGUGUCUGUGUGUGUCUGUGUGUGUGUGUGUGUGUGUCAGAAAGAGAAAUAAACUGCAGGACCUGCAAUAAGGCUGGCUUCAAGGUUACAAAAACUGAGUCAUGAUUUCACAGCCACACCCUGAGGAGUCAUAUCCUCCGCAGUGUUUGGAUGGGUAGGAUGUGUCUUUGAAUGUUUGAUAUUUUUAAAUGAAAGACUCAGAAGAUAAAUAAAAUAUCACACCUGUGUUAUUUAAUGAACCAUCUUUUAUCAUGUUUUGUGAGAGUGAUUGUUUUUAAGAUUCUCUCAUGAUUCAAAUCAAAUAUACCAAAUUUAGUCUUUGUCCACACAUAUGCUCAGAUUAUUCUAAAAACAAGACUCAAGGUCAUUUUUUUCACACUCAAAAUCAAAAGUCCCUGUGCUCCCAUCCUGAAGCAAACUUACUGAACAUAAAGCAAGUCAGUUUACCUUCUUACUUCAAGCAAUUAUCUUUACAAACUGACAAGCAAAUGAAUAACAAACUUAAUGGUGUACAAGCAAGCAAGUGAACUUACUGACCAUUGAGCAAGUAAAGCGAGAGCAAUCAAAGGUACCAACUAAAAAAUCACUGACCUGUUGACUCACUUACUGCUACAAGAUUUUUAUACUGUUAUCUUAAAUGUCUGAAACUGUCUCAAGAGGUUAAGUGUCAACUAAGCACUUGGAGAAACAGUUAGUGAUUGAUAUGACUGUUAAAAGUCAGAAUGAUGAGAGCUUUUAGUGAGACACUUCUAACGCACAGAGAUGACAAGAUUAUGCAAAGACUGCUGCUCCAAGUUCCUCUCUGAAGCUUUAAUAAUGUGCACGCAAACAUAAUUCAACGCAAGUGAACUUAAUACAUGCAAGCAAAACGAAUCAUCAACUGACCAAUUUGCUUGCUAACCUUGCUAAUAUCCAAAGCUUUCAUUUUCUUAAAUUUAGUAGCUACUUAACUAACCACUGGUUUACCUUUUCACUAACUAACUUACUUAAAGCUCCUUUCAGGAGUUUUUUUUGACAGUCAGGCCAGUUAAGGACAAGAUUAGCAAAGAUUGCUUUGUCCACUGGGGGCAACGAACUGCACAAACCAAAAGUUCCUUCCAGGAGCUUUAAUCAAUAGCAUAUUGUCAUUUCAACUGGCCAGCAUAAAGAACUUACUAACAACCUUUUAGUUGGCUUUGUAGUGAAAGCAUUAUCAAGUUUGCCAGCAACAUUUCCACAGUAUAAUCUUGUCCUUCCACAGUAUACUAUUACCUGUUGCUGCUUCCGCUCUGUACAGCCUAUUUUUGACUGAUGACCUUUACCUGCAGCCUCCCUUGAUCAAACUUACAGUCUUAAGCAGUCAGAGACAGAGAUUUUCAUAUUUAAUGAUCAUUUCUUAGUCGUGUCAAAUUAAUCUCUCCACAGUCUGAACCCUGGAAGUGUUUCUCUAAAGUGUAUCUGCUUCUUUCAUUCCACCGCUGCAGACCAACCUGCACUCUUAUUAAAAAUGCAGCUUCUCGUCUCUGGAGUACAUAUGUGUGGAGGGCACAUUGUGCUUGUUGUGGGUGGUGCUUAUGCAUAAAUUUAAAAGUUCUUGUGAGGACGUGGAUCUGUGCCUACAUGUGUGUUUGUGUGUAGGAGGCGCAAAGUUAUUAAGUCACCAGCACAUCAAAGAUGGCGUGGACUGUUGGAGGGUUUUGUAACCUUCAGGGCGAAAGUGGAGGAUAGUUUAGUGAGAUGGUCGGGCAGAGGCAUGAUUGAGAUUUUAAAAAUAGUUUCAGAUUCUUUCAUGAAAGCAAAUUUAAGAGGAAGUCUGACUCAAACUACUAAAAUAUUUAGCAACAUUUACAUCCUAGUCCCCAUGUUCAACAUUUAAGAGAAGACCAUAAACAGAUCUAAUGUAAUCCUUGACACGUAAUGAUUCAGGCUGGAUUACGAACCCCAAACUUCAUGCACCCCUCUUCAUUGUGGACGCCCUGCUGCUGCAGCUCUCUGAUUCAUUUUAUGCUGUUAACACAAAUUUCUUUCUUCCUCUUUAAUAUUUGUUUUGCUGUGACUUAUUCUCCGUGUUUGCUUGUGUAAUGGCUCAGCUUCCCCUUCAGGGAUCAUUUUCAGCAUCAUCUUAUCUUAUCACAGUGAGAGACACAGGGCCUUAAUCACCAGAAUGAUUCAUGUCCCCAUGGAAACAAUCUGCCCUGGUGGGAAUAAUCUGUGUUAUUAUGAAAUUAAUCUCCUGCUUGCUCAGAAAAAGAAGUCAAUAUAGAAAAGAAACACCUCAGGGGGAAAUUAUCCGAGGAGAUUUGCUCAUUGUGUUUAUCAAUUAAAUCAAACAGCAAGGGAAUAACAGUGAAAACCCUCAAUUAUGACUUCCGUUUCUGUAAGUCUUGAUUUUGUCACAUUUAAAAUUUAUGAUUAUAAAUCCAAAAACAACUACAUAACAGAUAAAGUUUUUGUUCUGCAAGGGUUUGGCAGAUAUACUGUGGUCCUUUUCGAUUAAACUGAAACUCUAAAGUAAAACCACAAUAAGAAAAUCCCUUCUUUUUCUUCUUCUUGAGGCUCACAACUUCUCUUUUUCUGUAUGUUGCACACACACAGUCUCACACGCAGUCCUACGUUAACUCUGCCUGCAGUUACAUGUUUGUCAUUUAGCGCACCACCACAUCCUUUCACUGCCUUUAGCUUACCAUGUGUAUAUACAAUACUACGGUAUAUGCAUGCAUUGAAUGUAAAAUUCCAUCAUGUGGAGUGGAAACAACAUCUUAAUGUUAAACCUGGUGGGUGUGUUGUGGUGAGCUUGCAUCAAACCUCAUCCUGUUGAACAUUUACAUACACCUACAUUUGGUCUAUAGGUUUGUUUAGAAGUAGUUUGAAGUCACAUCAGUGAAAUACACUGAAAACAGAGUGCUAUACUAAAAUAGACGUGUAUGGAAAUAGCUGGCAGAUAAGCUAAUGCACACUCUGGAAGCUUAAAUGAGAAUAAUAAGUCUUAUUUAAACUCUUUUUCUAUACACUGCAUUACUUACAGCACUGAUAAAAACUCUCUGAGGCAUUUUGGUCCAUCAGUUCUGCAGACGGGCACUAACAGUCUGUUUACAGUUCAAGAUGAAACAAUCACCUCAACUUUAAAUCCACUUAAUGAGGACAAGAGUCUUGAGUAGAGUAAAAUCAGAAGUGCCAUGGAAAUAUUUGCAGUUGUGCUUUUUAGACGCUGCCACCUAGUGGUGGAAAUCAAAGCUUCACUUGUUCAUUUCAUCAUUUUGGUUUCAUCAUUUUCUUAAAGACAGAGAAUAAUUUAAGCUAUAUGUCCAAAUUUCUGCCAGUAGUCAGAGCAAUGUGAUGAAAUUCAUGCCUUUUUAUCAUUUUUCACUCCUCCAAUCUUUACAGCCUCUGUUUCAGAGCACCUUCAAACCUGUUUCCUUUCAUCUAAAGCCAAUAGGUCACAUUUUAUUCACGUUAACACUGAAGUGUUUUGUAUAAUGUGUUAGUUUCCCUCGCACUCGCCUCAGUGAAAACACACUUCUGGUUUUUGAGCUUGCUGUUUUAAUUAAAGUGUUACAUUUCAGGCUCUGUGGGAUGGAAAUGUCUUAUUAGAGAAUAUCAAAAGUCUGUUUCUCAGAGUGUGAUCCAUCCACCACAGAUAAAAGCCUGGUCUACUUUCAGCUCUUUUCUGCUCUAGGACUGAUCUUUUCUUCUUCCUCUCUCUCUGUAGUUCCCAGGCCGAAGGGGACGUGAAGGAGGAAAUCCUGCAGCCCCCAGAACCUCACCCCGUACCCCCUAUUCUGACCCCAUCUCCCCCUUCAGCCUUCCCCACUGUCACCAAUGUACGGCAGGACAACGACCGCUACCACCCCAAACCCGUUAUCCACGUCUUAGCCACCGCCCAGACACAGGUGAGGUUACAUGAGCAGAAAUCCACACAAUGAUGCUUAUAAUAGAUUAUUUAUAGACGUAUACUUCUUGAACUGCAAAACACAACCUCAUUCAUUUGUGUUCUGCUUGUUUUUUUUCUUUUAAAUGAAUUAUUGAAGAAGUGCUGGAUUCUGCUUAGUUAAUUUUUUUCCACAAGUUUUUGCAAAAGUAUUAGAUGAAGAGAAACACAGUUGUUAGAUUUAAACUCCCACGACCUAGUUCAAACAGCAUAGAGCAGAUAAAAGACAGCCACAAUAAGCUGUGAUGUCAGUGUUUAAUUAUUUAAUGAACAAAAAAGAAAACAACAAAAGCAGAAACCACACAGAGAAGGACUUCAGAUACUUUUGAGUUUCUUAGUUUCCUGUGAGAAGAAGACACACAAAAUCAAGUCUUACUGAAUAAGGAAUUAAAAGUCAAGAAUUUGUAGCAAAAAAGCUGAUAUAGUUGGUAUAUAAUCCAAAGUAGUGUGUUUAGCCUCAAAAUCAACUGUCUUGUUGCUAUUAGCUAGAAUCUCUGGUAGAGUUUUAUUAUUUAUGACCGACUGAUUACAGUUUUCCAACGGCUAAUGCUGAUAAAUCAUGAGAGAGCUGGUCAGCCUCUGCCUGAUAUAUCCUGCUGAUAAACCAAGAAUUUAUUAAUAUUUCCAAAUAAAAAAAUUGCUGAAUCACAGUGGAUGUUUAAUCAAAUCAAGAUGGAAAAAUAUUUGGAUCAGUAAAAUUUUACCACCAAGGACUUCUGGAUCUCUGUCCAGCACCCUGACAUUGUUAAGAAAGAGAAUUAGUUGAAUAUUGGAAUGUAAUUAGAGGUGUGAUCUAUUUAUGUACUUAUGUAAGGACACUGACCUUUUAUUAAAGUGGAAACAAGGUGUUUAUCAGGACGUAAGAAAGGUUGAAAAUUAAAAAUUAACAUCCAACAUCCCGUUUCUAAGUUAUUGUUCCUUUUAUAGUAAAGCUGCACAAAGUUGCAGCUCUGUUGACGAGUCAAAAGUAAAAUGCACUUCAUGUGAAAUAGAGUUAUAAAGUAUUUCCAAAGAACUUGGAUGCAGGUGCAGCAGAUCAGACUCAUGUUUUAUGGUCACCACAUCACUAAAGCUUGGCACUAUUUUGGAGAGUUCAGAUCGAAAUGAUGGGAAACUAUCUGCAGACCAGUUAACAUUAAAAAAUUCUUGGGUCUAGGUGAUGUCCUCAGGAUGGCAGGUGUUGCUUUAUGUAGUACAUUUGGACUUUAAAAAUGGCAAAAUGUUAUUGACUACAUUUUAUUUCCUGUCAUAACAUUUUGUUGGAAUUUGAAGUUUUGUUGAAGUAAAAAAUUGCUAAAUUAACACUCCCUAAAUACUGACUCUGGCUCCCUCACGAUUAAGUCCUGACAAAAGAUUUGUCAUUUUUAAGGGAUGCUUUCAGGUGUUUCAUCUUAUAUGUUCUUCUCCUUUCAGAAUAAAGAAACAGACACGCAGCAGAACCAGUCAGAACUCUGUCCAAACAAGCAGACAAGCCCCUCAGAGCAGAAGGACCCGGAUCUACAAAGUCUAAAACAACAGACCCAAGUCUCAAAUCUAGAUCUGAAUGACAACUACAACAACAAGACGUCGUCGACAUCAACAAAAACAGAGUCGGGCCAAAGCCAGACGCCCUCCUCGCCCCUCUCCCCUUCUAUUGAAAGUUCUGGUGCUCCUCGGAUUGAGAGAAAGCUGAGCAUUGAGAUUAAAAAGGUGCCGUUACAGGAAGGACCUCGUAGUUUUGACACCUCGGCCUCAAUGGGUGUAGCAGGAGGAAUAAGCAGCAGCUCCACCAACAGCACAGGAAUGCUGCAAAGAAGCCACGCUUUCAAAGCCCGACCUGGCCAAUCACUGCUGACGUCCAGCUCCUCGCUGUCAGAGGACUCGGGCACAGAAGGAGGAGGAGGCGGAUGUGGGGAGAGCAACACAGAUGGCGGCGUCCUUGCUCGACCGAACCACCUCCCUGUGAAGAGCGAGAAGGGGGAGACCCCGGGAGGGGAGAAAACAGAGGUGAAGGCUGGCCAUGCAGCGUGGAGUCAGCCUUGCAACAGCCCCGAAAAACAGUUUCUCAAAACCACGUCCUCCUCUUCCUCCUCCUCAGAACGCGUGGCCCCGUCCUCCUCUUCUUCUUCCCACCUGUCCUCCUCCUCUUCCUCAUCCUCCUCCACCCCUGUUAGGACUGCCCUGAGCUUCACUAACCCCCUUCAUUCAGAUAACUCAGACGAGGAGGGGGAUGGGGAGCUUUCCGGAGGGAAGGACGGUUAUCGUACUAACGUAUCCACGGCGACCAUAGUGACCACGUCCCUUCACCAUGGAGAGCAGCAGCCGAUGCGGAAAGUGUCGCCCAUGUCGAUCGCUGGGCAGAGCUCUCCGUCAUCCUCUGCAAACACAGCAAGUAUGUCAAUCAGCUGCUUUUAUUGAAUGAAUGAACUAAUUCAUUGAACUAACCAGCUGCUUCUCUGAUUGAGUCUAUUAACAGCAACAAAGCUAUCAGAUACUCAGAAACCCAAGAGAACAGAGAAACAGGCGUAACUAAGGCGUAGACGUGUUAAUGAAACCUCAACACAGGAGAGCAUUAGCAAAAAGUUAGUUUGUUUUCAGUUAUUUUUGGUGGCCAUAAAGGUUAACAGGUUACAUACGGUCAUUAACUGCAGCUGAAAAUAUAUAUUCUACUACAAAAAUAAACAGCAAAUUCUUUGUUUGUCUUUGACCGGUAAACGGGUCAAGGUUUUGACAGAAAUAUACAUUGACAUGCAGGAAAGGAGGAUCAGAGAACAGAUUAAAGUUACCAUUUUGUCCACAAGGGGCACCAAAACCUACAAAAAUCUAGAUUCCCACACAGGAACGUGAACUAGACAUCCUCUAAAACCCUGCACUAAGGGAAAUAAAAACACUGAUCACGAAUCGAUCACAAAUUGGUUAAUAUUGAACAUUAAUUAAUGGAAAAGUCUUUAUUUUAAUGUCUAUUCAAAACUGCAGAUAACCUAUAGUAAUCAAUUCAAUUCAAACCAAAAGCUUUAAGUCUAGGAAACCACUUAACUGUUUGUUGAUAAAAGUUAAAUGUUGUUGGAUUCAGAACAGGAUUUUAAGUUUGUGUUAUCACAGAAUUUAUAGUAGUUUUAUUAAAUUUGGUUGUGCUUCCAGAAAUUAAAUCUCAUUUAAAAUGUGGUUAGCAGAAAUUAAAAAUUGGAUAAACAGACUGAAACUUUUUGCUUCUGGUGUUUAACUCCUGUUCAACCAUGUUUCAUUUUUUAGAGUGUAGAGCGCGCUCUUUUGACUAAACAGCAGUGAAAUCACACACACUCACAGAAACCUCACAUUUAUGUCAUUUUCCGGGUCAGUCAGGAAGCAGGUCUCUCACACACCACAUGCUAAUAACAGGUUGUACUAUAUCUGCCACCACACACCGCAUUAUGGCAUCGUCAGUGCGGGGAAAAGACAGAAGCAGGAAGAGAGGGUUAACGUGAGAAACAACAAACAGACUCACAGAGGUCCAUACGAAGCAUGGCUCUAUGACUAAUUGGUCGGGUUGCCAGGAAUGCUGCAGAUGUUAACAAGCCAACACAUCUGUCAAAACAACUCCACUCUGUCUUUUCCAGCCUGUGUGUGUUUGUCUGAGUGAAUGAAUUUAUGGAUGAGAGAGAGAAACUCUGUUUUGUGUGUUUUUGUUUCCUUGUGCAGAGAACUGUACAUGCAUGUUGGAUGGUGAAGGAUCAACACUGCAUGGCGCUGAUACAUACAUGACUCCAUGCACGUUGGGUUGAACGGAGCAGUGUCACGCUGUUAUAGUGCGUUGGUGCAGCCUCACUGUCAUGAUCGCAGUGUGUUGAGUUGUUUUUGUUUAAUGCUCUGGAGAUGAAGUUUGCUCCUUCUCCUUUGUUGAUUUCAAAAUCACCUGAUUCUGAAAUCUGAUUUCUGCUGUGAUGGAUUUGGACCUGGUUUGGUUUUGUGCAGGACUUUGACUUAGAGCCUUUUGAAAGCUUGUUGACUUGAGACUUUACUGCAUUUUUAAAUAUUUGGAUUUAACUAUGAGAGUGCAUGAUGGGACUCCUUCUGCUGGCAGUUAACUACCUCAAAUAACAACUACUCCACAUUCUGAUAAGAAACAGUGUUGUGGACAUGAAAAUUAACAAUACAGAAGAGGAGGAAUUUUUAGAAGAGUUAGUGUAAGUUGAGCAGCUGGUAAUAAGGCAGAUUAAUACAGGAUAUAAUAGAAUAUGUAGCCUUUGAUUGGGAGUUAAAAAUAAAGCUUAGAGUAUUAUCUGAUGAUUGAACAAUGCUUUACAUGACUUUAAAAAUAGCACCAGAAAAAUAAAAGAAAAUGCACCAUCUCAAAUAUGCAUUAAUUUAUGUCUGUAGUGUGAAAGGGCUGUUUAAUGCUUAAAAAUGUAUGUUUCUGUAGAUAUAUCUUAUGAUUCAAAAAUAAGAUAUGAUUGGUUUUCCAUCCAGCCAUAAAACAUCAUUUAAAAAAUGAAAAAUAAAAGAUAGUCGCUGCACAAAGUUCCUCAAUUUCGUGCAGCUUACUCUACUUCAGUCACACUUAGAACACAAAAGAAGGUGCUAUCUGUAGGUGUACUGCAUGAAAACUCUUCAUUCUUAAAACUGUCUUUAAGACCACACUCACUCACUCACUCACUCAGAUGGAAGUCUUAAAAAAUAAUUUAUCUUAGGUUUACUAAUUACAUGUCUGACAUCACACCUUAUGCACUCGAGUUAUUUCCAAUAUUUGAAACCGAAUGCAGAAAUCUUGGCCUCACAGUCCAACAUUGACUGUUUUGCAGUUUGGUCUGCUUGGCUUUCUGGCACAUUAUUACUUCUUUUGGCUGUGUGGUAGCGCUUUGUAAUCAGUUCUGAAACGCUGAUGGCUGCUGUUUGUUUGGGUUGCAAGAACCGAAUGGCAUUGUGCAAACUGCUGCUUUGGUUGGUCGAAAGGAAGCUGGUGGCUGCUUGUUGCCUGGGUGCAUUGCCAAUGAAUCGUACAAACCUUUGGGGAUUUUCAAGAUGGUGUAUAAGCUGAUUAAUUUGUGUGUAGAUGGAAUAUAUUUCAGGAUUUAAACAGUGUAGCACCACAAAUUACAUCAAAGUUGACUCAUUGUGAAAAAAAAUUAAAUAAAAACAGGUUUUCCUCUUAUUAGCAGUCAAACUUAGAUUUAUUGCCCUGGUAUAGAUUUAGAUUUGCUCUGCAGUUGGUUUUCAACCUAGCAGAAAAGGCCCAAUAAAGAGUGUAUAAAGACGCCCCCCACACACACCACCUUCAGAGAACCAGUAAUCAUCUUUACAUAGAGGCUUCCUGUGUCACUUAGCAAAUGGAGACCUGAAACUAACAGAUGUCAACCACUAUUAUAUGUAUUUGUGUAUGUGUGUGUAUAUGUAUAUAUAUAUAUAUGUAUAUAUAUAUAUAUACAAACACACACACACACACACACACACACACACACACACACACACACACACACACACACACACACACACACAAUAAGGAGUAUUGAUACACUCCUCAGUAACCAGCGUAUAAAAACUAUGAGUGACACUUUCCAUCACAAACAGACUAUAAAAACCUGUUCCUGUAAAGACUUGUGGUGUGGCUAACCCUUAUAAUCAAUAACAGGAUGAUGACUGUAACAGAUUCCUUCAUGACCCACAGGGUUAUUUAUAGCUCGGUUAUAUAUACAGGCGAAGCAUUUCUCAGAGGAAGAUUACUGAAAUUAUCUUCAUGUGUAUACACAUAAAUGUGACUGAUAAAUAAAUUGUAAAUGUCAGAGUUUAUCACAGUUAACUCUUUUUUUUUUUUUAAACACAAUCCCACAUUUAUUUAAAAGAAAAAAAUCAUAGUCAGCUCAGUUGAUGAGUCAAAGGUAGUGUGCGCUAUAGACAAUAUAUAUCUGAAGUACUUUGCUCUAAAUCAGUGGUUCUCAAGUCCAGUACUUGAGGCCCCCUGUCCUGCAUGUUUUGGAUGUUUCCCUGCUCCAACACACCUGAUUCAAAUGAUCAGCUCGUUAUCAAGCUCUGUAAUGGCUUAAUAACGAGCUGAUCAUUUGAAUCACGUGUGUUGGAGCAGGGAAACAUCCAAAACAUGCAGGACAGCGGGCCUCAAGGACUGGACUUGAGAACCACUGCUCUAAACUAAGCAAUCAGCCAUUGUGAGUGAUGUCAGCAGGCAACCGCAUCACCAAAGCCAGCGCAGUUAUUUUAGAAAGCACGAAUCAACCUGUCGAUGAAACCAGAUUGAAGACGUAUACUAAAGCGUUUGCUAAAUAGGCAAACUGCCUUCAAAAUAAAUACUGGCAAAUAAGCAUUUUGAAGUUGCUUUUUGCCUCUAAGUUGUGGUUUGGACCACACAAGUGAAGCAGCACAGCAUUUUCCUGAAUGAUAAUCAUAGAAGUCAAGACCAUAAAGCAGGUUUGAUUAUGUUAAUUUAAUUCCAAAUUCAAGACACUGCUAAGAAUUUAUUUGUAUUGUUAUCAUGGACUUAAAAACUACUCUAAUAUGCAAAAUAAUGGAAUCUGAUUAGUCCCACUUAACUAUUGAAUUUCAGUGAUUGAUUACAGUUUAAUGAAUUAAUCAAUCAACAGCCAUUUUUUCAUCUUCACCUGACAGCUGUGUUCCUGUUUGUACUCAAAUGGGUCCUCAGAUUUGUCUUGUUACAAAUAAGUCCUAUUGCAUUGUUCUGACAGCAACAUGCUUUUACAUAAAGAUUGUUGAUGCAGCCAAGUCUUCUCUCGCCUCUGAUGUUAACAUGAACCAUUCAAGUGACUUUUUAAGAGUUUCUUCUCGUAAUAAAGUGGUUUUGUUUCUCAUAUGGGGAAAUACUUUAGAGUUAUGAUUGUCAGCAUUUGAUCUCAGACAUGAUCGAGGUUUGACUACCAAUUAUUUGCUUGUCUAUGUUGCUUCUUAUUUGACCUCUGACCUUUCAACCCAGACUGCUGGGACAGCGACGACUCCCCUCCCCCUCUCCCCGCGAGAACCCCUGAGUCCUUCAUACUGGCUACAGGUGCGUUUGAACAGGUCAAGACUCCCAGCUGUGCUUGUGGUGCUGUGGAGAAUUACUGGGUUACCUCUUUGUUGUUUCUUUUGAACGGCUGGAGACCAAGGUGGGUGAAUGAAUGAAUGAAUGAAUGAGAGACUUUGCGCUUGAUGCUGUGGGAUCAAAAUCAUCAGCGAUGGUUGUGUGCGGCAGUCCGUCGCCUCUAAUUGCAAAAGACAGAAGGAAUCUGAUUUUCUUUUCUUCUUGUUCUAUUUCAUCUACUUCUAUUAUCUGCUACCUGACAGUGUGUGAGCAGGUAGGGCCUCAGUCUCUCUCAUCCUCACUUCAAACACACAUAUGGACUCACAGGCUGCAGGUUCCAGGCCUCUCUCUCUCUAAUAACCGGGCCAACACUGCAGCCUGCUGGGUUUUUUUAAUGUAAUGCCCUAAUAUGCUCUGAUAGAAGCAGAUAUAAGCCCCACCACAUAGGAACACAUGAGAUGAAAAGGAGUUUGAACAGUGCUUUGUUCCCUCUUUAUCAGAUGACAACACUAGGGGGCAUCAUUGUGGCAGGAUUACAUCAUUGAAGCAGACUACAGUAGGGGCAGUGACCAGCUGUGUCCCAGUUCAUACAGUUUCACAGGAAACAAAGCAAUUCAUGUGGAAAGUUGUGGCUACUUUAUCGACAAAUGAGUGCACUGAAAUUGUUGGUGCGAGACAGUGGUGACAUUGUGAAAUAUAUCACAUCUGCAAUUACAAUGUAAGAAAAAAGCAACCUCCAUUUCAGCUUUAACAAACAGCUUUUUUUGUGACAUUUGUGACACUCGCACCCCUCCACUGAGCCGUUUAUCAGUGUUUUUGCAGUUUUAGAAUAAGAUCAAUCUUUAACAGUAUGUCACAUCAUUUUGCUAAAUGUGGUCGAAUAAAACACUUGUAGUGGACGCAGUUUGACAAUACGCAGCUGCCUGGUCAAACUGCAGUUUAGCUGGUUUUGCAGCUGCCAGCUGCUCAGCUUUCCCUCAUUACUGGACAAGUUUCAGAAACCAGUUUCAGUGAGGCACACACAACCACAUGGAAAACAGUUCCUCUUUAAGGCACACCCUUGAUGUGUCUCCGCUCACCCCAGGGGAGGUGCACCACACAUUUUGGUAACCCCUGGUGUAACAUAUGCUGUGUGCAGUUUGCAUGUGUGGAAUUGUGAACCAGCUGUAGCUCAUUGCCAAUUAAUUUCGACUUAGAUGGGAGAUGUAUUAUAACUGCCGAUUAUUAGUCUCAAUUAACAGUUGUUUAUGCUCCCAAGGAGGUUUCGUGAUUGUGUGUGUGUGUGUGUGUGUGUGUGUGUGUGUGUGUGUGUGUGUGUGUGUGUGUGUGUGUGUGUGUGUGUGUGUGUGUGUGUGUGAGUGAGUGGAUGUGUGGAACAGCAGGGAAAGGAGUAGGGAUGGGAGAAAGGAUCGUUACAGCAUAGUAUCGCAAUAUUUUGUUUAGUGACAUAUCGUAUCAUCUCAUCCACUAAAUUUUGAUUUUUUUUCAAACUAAUUACUAAUAUGAAAUGAAUUCUGUGAUAAUGGAAAAAUAAAAUCAAUUGUUUGUCAAGUGAGGUUGGCAGAGGUGACAUCAUACAGCAGAAAAAAAUAAGCACAACAAACAUGGCAGCACCUGGGGAGGGAUAUUAGGAAUACAAGCAGGGCACAAAUUAGAUGGAUAUGACGUAUGAGGUUUGCAAGAAGUGCUACAUGAAAAUAAAAUAUUGCGUCAAAAAGACAAACAUUAGGGAAAGACAAAUCCUAAAUCAGCUAAGCAGUUGAAAAAAAUUGCACAAAUUGCAGUAUAUGGUAUUGCAAUAAUCACUGUAUUCCAAAAUGUUUAAAUCGCAAUAAUAUUGAAUCGUGGCCCAAAUAUCGUGAUAGUAUUGUAUCGUGGGGCCACUAGUGAUUCCCAUCCCUAGAAAGUGGGUGAAUGUAUGUGAGUGUGAAAGGACCUGUCAUUUGUCAUCACUUAUUUCCUCUCUUUCUGCCGCUCUCUCCAUCAGACCCUCUGGAGGUGAAAACGUCAGCCUCAGCCGAAUGGAGCGGCUCACACAAAAGUAUGAACACACACAACGCCACUCGCCUCCUCCUACCUGUUUAUCUGUGCAGAGUGUCUGCCCAUGUUUAUGUUUCUUCGCCGGAGCAAGACAGCAGAGCAGGGCGGGAAACAGACCUUCAGUGUUUUACAAAUUAGCCUGCGCAUGAUAAGACUGACAGCGUUUGUCAAAAGGGCAGCUGUAGGAGAGAGAGAGAGAGAGAGUGAGUAAUAACGAGAAAGAAAGAGAUACAGAAACAGAGAGAAAAGGGGAGGAGAUAAAACCUGUCUAUAGAGAAGCGAAAUGAAAAAUGUGUGUAUGCUUAUCAGUGCUCUGAGGAAUGAAUGAUGACGGUUACUGCCAAUUUAUUGCUCCAAUAGUUCCAGUGCAUGUGACAGGGAGGGAACAAUCGAAAGGAAAAAACUGUUGGACAUGAAUUCUUUUACAGUACUUUAAUAACUAUAAACAUUAUCCACAGAAGCAUUUAGAAAGAACAGAAGGACUCUGUUUCAUUAGAGUCGGGCUGAUAUCUGAACGUUAAAUGUCAGGCACUGUGUGGAGUCUGUGCAGGCUCUGUGCUGCUGGGAAAUCUCACACAUAUUUAUGUUUGCUCACUGGUCCGAGUUGCAGUGAUAUUUAUUCUCUGCAAUAAGGCUAAAGGUGAGGCUCGAACUCAAAACUGGCAGUUUUAGAAAUAUCUUGAAAUUGUGCAGAGAAACCAAAUCAAACUUCAACUUGUAAUCCAUCUGUCAUUGUGAUACAGCUUCUGAGAGUGACUAGGAACCUCUUGAGUGAAGAUAACUUCCUUUUCCUUGUGUUGCAUCAUUUGCAACCCAAUUUGCAACCUGAGGAGCAAAGCCAAAGUUAGCACCAAGUCCCUGAAAAUGCCCUGAAUUUACCAGGUUCAGCUGUAAGUGUGAACAGAAAUGAAGCUCUAUCCAGUCUGUCCUUUAGGGGAGGAGAAAUACUUCUAAAUGUUUGUUUUUUGGGCAGAAGUUGGAUCGAACCUUUCUGAUGCAUUUCAGGAAGUUGGGACUUCUAAACGCUGAUUGACUUUCAGGUUGUAGAGACAGGAGGUGCUUGAUCUUGAACAUAUUGUCCGCUGCACUCAUGCAGUUAUCGCUUGAUAGAGAUGGUAAAAUGUCAUCAAAUAAGCGCAGGGUUUCUCUCAGUAUGGAUUGUUUAUUUCUACAUACUACACUACCUGCUGAUAUGAUUGGUUAUUACUACGUGAACCACAAAUGUCCUAUAACAGGAAAGCUGAAUGCUUCUUAUACUGAAAAUCUACGCCCUAAAUGUAGACCACAGCCAGCUAUCACAGCAGAGGACUUUGAGAAGAUUUUGAAAAGACUUACACCUGCUCACAUCUAAAGACAAGUGUUUAGAGUUUUUUGUUACAGCCUAGUCUUGGACUGAGAUUUUACAAAGACUGUGAAUCUUGCAGGGUCACUAUUUACAAGACUACAACCAGAUUAUUUUAGCAUUAUUUGACAGUUCAGUGUUUCCAGUUGGUGGGGAAUCUAUCUGUGGUAGUGUGUGAUUCGAAGGGAGGGCAGCUUAUUAAUCAGCUGUGUGUUUGCAAAUGACAACUUGUAACUUGCUAAUGGUCAUAGCAAGUUGCAGCCCGUGUGCACCACACUGAUACAUACUGAGUCCAAGGUAGCACGUAAAAAAAUUAUUGUUGAGGUGUGGCAGCUUUUAUUUAGCCGUGGCGGUGUGCCAUUACAUGGAGGGGAAACCCUGCAGUUGAUGUUGAAUAGGCAAAGCUGAUCUGCCCACAGCUCCACUAUCCGCUCCUUUUUUUUCACCAGUUAUUCUUCAUACAUUCUUGUUCUCCUUGUUUUGACUGUCAGGUUUCCUUUUCAACUUUUGUUAGAGCUCAUCUAUUGGUUGUUGGUUUUGUUACACCAUUGCAACUUGCGAUAAUAUCAUACACGUUUGAUAUCAUCGCAAAUCCAAGACUAGGAAAAGACUGAUAUAAAACAGCGCAGAUUACCAUCUUAAACUCAACGAUCAAGACGACAGGAACGUACUGUGACUCCGCUGUGACUCCAGUAAAACGCCUAGAUAUACUUAAGACUUUCAGUUUGUAGUCUGGGACUGUGAAAAUCGUUUGGUGGAAGCCCAGCAUUAGUCAACAAAAAUGUAGUAAACCAGACCAGCUACAGAUUAGAUUAAUAUUUCAUUAUAAUCUCUAAAUGACAAUGAUGUUGCAAUAUGAUCUCUUGCACAUGGACGUCCAUGCUCAUGUAUUUAUUUGUGUAUGUGUGCGUUUGCUUUUGUGCAGAUGUGUCAGAUUGUGUCAAGAAGACGUCUCCUGCAGACUCUGAAUCAGCUGGUUCCACAGCAACAGACAGCAAGGCAGACCUGGGUGGGUAAGUCUGCAACCUUUAGAAGUCUUCUUUAGAGAGUUUAGCUGCAGUGUCAUUGAUUUGAGUUUCACUAGUCAACCUUACAAAAAUUAUUUGCACGUGUAAUGAUUUUUUAGCUUCAGUGCAGAAAACUUUGCUGACUAACAUGCUUUCUAUUUCUGUCAUCAUAUUUUUGAUGUGUUUCUGCUGCUCUGGAGCUGCAUGUGCAGAAAAAGUUUGAUGCAUCUGAGGCCGGGGUGUUUUUUUCUCCUUAGAGGAAGAUCUGUUUUUAUUUGUUACGGUGCAAAACAAACACAGCUAAGAACUUCUUGUGUCUUUUCCCCUCAGGGUUCGGUAACCGCUGCAUUCAGCCCAAAGGACCCAGAGAACCCCCCCUGGAGUGGACAUGAUGGAACGGUCCAUCUGCACCGUCCACCAACAAGCAUCCUCCUUCAUUAGGAGAUGGACUUUACCAAUCUCACCUGGCUGGUCCAAAAAAAAGUUCAUAGAUGCUAGAAAGGCAGAAAGCACAAUUUUACACUGAAGCACCUUCUGUGUAACUCUGUGCUCACACCUUCUUCUCCUCCUCCUCUUCCUCUUCCUCCUCCUCUGUCGUUCCUUUAAAGUGCCACUGUGCAAAGCAGAUGAACACUUACCAGUCAAGUGGCUUGUCCAUUUAAGAACAAAGCCCAUGUUUUCUUGCUCAAGCUUGCUGAUGUUAGAGGUUUUGAUCUUCUAGAAAGUGACCUGGGAUCAGUCCUGUCAGAGGUUAAAUGAUAAUUCCUGUUUUUUGCUGUUUUUGGUGGCUUGCAAGUAGAAUAAUCUUGAUUUUCUCUCCCAGCUCUUGACACAUCAUAAAAAUUUGAUCGUUGUGAGGCGAAAAGAAGAGAGAUAAAGGAGUAAGCUUAGAGAUUUUCCACUCUAGCUAAACAGGGAGUCAAUUUUCCGUCAUACCAAAUGAGAACUAGUUUCUUUUUUCAAUCAGCAGUGAUCUUUGAUCGCUCAGCUACCGCAGGAAGCAGAUUCCUUAGGUUUAACUGAACUCCCUGAAGCUGUCUCCUUUCCUCCUACUGAAUGAACAACAAUCUUCAAAGCGAACCUAGAUAAUCUGUUACCCAUGAUGCAACCUUUUCUGUUGAGUAUGUACAGGUUGCCAGGGUGCUCUCUCUCUCUCACUUUCUCUCUCUGUUUCUCUCUCUCCCUCUUUCUGUGUGCUGGUGCUACAUUACAAAGGAUUAGCAUAGAAACAGGAGCACUCGAGCUGACUGUUAUUCACCUUUACUUGUUUUCGACACGUCUUUUUGUUUUAUUCCCAUAUUUGCUGCAGUAAUGUUAGCUCGAGUGUUCUAUAUUACCGUGCUGACCUCCCUGUUUACCAGAGUCAUGGAUUUACGCAGUUUGGUCAUUGCAAUGGUCAGUUAGUGUGCCGAUCUGUGGAAAUUCAAGGAAUUAUUUGACAUUUUUGGAAAGCUAGCUGACUCACUUUCCUGGUGGGAGUCAUUCCUGUCUCAUGUCUGUGCAGUAAAUAAGGGGCUGGAGCCAGAAGCAGCUUAGACUAGCUUAGCAUUAAGGCUUGAAGGAGUCUUAAUGCUGAAAAUCCACCUACCAGAACUUGAAAGCUCAUUAAUAAACUUGUUGUAUCUCACUCAUUUGAAGCACAAUUGUUUAUAUGCUGGACCAAUCUCUGGUUGGGAGCAGUAACUUAACUUAAUGCAGUUGUUCUCAUAACCCAUCAGGAAAUUGUUUUAACUACAGUUAUUUGUGUUAUCUAAAGGAAUGGGACAUAGUGAUUUUCUAAAGAAGGCUGUGCCAGCUUAAAAUUCCAGGCACUUUCUUUUGAACAGUUAAAAUCCCAUUAUUUUACAACUUCAGUUAAACUUUGAUGUAUUUUGGCAAGGUCUAAAUGACCAUGCCAUAGAAAUAUUUUAAACUGUUGAAAAGAAAUGACCAUGGAAUUUGUCUUGUUUAGCUAUGAUCACGCGUAUCCCUGUCCAAAGAGCCCUUCAAACUUACAGCUUCUAAAUACAGGGCGUGCUUCAUCCUCCGCUGGCUGUUGCCCCCUGUCUUGUGUUUACACCAAACCUGCAGCCUAUACCUUUAAAGCUCCCAUAAGGAGUUUUUGAGUGGUUAUGAAACAGACUAAAAUUAAUACUGACACCUUUUUAUGACCUGCUAAAGCAGAGAAGGCCAUCAGUGACAAGACAGAUCAGUUUUUUACAGAAACUGAAACUGCUGUCACAGGGAGGUGGCAGACAAAUGUGUUAGCUGCACACUGCCAAAACACUGUUUACGUUCUUUUCACAGCAAAGACUCUUGGUCACGAAUACAUUUCACUGUUAAAUGAGCGUGUACCACUUUGACCACAGGGGGCGACAGUACGGACACAAGGCUCCUCACUGAAGCUCCACAACAGUUUUCCCAAGCCAUUCUCCUUUUUUAGACACAAUGACGAAACUAUGUUAACAAACCUACAGCUUUGUUUUAACACGCAGACAUGAGAGUGGUAUCAAUCCUUUCAGCUCAAUCUGGGCAAGAGAGCACAAAGGUUAGGUUUCAGAAAUGUCAAAGCAAAGCGUUCUGGCUAAUUCUGUGGCAGUGGAUGUUAAAAACAUUGUUGACGUCUUUGUUAGGUGGGAUAAGGCCAAGUUAAAUGUAAUGAAACCAGAGCAUUAAAAGCAAGAAGUUCAGUUCAGUUAUAUGAAUAUAGGAUAGGUUAUUAUUGGUGGACUUAAAGCUCCUGUGGUGAGUUUUUGACAUUUAUGAAAUAGACUUUUUGUAUCAUAUCUAAAAGCAAACAAGACCAUCUGCGGCAGCAUUUUAGAUUUUAUAUCCAGCCCUGUUUACAACAAACGAUAACAGGGGGCGCCAUAUUCACACACAUUAAAAGUUCUCACAGGAGCUUUAAUUUAAAAAUCGGUCUUGUGUUUUCCAACUUUUAUUUGAUCCAAUAAGGACAUAAAAAGAUUGGAAUAAGGGGCUUGAUUUAUUCUCUAAUACUUGGAUUUAUUUAUGCCAUUUUUUUAAACUUUACAAGGUUGAUGUAAUCAUGACUUGCAGAAAAGAGACCGCUUAGCUCUAAUAGCUCAGAUUGAAAGAGAAUAAGCACAAGUGUGACUGAUGAGAUUCAAAUGAAAAUUCCCCACAGUGUGUCCAAUUACUCCUCUAAUUCCAGUCUUAACAGAGUGAAAAUGAAGUGAAAGAACACCUCAGUAAUGACCAAACUCAUCCUCUCUGUGACUCUGGCCCUCACUGCUGGGACCAUGAGCCUGCCUUAGACAGCCAAUGACAGUCCUCCUUUAUUUGGCUUCACUUCUUUGUGUGUGUGUCUGGAUAUUUGUCUGAACUCGGGACUCUUUUUUUUUUUUUUCCUCUGCACUGUAUUAUCUUUGUUUUGUGUUGUUCUGUGUUGCCUUUCCAUUCACAUUCUCCUGCUGGCGAGACCUUCAGAUGAACAGCCGUACAAGUCUUAUUAUUGUUUUUGCAGUCAGUUACUCAACAUAAACCUCAGAAACUCCUACAAGACGGAAAAAUACAAAAAAAAAAAAGAAAAACCCUGUUUUAGCAAAUACGCCUUGUACGGUUUCUCACCUGAUGGCUGAAUUCAAACUGAUACUGUAGCUGCUCCUAUGUUUGUGAAACAAAGACUGAAUAAGACAACAGCAGCCAGGGACCCAGGACUACUGUUUUCUCCUGAUUUUAGCGCUCUCUGCUAACUCCUCUUUCAUUUGCUACCAUAACUAUACAGUAUAUGCAUUGUUUUAUAAGAUAAAGAACUGUACAGGGCAGUUUAGGUAUAUAAUAUUUCAGAUUUUUUGUUAUCUCUUAAAUAUUCUUAUUAACAGAAGAUGUAAGAAAGUCAGUGCAUGAUGAUGAUGAUGAUAAUGAUGAUGAUGAUGAUUCCUCCCUUACACCAUGUUCCCCUUCAAACUGUAAAUUAUUCUGCCCUCUUGUUUUUGCUCCUGGCAAAUAUUUCAGGGUUAUUUUUUAUGUUUAUGUUUGAAUUAUAUGAUAAAGAAUCCUUUUCUUUUUGUUGAGAUUGGUUGGCAGAGGAAAAGCGUGGCCCCUUCCAGAUAGCUACAACGGGCUUUCGAAUAAGAUUGUAAUAAUAAUAUUAAUGAUGAUAAUAAUAAUAAUAAUGUUUGUUUUUUGUAAAUGGUAUUUUAAAAGUUAUUUUUGUAUAUGCGGUUGUUUGUUGCGUCACAAGUCCACUGCCACCCACCAAGAUCCCUCCUUCCACUUCUCACGUUUUACUUUCCAGCUUUCUUUUUUGCUCCUUUAUCGUGAAACACACAGCAGAGAUGGAUUUCCUACUCUAGACUAGGAGCAUUUCAUUAUUUCUCUCUCUGUUCCCUCUUUAGUACCUCCCAUGCUAUUUUCUCUUCUUCAUCCCUCUUCCUCCCGCCCUCAUUCCUGCCUUUUUAAUUUUUAAAAGGCUGUCAUUUUCAACACGUCAGCUCACUUCAGUCAAACAUCUCUGACUCAGUGUUGGAUCGAAUUAGAAAAAACACACCAAAAAAACUUGACUCAAACACAGCCUUUUAACCCCACACCCUUGACUUUCUCUUCAUUUAGCACGUUAGCCAUGCACGCUAGCCUCGAUCUCAGACAAGAGCCCACCUGUGCCUUUAAGUGAGAGCCCGCCCUCCUCCCCUUAUUCUUUUCCUCCUCUUCUUGUCCAAUCGUAAUUAACGGCUUGAGCGUGAGCGAUGUGAUUCGCUGCUGCUUGCUCAUUGCCUCCUGUGGGACUCUCUUUUAUCCCUGCCACACACACAUUUACCACCACCAAUCCUUUGCCCUAUCUUCGCACACACACACACACACACACACAUAAACAUACACAGACACACACCCAAAUGUUUGUAUGUUGCAGAAAUCAAUCAGUAAAAAUGAGCAUUAAGUGAAACAUGCCUCUUUGCCUUUAUUGGAGACAUCUUAUGGAAAGUUGUGUGAUAUUGUGUGUGCACCUGAGAGCAACUUGUACUCACGCUAGAGAGCAGAAAGUGGGUAACAUUAUGCUCUGAAUUGUAUCUACAGCCAGAUUGAGACUUCUGUGGGUUAAUAACUGCAUAUAUACAGUAAUCAUGUCAGUCAUUGUUUAUGUGUGUGUGCGUGUGUAUAGGGUAGAGUCACAGCAGGAGAUCCUCAUUCACACCUGGAAGAUCAGCCAAGAUGAAUGUAGGCACACACACAGACUAAUACUGUGAUUAAUUAAUCACAGCAGGUGGUAUAAACAGCGUCUUACACAGAGACCUUGAGGGUUGCACAUUUGUAUUCCCUUUCCACACAUCGAGAGUCACAGCGGGUGGGAGGACAUACUGUGAUUACUUGCUUCUGCUCACAUGUAGCCAAAGCUCAUUCAAGAUAAAUUAAACAGCACAUUGCACAGCAUUAUUUUUUGUUUACCGUGACAGCAGAGGUGGUUCAGCCUGCUUUGAGUCAGUUUAUCAUUGGUUAUAAGCACACCUGUUGCAGCUUUAAAGAUCUUUCUACCUGUUUUACUGUGACAUUAUAGAGGCACUGCAUAUUGUGAUCGCCUGUACUUAAAUCUGUCACACAGUUUGAUGGAUAUCAGCCUGAACAAAACAAAAAAAAAUCAAUGUGAAGUGAAUGUACAAAACUUUCUCUGCUUUUACUUUUUGCUGAGCAGUUUGGAAAAUAUGUAACAAAAAGUUCCUCUGUCUGAAAUUACCCUAUUGCAUGUAUACAAUUUUCCAAAUGUAGGGCUUUACAAGUCAAACAUAUUUCUAAAGAAACAAAACACUUCUUAAAUUCACAUUACCUCUUUUAUUAAAGCCAAAAUCAUGAAACAAACUACUUCUCUCCGUAUCAAUUAAACAAAAUACAAACAAUGAAAAAAAUCUGUCAGACAAUAGGCAUUUAAUUAAAAGUUCAAGUGUAGCCUAAUUUGUGUUCGUGUAAAAUAUUUAAUUCUGAUAGGUCAGCACAUAGCAACAGUCUGUUAUUUUACAGUGGCACACUGUUGCUCAUUGAUCUGACAUAAGAAGUCCAGUUAAUCAGCUCAGUGAGUUUUAUCAGCCAAAGUAGCUAAUUUUAAUAAGACUAGAAAACAAACUGUCACUCUCAGGAGGAAACUCAAACACUGUUACUGUUGUGGGGUUCUCGCUCAAAACAAUCAGUACAGUGGAGAAACACAGGUUGAAAAAUGCAGUGAUGGUAUUUAUUCACAGCCGGCCUCCCAAGGUGCAGUGCAGAAAUAUUUAUAAAAGGUGCGAAAUGAUCAAAAAUACUAUCUACUAAAAAUGUAAAACACACACAAAAAAAAUUCCAAUAAGGCAAGAGUUCUGCAAUAACUCAUAAAUUCACACUCAAGACAGGAAACACAGCAGCAGUACAGAAGUCAGCGUGGUACCUACAGUGUAACAAAAUCCAGACUGACUAAAAGGCCCAGGCAGCUUCUUUUAAACCCCCAUAGCCCCUCCUGGUGGGAAUUAUUAAUUACAUAAUUUUAGAGAAAACUCAUCAAAAUCCUAUUUAAAUCAUUUUAACUCUUUUGAACCUUCAGACCUUUUCCUUUUUUUUUUUUUUUAAUUACCAUUUUUAACCAGGAUUUUACAUCAAUCAAUUGCGCAUGAUAAUGUUGUCUAAAUUUUACUUACGCCUUAAAGCUCCAAUGAGGAACUCUUUUUAGUUUGAGUCAAAAUCUCACCCUGCUCUUUUAUUUAUUUGUUUGUUUGUUUAUUUAUUUUUAGUUAAAUGCAUCAUUUAUCAUGAAUAUUUUUGUGGACAUUGUAAAAACAGGGCUGCUUCUUUAGCAGCUUGGCUGACACCUACCCCCUCGCACCUGUUUUAAGCAUUAAAACGCAGGAUACAAAAAUCGUAGGUCUUGUCUGUGAUGAUUUUGUUCACUUUGGGAUAUCAGGAAAAUCAACAUGAAUUUAAUUCUUCUUUAUGGCUGUCAAAAAAAUUCUUAUAGGAGCUUUAAAUAUUCAAGUAUUAGGCUAAACGCUUAUCAUCAUAGCAGGUCUUCUUGGAGUUGCAACAAGAGGUAAUAUCGGAGUGGUGGUGACCGAAGAUCCUGACAGGGUGAGUAAAAGACUCAGCAGACUCAAAUUGCUUUAUAAUACUAAUAUAUUAAACACUACCAACACACUGUACAAUUACUGAUGGUACAUUCAGUGUACUCUGGCAGGAUUAAAUACAUUCAGGCUUCUCCUUCUGCACAGUUUCUAGCUUUCUUUUAUCUGACGUGCACACCUGAUAAUCAAUACAGCGUUUCCCACAGCGUACUCCGCUCACACUCACUGUACCACCAUGUGAAUACACACUUUGUUCCUCUCACACACAUACUCUCUCUUUCUGUAUUGUAUAAAUUAAGCUAGGUUGCUGUCUUAACUGGGUCACCUCAGUUUUCCCAUGGAGCAGUUUAACAUGUUAUGCAAUGGCUUAUAAAUAUAGCCAAUCAGUGUGGAGCCUAUGUGAGCAGAAGCAGCAGGCUGCCAUCUGAAGACAUUCAAACUGUGUCACAUAUCUCACAGGAUUACUUUUAGGUGUAAUAGACUUUUAACCUCACACAGUUACCUCUUGGUUCCUAGCACACAGAGACAUCAGAUUACCACUUCAGGCCUGUAACACAUAAUAAUCCUGUCACACAGUUUACGGUACGUUGUAAUGUUACAGCUCACUGAUCAUGUUUGGUAUUCGCGCUCUGCAGUCACACGCUGACAGGCUGCUUACUGUGAGCUCUGCCGAUCAGACAGUUUUCAUCUCAAUAAAUUAAAGUGGAGAAAGACGCCCGAGGAUUCACAACACCGUAAUGAUCUGGUCUGUGAGUGCCAUAAAGACGUUAUGAAGAUUGGAUGAAAGAGAGAGCAAGUUUAUCUCCCUGGUGAGAACAUUUCAAUCUCAUGAACGACACACAUUUAUUCCUACAUGCUUUGCAAGGCAGGGGAGGAAAUGCAAAAGAAGGUUAAACAAAAACAGGAGAGAGUCGGUGUCCUUUUUAGCUCAACACUGUGGAGGAAAAUGCAGUAGGAGCCAUGAAAAGUUUAUAGAAAUCAACUCUUUAUGUCUCUUCCCAGCAAGAUUAUUUUCAGCCUUGCCUCAAGUUGUUUGGCCUUUUUAUACAGCAGGGAGCAGGUGUGAAAGUGUGAAAUCAAAACUGUACUAACAAACUGAAUUUUGAGAUUUUUGUGGAAAAAAAAAAAGAAAAUAUGUGUCAAAAUAUGCAAAAGCUGUGACUGGUGGUUAUGUAAAUUGGAAUCUUGACAGGGUGAGAAUGAUACUCAAAAUAAAGGUAUGAUUUUUUUUUUACAAACAGCCCAAAAUCUUGAGAUAGAACAUUUUGUUUUAUUGAAGAUUAUAAAAGACAGCUAAUACUAAAAAUCUGGAGCAGCAGAAGGAACCAGGAAUCUUUUUAAAAAUUUAUUUCUUUCUUGAAUAAAAAGUCAUCAACAGUCACACUGUUCAACACUUAUGUAAGAUAAAAUUAAGGUGACAAACACAUGCAAACCUCACAAAAAAAAAUGCAAUUUUUGGUUUGUGUCAAUUUUGGCUCCGCUUGUAGGCCGAGAAGUUUCCUCCGACUGAAAAAAAGUCUAAACCUGCUGACAUUUGACCAUCAACUGUUUGCUAAUUGUAAAUAUUUAAUGAAGUCAUUGCAAAAACUGGCCUUUUUCUUCAUUUUUUUCUGACACCAACCCUCUGGCAUUGGUUUUGGCUGAUAAAAAAUGUGAUAUAAAAGCCACCCAUCACAUCACUUACGGUCUUAGUUGCUUUUGGGUAUCAUACAUAAGGCAUCAAUAGGAAUUUUAGCUUUUUUCAUUUGUCUAAUCACUCCCCACAGGAGCUAUAAGUAUGAUGGAAAUUUGGGUGUUUGAGUUUCAGACAGUCAUUUUUCUGUCUAAGAAAAAAUGUUGUGUUUUAUUAUUCUGUUUGUAUCAAUAUUUUUUUUUCUAGUUUUUUCAUAUUCUUUCUUUUAAAAAAAAUAAAGUGUCAGAACAGAAAACAACCACAAAGUGGUGGCUCAUUAGUGUUUUAACAUUUUACUGUAAAUUUGCACCUGCUAAAUCCCGCCUCCAGUUUUUCCCUCUCUGCCUGUCAGUCAAGCCUUAGCCCCGCCCCCUGCCUUCCUGCACGUCGCGCAAAAUACAGCAGCGGCGGCCGUUGGGGAAAGAGAGUAAAUAGAGAGAGAAGCCUCAAGAUGGCUGACUCGCUGGGCUCCGUCCACCUCUCUGGAGCCUCUGCUACUGCUACUGCGGUAGCUCCGGCGGCCGCCCCCGUGAAAAGCCCGGUCGUCAAGCCGACCGAGGCGAAAGGAGCCCCCGACAACCGCUCGCAGUCUUCCCGGGAUACCAACCCGCCGCCGCCCAAGAAGGUCCGAGUGGAGGAGCGAAGCGUGAAGCCCAAGAAACUCGGCAGGGACGGAGGAGUGGGAGGCAACGGUAGCGGCAAAGAGAAACUCCAGCAGCCCACGAAGCAGAAUAGUCAUGGCAGCAGCCCGGGUUUGUGGAGCUUCAGCCCGGUUAAGACGAGCAGCAACAACCCUCCGGUGCCUGCUACCGGUGGAUCCCAACCACCGACUAACACCCAUAAAGUCUUCAAACAGAGCGAUUUCUUCCUCCACAAAGCGCCUUCCUCCUCCAAACCCAAGAAACCCAGUAAAGAUAAACAGCGGGAGAAAGAGAGGGAGAAGGAGAAAGGAGGCGGAGAGGAGAAAAAGAAACAUAAACUGUUGGUGACCUCCGGACACGGGAGCAAUAUUACUAACAACAACAACGAUAUCAGCAGAUUUAACAGUACUCCUGCAGUGAAGAGAGAAAACGGGGAGGUCAUUUUGACAUCCAAAGGUAGGCCGUUAUGGUUUUUAUUAUUCAGUGAAAUUUCAAUUACAGGAUAUUGAUAAAGUUUAGGUUGCGUGUGUUCUAGUGUUGUGCCCAUUUAUAGUUACUUGGCUCAGCGUGGAUUCAGCCUCUCGGGAUAUGAACAUGUGGCCCGGACUGUGCAGUUGACUGCCUCCUAAUUUGUCUGGACAGUCCCGUUUUCGGCGCAGCCACUGCUUAAAACCUUUAAUAAAUCCUGUUAUAUGAUGUGUUCACUACUACAGUGUAACUUUUGUUCACAAUUGAACGUUUUAAAACAGGUUAACAUCGAGUUAAACGACUCUAAAGGCCAGUUAAAUCGAUGUUUCUAGGGGUUAUGGCUGCCAGCUUUAGUCGCUUGUUCACCCGCUCGUGAACCCUCGAGCUUUUCAACAACGGUCCAGGGGCAGUAGUCGCGCGACCUGCCUGUUAGAUUGUUACCAGCUGCUCUCGUGCUGCUGCUGCGGAAUUGUAGUACACUUACAUCCUGGUGACAAAAAUAUCAGCUGUUUAUUCGUUGAACGCGACUGUAAACCAUGUUUUUAACGUUAUGAAAGAUGAAUAAUCGCUGUCGUGUCAGCGUAACGGCCGCGGACUCUUGUCAGUCCUUGUGUAACACCGUUACUUGUAUUUUUAAAGGACAUUUCUACGGAUAGUGUUUGAUAAACUACACGCUGCUGUCACAACUAUAUGACAGCCGCCCGCCAUUACAGGGUAAGUGUUGUUUUGGUAGAGCACCACGCCCCCCUCUGUAACCUCCGGCUGUAUGGGAAGCAGACACGAAGCUUCGCAGCUUGUUGUUACUCCAUGUUCUUCAGUUGUACACGCAGAACAUGAUGUUUUCAUCCCCCAAUCCCUCAACACACUUUUUCCAUAUCCUAAAGCGUUCGUAGCACAUUGUUGCAAAGCUUCCUAUAUUGCUUUUUCACCUAAAUGAAAGAAUUGAAUAUUUAAAAAGGAAAAUGACCAUUUUCCGCCUUUUUUGUGAAUGGUUGGCAGUAAGGAUGUUAACGUCAAUAUUUACCCUGAUUGUUUGAAAUGAGAAGAAAAGUGCUAAUUGCCCCUAAGACCAAAACUUUACAAAUUACAAGUUCAAAAUAAGAGGCAGAAACAAUUUCUAGGGAUGGACUGAUUAAUCGAUUUGUUACCAAUCAUCAAUGGCCUUUUUUUUAUCUGGAUCAGCCCCCACAAGGCUAGUAUCACCAUCAUCAUUUCUUCAAAAAAACACAUUUUCCCACGUCUGAUGACAGCUUAUCAAGACUAAAACAGUCACUGGCUAAUGCUCUAAAAUGUGAAGCAUAACUCAAUGUAUUUGCCUUUUUCAUCAAUCGAUUAAAAACCCACCUAAACAUGUUACUGGCUAAAAUAUAUAUAUAAAAAUAUUAUAUUUAAAAUAAUGGGUUUAUGACAUCAUGACCUUAUUUUUUAUUUUGAUCCAAAUAUUUACACUUUUUUUUUAUUUGUGUAUUUUGACCCAAAUAUUUAGUGUAUUUUGUAGAUAUAAUUUAAUAUAUUUUUGUCUUUAUUAAGUAUGUUGACUAAAAUUCUGAAACUUUGUUUCUUAUUUGUAAGUAUUAUUAAAUUGUUGUGUUUAGUCAAAAACAAAACAACAACAACAACAAAAAAAUACAGCAACAACAUGAUAUUGAUAUUUUUUGUAGGCCUUGGGCAGUCAUGCCUCCUCAUUAUUGGUAUCCGCAUCAGCUCUACUAAUAUUUUGUAAUCCUUACUUGAGAGGUUAAUCAUUGUAUUGCUGGCACCAUGAUAAACUUUGAUUCAUAAAAUGUGUAAAUAGUGUGUAAUAGAAUAACAAGGCACUCUGAAUGGAUCUGUUUUUACUUACUCAAUCAGUACUUUAUGGCUCUUCAUGAUAGUGCUAAUGACAUCAAUUUCGCAUUUAACCUAUUAGGAGCAUUUUUUUAUACUCUCUCUUGCCACAACAUUAGGUACACCUGGCAAUCUAAUGCAACCCAAUGCAGGAGCAUGAAAAUAGAUUCCACUUUUACCACAGUUUAAAAUGUCAUUAACCUGAUUAGGCAAUAAUUAUUGUAGCCUACCUUAUUUCAUUAGGUGAAGAUGUAGUGGGUGGUGGUGUGCUGUGUUACAUUUGAGGGUGUUGCUUAUAUUAUGUCCCCUUUAUCAACAAACAUGAGAGGAGCAAAAUAUUAGGCACACAUGUCAGUAUAAAGCACUCAAGUACACUAACACCACCCAUGCAAGUGGUGUAUAAAUGUUGUGUGCGUGUGUGUGUGUAUAUGUGUGUUUUGAGACAAGCAGGAAUACUGAGUGGAUAUAUCCAAGUGUGUGCAUGAUGUCACCCUUUUCCAAUCGGAUAGUUUAAGAGGUCAUGACACGCUCCAAACAGCCCAGGAGAACAUGAGGAUGAGACGUGGUGUUGGCCUGUAGCCCAAACACUUAUCAGAAACACACACAGUCUGGUAAACCGGCAGGGUUAGAUGGGACAGUGUGCUCAACAGAGAUGCAGGAACACAAAAGGACUAUGAAGAGGGAGGAACAGAGCACAAGGCUGGGAUUUCAAAACAAAGUGAAUAUUGGGGGUGCUGUUGGCGAUGUACUAACUGAUGUAAAAACUUAAAAGUGAAUAUUUGAAUAUUUAUUUUUAACUUUUUUCUCCCCACAGAUUUAAGAGACUCUCUUUUUAAGUUUCAUGCCAGACCACAAAGUCCACACUAUAACACCUGCAACCAGCUGAUCCAGACUUGGGUCGAAUCAUUUUUUGGUUGCACCACACAACUUUAGCUUAACUAGCAGAACAUAACAUCCAAAAUAACCAUUGUUGCACAAUCUUCCUGUGGCUAAUCAGUGAAAAGGUAACUUUUUUUGAAAAGGGUGUUACAGUACAGAAAGUAACUGCUGUUAACUACUGCUUAAAUAUAAAAUGACACAAGUGACACUGAGUGAUGAAAUCAACACCCACAACAUGCUUGAUGUAGCAGUACUCUGUUGUUGUGUGGAUAUCAUCUUCAUGCAUGGAAAAAAGAAGCAGGAGUGCAGAUUAAAGUCUUCAUACAUUUUGAAUUGAUGUAAUGUAUCACAGAGAACAAGGAUCUGACACUGAACGGCUGAUAAAAUCUUUUUCUCCUUCCCCAAGGUAUCUCAUAUUUAUAAGCACGCGUUCAGACAACCAGUGUUAUACAGAGCUCUGCUUCCCAACCCAGAGCCAGGUGUUAGAUUGAAGAUGCAACCCCUAAAAGAGUGUUAACUCCACGCUAAAUUAGAAACAGUGUUUAAACAAAGCUGUUUUUGAACCUAUGCAUAGCUGGUUCAACACAAUACUGUUUUUUAUUCUCCACUCUUCUAGUUUUAACAGCUAUGGACUGAAUUCUCACCAAGCACAAGGUGGCACACUAAGGGCAUGGCUCAUUUAUCAUCUUUCUAACUAAUGUGUGACGUCACUGAGACUGAGCACAUGCUUAGAGUCAUGAGUGUUUGUGUGAGUGGUUGAUUUGAUGUUUUUAAAAAUGAUUUUAAAAACCUGUUUUAGGUUCACGUCUCCAUCUAAGAACUGAACUGCAGUCAUUAGACACAUUGAACAAUAUCCCUCCUGUCAGGAGUCCUACUGAGAUGCUUCAAAUAGUACACUAAACCUCUGAGUAGUUGUAAUUGGCUGCUGUAUGGCUCGCAGUGGGACAUGAUAAUGAUUUUAAGUAGUUUGAAUAUGUGAAAGAGACAAUUUUUCUAGCAGAUAUCUGUAGAAAACACACUUUAAGGCUCCAAUCUCAUUGGCACAGCCUGUAAAAGCUAAUGAUCAUGUCUGAGUCUUCCUCUUAAAUUCAAUCUCAGUUUGAGACUGAAAAGAAAAACAACUUUCACCACAUUUUUGUAACAUGAGUUACUUGCAGCCUGGUCCCUGUUUGUACACAGAUGUGAGUUUUGGGCCCUCUUUUGAGAAGUGUCCUUGGGCCAGAGAGAGCAAGCCCUGCCAGUUUCAGAAACCCUGUGCUAAAUCUGAUUGUGCUUUCUGACCUUCACGGACACUUUUCCUGCUGGGAUCAAACACUGUCACAUCAUCACAGUAAUAUUAUUAGUGGUGGGCUUUCUGUUGGGGGGAGGGUUGGAGGUCGUGACUGCAGGUUGAAUUUGGUUUUGAAAUGAGAAACACGAUACUGAAGAGAAGAGGUCAAGUCACGGCAGCAUUAUGCACACUAAUUCAGAGUGAAAGAAAUUGUUGUUACUUGAGAGGAAAGCAAGAAUUUUGCUGAGUGACAUCCUCAUGACACCCACUUUAUUUUAAUCUAAUACUUAAAAUCUAAUGCAGCUCUUUGAAAGUUGAUCCUGCUCACCCUGUGUAGUGGGACUCAAAUAAUUUGUUCUGAUUUAGAGUUGAAGAUCGAGUCUGGUGCAAAACUGCUGCUAGUGGCAGUUUCAUAUCAGCCUGUGGUUUAUUGUGCAUUGUACUGGAAAUCAUAGUAACUAUUUAACAGGUAAUUAAACAGAGUUUUAAAGACGAGACUGGCUUGUUUUGAAGUGUAAUCUAAUGAUUUGUAUCUCAUGUGACUAGAUGGACCUUUUUUGUAGAAUCUCCAACUUUCUGGGACUCCUCAUUUCUGUCCAUGAGACAAAACACCACAGAUAGCGCUCAUUGAAGCUACCAUUGUUUGUGCCAUUUCCCAAGUAUGAAUGGAAAUCUUAAACUCUGUGGUGUGCAGUGGAAAUGACAGAGUUUGUACAGAUCUUCUCAGUUUUCACCAAAUUAUUUUGGGAAAAGCUUGAAGAGUGAAGCAGGAGUUUGCCUCAACAGCAGCGGCAGAUUUUCCUGAAUGGAAGGUUUAUCUGUAGUUUUUUUUUUUCACACUUGUGGGGGGUCGUGAUGUUGUCUAUCUUUUUCUACAGUCCGCAAAAUGUAUUGUAAACUUGUCCAAAGAAUGCUCCCAAAAACCACAUAAUAUUACUUUAACCCCCAAAUCUCAAUCUUUCCAAGUCUGGCACAAGUUAAAGGCCUAAUUUGUGACAUCAAAUCAGAAUAUUGUGUUUACAUGCACUGCCAAUUGUCAACUAUGCCUGUAUUGUGUUUUUGUUCAUUAUCCGAAUAAGAAGACAGUCAAAUCUUUGCCGUGAGUGCUGGUACAGCUCUUACUUUGACCCUAGUCUGAAUUUAUGAUUCUAUUCCUCAAUAUUUGAGCGAAGUUUGUAAGGGUGUAUUAGAAGUUCAGGUUUACACACUGGCUGCCUCUGGCCCUCCAUCUUUCAAAGUGAUUUCUCUCCUGUGAUCAUCCUCACACUGAAAACCACCUGCUGCGUUACCGCUUCAAACUGGCUGCUGCCUGAAAGUCAGAAAACAAAACAGAAAACAACAGCAAGAAAGUUCAGUUAUUUGUAUGUUAUCUACUUUUGCUUCAUUCACAAUUCAACUUGAAGACUUUGUCGUUUUGACAAGCAGAUACCAGUCAGUGAACUUGCGACCCUUCAGCCCAGUGGUGUCUCCUCGCCGCUCAAAAGAGAGAUCUGCUCUCUCAAGCUGUGAUUAAAAAGCAUAACAGCCUACUGGGCUAAUUUAUCUCCUGUUGCCACUGAAUUCAAAGUUUAUGAUUGUUACGCUCCGGCAUGGCCCGACAUGUUUUCAUAAAUCUGGCAGCAGAUCUGAGUGAGCACUCCUUUAUCGGCAGCUUCCUGUGGAGCUAAAUUGAUGUUUUGAAACGUGCUGUUUUUUCUCCUGCAGGCAGCUUUACAACUGUCUGGUAAUUUUAUAGCAUUUAUUUUGUGUCAUUCUUAACAUGGUUUGUUUGCAUUCUUGGCAUUCCUCCAUUUAACCACAGGGUAUGAGAGGCACGACUACCUGCAUGUUAAGAAGCAAAGACAUAACCUCAGAUUGCUACAGAGUUUAUUUAGAUAUAGUCAUUAAAAAUAGUGUAUAUUGAUGCAGCCUCUCCUGCUGUUGCUUUAAGCUUUUUUUAAACUUUCAAAGUAUUUUCUCUUUGAUCCUGCAAACAGCAAGUCCAACCCCACUGCGCCCACUUUCCCACUCCACAUGUCCACAGGAGAGCGAACAGUCUGAAAACACAGCUUCCUUUUGCAGAUAGAUCUGACUGAGUUCAAAGAAGGAACUUCUUUAGAAAGGGAAAAAAAGAAUAAGCAGAAAAGUUAAUUUAGCACAAAAAGGUCUUUUUGCACUUGCUUGUGAAAGAUUGUAAGAAAAUAUAGAAUCAAAGGAGAAGAUGUAAAAAUAUUUGAUAGAAUAGGUUUUUCUUAGAAAGGUGAGAUUUUUGCAGCUGUGCCGGAUGUGAGAAGUGUUUAUUCUCACCCGCUCAUACAGACAUACUUUCUCCUCCAGAAAGCACUCUAACAACUGAAGUGUUUGAUGGUAUGAUAUUUACAUUUUCAGCUCAUUCAGAGUGAUUUGCGAUGAGUGUAGCAUUCAAGUACACUCCAAUUCCUUGACUUGUAAUAUUCCCUCAACACUCAAACGAUCCUGUCAGGGCAGCAGAGCGCAAGGAGAGGAAAUAAAAUGAGUCAGACAGCAAAGAGAGGAUUUUAAGAUUUUAAAAUAUAGGGAAUAUUAAAACAAGUAGGAGCAGAACUGAGCAGCACAGAGAUGAGUUCAAGGGCAGAAAAGUGAAAAAUAUCUUUGUAGGAUGCAGCUUUAAGAUUAUUGGUGAAGUUAGAGAGGGACUUCUUCAGUCUCAAAGAGAAUUGAAGGUAAUUACAGUCGUGCAAAAACAUGAAAGAUAAGAGUACAGGCUUAGUGAAGGGACAGAUUUGUUGUAGCAGAAAAGAAAAAGGCAGAAAUGUGUCAAAGAUGAUGGCUACGGUGAGGCGCUUGGCAAGAGUUUUGUUAAAGGGCUAGACAAAAAAAAUCCAAGAGAGCAGAUGGAGUGUGUUUGCGAGCGAGUAAAUGCGGGCGCUCAUGUUAAUGUUUAUCUGCAAUCGAGAUCUGAAUACCCUCUUCUCCGCUUCCAACAGAGCACUCCAACAAGGACAAGGCGAAAGAGAGGGAGAAGAAGAAGGUCAAAGACAGAGAGCGGGAAAAGGAGAAAAAGAAGCACAAAGUGAUCAACGAGAUCAAGAGGGAGAAUGGAGAAGUCAAACAACCCAUUAAAGGUCAGUGAAAAAAACACACAUAUGUACAGAGUAUAGGAUUUCUGCAAGGUUGUAAGCUUUUCUUCAAUGAAAUGCAGAGGUGGCUGUCUCUGAAUGCUAAUAUCAGCUGUCCAAGGAUUACAAUAAUGUGUUUAAAUUUCUCUUGAUGUCCAAACAACAGUUUAAAGAAAGGAAGUAAUCCAUCCUUUCAUGAUAAUUAAGAUACAAAUUAGAGAGAUUAACACUGACUGCAGCCCUCUUAAAAUGAGCAAACUUAGCUGUUAUGACUCACAUCAAACUGAAUAUUUUUACUGAUAAUGAAGUAAAUCGAGGUGAGGAGGUCCGAAUGAAUCAGCACAGCCACUGCUUAAUGCUUCUUAACUGUCAGUCUGUGACAUUUUCUUUAUCCGUCUUUAAACACUGUUGUAUCCUAGUUUGUAACUCAUUUAGUGUUUACUUCACGCAACAACCGUCUUAUAUGAGAUGUGUAGCCGUACAAUGAUGAUAAAACACACGAUUUUAAUGAUAUUCUCCCACUUGUUUACCCGGUUAUACCUCAUCAUUUGGCAGUGACCCACUUUCACUGGCUGCUCUUCAGUAAAUCACCAUAACGUUUGAACAUACAAGCUGCACACACAGCUACUAAGCCCCCCAGUGGGUGCUCAAAAUGCUAAUACCAAGGGUCGUAAAAGAGGAAAUACAUCAAGGCCUUACAGUGUUUGUAAGCGUUUAGUUUUUAUUUUCUCUUUGUGAAUUUGAUCCCAGGUAUUAGGUUGACCUUUGCAUGGUGCUACUUCUUCUCAGGCAGGAUUUACGGUUCGUUUUUAUUCAGUCUGACACACUGAGUGUUUGUGUGGGCACAGUGCGGUGCAUCUGGUAUCUCAGAUUGUAACCGGAGGAGCUGAGAGACGAGUCAGAGCGAGGCAGCCUACCCAUGUGUCCAUGUGCCCAUGUCUAUCCCUGACAGUCUCUCUGGCUCAAUCGUUCCCGCUACUGAGCUAUUUCUUUAACCAACACCAACCAGAAAUAUAACUUUUUAUCAUUUGCUUUCAUAAACGAUGGAAAAACAAAAUUCUAAUCUUACAUUUAAGAAUAUUACCGAAGACUUUGUGUCCUACUGUCUUAAACAUUACUGUUCAACAGCUUUGUUAAGUAUUAUUUGCAUCCAACAACUAACUGUCAGCCCAAUGAAAGAUAAAAUCAUAAAUAACUCCAAAGUAGAGGCUUUUUUAAGUCAUGGUAUGUUUUUUUAAGGGUCUAAAAACUCCAAAAAUGACGCCAAUUAAACUGAAAUCUACAACAGUUUGACAUAAAGAGAUGUAAAAAGAAACUCCAGGCCUGCAGGUGAAUCAGUAAGCUGGGCUCUGUGUAUACUAGACAGUGUUCUCUUUAUGAAUGAGUGAAUUAUUUGCCGUGCUCUGUUACGUAAUGUCUGUCUGCCUCUGUGCACUUGACCUUUUUUAGACAGACACACAUACAAACACAGAUACACACUGACAUGUUUUCUAGGCUGCCUGUUUUUUCUCUGAUUUGUCCGUCUCUGUGCUGGUACUCCACGGACCAGACUGUGACAUUUGGAGAACUGGGCGAAAAUCUGACAACACAUUGUAGCCAGUGGCUGCAGAUUAAAAUAAAAUAUGACAGCGAGAAUAAAUCCCAACCCUUUAAUCUUUGUAGAUUCUGAGAUGGUGAAUAAACCAAGAAGUGACUGAUGAAAAGAGUCAUUGUGAAAAGAAGGAGUUCCCCCUGCCACAGUUUUGUGACUGUGUUUAAUCUGGGUUUAAGUUUGGUGUAGUGACAGAGUAAAGGAGCGAAAGUUAGAGCUGUAAUCAGCUGGAGAGCGUUUAUGUUUACUAUUGAAAAGCGAGAGGCACCCUGAGGAAACAUGUAUAGGAAAUCAAUAAGCUGCAAACAGCUACACUGACAGUAAGGCUGCUUUACUACCACUGAGCCUGUGUGUGUAUGUGUUUGUACUAAUCUAACCUUAAAUAUACUCUAGCUGUCAAGCCAAGUGGCCCACUUUUUAUACAUGUGUGUAUAGCAGAGAGGAAGACCCCAGUUUGACCGCACAUCCAUUAUUGGAAAUAUUUUUCCAAUGCAUAAAUAUGCAACGUCUUCACUUUAUUCAUGUGAUGUCCUAAGUUACUGACAUGAUUGUUUAAGCAGCUGACAGAGGGUCAAGGGAGAGACAUGAUGUACUAUCAGACAUGUUCCUUUAACAGGUUAUUGAAGGUCUUUAAAGCAGCAGGAAUGACUGUCAAUCAACUCUUGAAUGAAAAAUAAAAUAUCAACAAUCUAUUAAAGACAUAUUCUUCCUUACAACUAUCAAAACUUUUCAACGUAGGGGUUUUUAAGUUCAGAUGCUUUUUGCGGUCUAAUGUAACAGACUAUAAAAGGGUUUGAUUUUUGGUUAUAUGUAAAACUAACCGUUGAAUAUGUCUCAUAUUUUUUACACUGGUUUUAUAAGAUAAAAAUACAUCUGCAGAUUAAUUCUCAAAGGAAAUCAAAGUCAGCUGCAGCUCUACCCAUUAGACCUUUUUUCCCCCACAUUGAAAUCACAUUCAUUCUUCUUUUCUUUUCAUACUAACUUCAUCAAGUUUUGAGUAGGAAAAUCCUUCCAAAUUGGAUUGAGAGCUAAAAAAAUCAGUGCCCUCCUCCUUGAGCUCUCCUGAAGUCUUUAAGGUUGAUCAUAAAAUUCUGUCUUAAGUUUAGAUCAUCUUUCAUUCAGGGCGGUCUAAUAAUUCAGGUGUCUUUUAAAAAUAUCCAAGUAUGUUCAACUUUGACUCUCAACAGUGUUCCCCUCAAGAAGCAAUGUUUCUGAAAGACAGUUGGAAAAAGCAAACACACACACACCUGUACACAAAUACAGAAAAGUUGUCAGAUCUCUUCACAUCAGCUCAUACAAGACAACGUUACAGCCCAUUUCAAGUAGGGUUACUUUAUCAAAUGUUGAUUGAAACAAAAUUUGAUGUUUUGCAAAUCAUCUGAAGUCUGUAUUUAACUGACAAUACCUGUAGUACAAGGAAAUCAAAUUGAAUGUUAAAGCCACAUAAUUAUGUUGUUCAAUAAUAAAAAAAAAGCUGUGAAACAUGUUUCAAAACGGUUGGAAGAAGGGCAUGUUUACUUUUGUAAUGCAUCACCUCUUGCAACACUUUGUCAGUGUUUGGACGCUGAGGAGACCAGCAUCUGAAACUGUGACAGCUAAAUGCUGUCCCAUAAAUGCUUGAUAUGAUUUCAGCUGCUUGGCAUUUCAAAUUUCAAAAGUGGUAUUUUUGUGUUAUGAUAGAGGAAAUGUUUGUGAAAGGUGACAAGUUAGGACUACAGAAAGGUCGAUUCGGCACCCACAUUUUUCCUCAACGAAAUUAUGCUGUUGUAACAUGAGCAAAGUUUAGUUUGGCAUCUUCUUGCUGCAACAAGGUCUUCCCUGCGGAAGAUACCGUCCAAAAAGUAGUAUAUGUUGGUCUAAAACCUGUGUUUAUUGUUUAGCAAUGAUGGUGCCUUCCCACACAUGAAAACUAUCCAUGCCAUUGUCACUAAUGCAUUUCCAUGAUAAUCUUAAAUUGUAAAAGACUCAACCUCUCUGGAUUGCCCUUUUCACACUGUCACGUUAUUAACCUGUAAAAAAUCAGUAUAAUUAGUUUAGGGAUGUUUCUCUGGGUGUCUUUUUUAGCAUUACAUGAAUUUUUCAGUGUUUUGUUGUCCCUGUUCCAACUAUGUCUUGUGUCAAAUUUAAAAUAAGUUUAUGUUUUUCAUAAUCUUUUUUUCUGUCUUUGCCCUGUUUUCAGAUUUUUAUAGACUUAAGAUGAUUUGCAGUUAUCUAACUCUGUUUACACAACAUGCAAGUCGAAGAGUGUGAGUUUCACAUGACAGAAGUGAUGCAACCUCACUACAACAUGCUGCAGGAACACAACACACUCACCAUUGUUUGACAUGGUGGAUAAGAAGUUUAUUAUUUUACAAGUUUGUUUGGGUUUGUAUCUGAACCAGCUUGUGUUUUUUUUUUGGUCUGCUAAUAUGAGCUGCAUGCUAGUAAACCUUAUUUAAAGAAACACAAUGUCUUCAUUGUUAUCAAAAGUACACUUCGAGGAAGUUAUCUUGUGACUACAAAUAAAACAAUUUACUGUCCCUUAAGUUUGAACAAGUGUGACACAGUACAACAACAAGCUUAUCCGUCUAUUUCUUUCACCUCAACAUCACAGUAUCAAACAUAUUCAUCACACCUAACACAGUUUCUUUAUAUUGUUCUGUUAUAGAUUGUGUGUGAGUGUGUGUGCGUGUGUAAGAGAGCAACAGCAAGACAGUAUUUGCUGCACAAUACCCGAGCUACUAAUCCAAAAGCUCUUUAACCCCUCCCCCAAUUCUCUCCCUCUUUCUACACACACACAUACACACAUAAUGUCACUAUCUCCUUCCUCUCUCUCUCUCUUUUUUGCAGUUUUUCAUUCCUGCCUUAUCUGACGGUGAACGUGUGCAGGGUACAAACUCAUCUAAAGGAUGUCUGUGCAAGUGCGUGUGUGUGUGUGUGUGUGUGUGUGUGUGUGUGUGAAUGAGAUGAUAGCUGAUAUUUGAAUUACGCUGAGGCAGCAGCACCUCUAUCAAAGUGACUCACAUGUACACACACGCACAUGCAUACACUCACAUACAGUCCAUGUAUAAAUGUCCACUUAUUUACACAACCGCUGGACAGGAAACAGCCAGCAACACAUUAGCAAAUAGAUGUGAAGAGCGCUCUCUCGCACACACAAACACAUACGGUUGCUCUGUGCAUAAAUUUGCAUGUUCCGCUUUGUGCAGCCUCAGGCGCUAAAGAGACAGUCUACCAUCGUCUACAGUAUCAUCUCCGUUUGAAUAAAAUGCAACCUUGAAAGCUUGUUUCCUGUUUUAGUCAUCUCCGCUGCUCUCAAGGGAUUUCAGUUUAGGGCUCUUGAAUUUAUUUUAUGUAUGCACCUCAGGAGAUGUGCACCAUCUGGGUAAAGCAAUGAGUCAUCUGUCUACAACUACUUGAAAUGGUUAAGACUCAUUAUUUUCUCUUGUAUUGCUUUUUAAACAGGGAAUUUAUCAGGGACCCCCAUGUCCUGAUUAUACAAAAACUACAAAUAAAAAUGCAGCCGUCUGCUGAAUCUCUUGUUGUAUUUAUGACAGUAUUGAUCACACUUGCCUCAUUUAUAUUUUUCUCCUGUCUCGUAUUUUACUGGAAGCAAUUCUGAGCUUUCAUCAAUACAAAAUGAUUCACCACAAAGUAAAGGAUUUCUUCUCACAGUACAGGAAUAGUAGAACUGAGAUAGUUUUGUUGAUCCAUAACACAUCAGACAGCUCAGUUUAAUAGGUCUUCUUUAUGCCGCCUGCACAAACAGUGUUUUUCCUUAUAUUUGUGUGAUGAUCUCUCAAAGAUUUCCUCUCCUAUAAAAAUAAGAAAUAACAUUCUACCAACUGUCUUUGUUUUCUGUCCAGAUGAAAAAGAGAAAGCCAAGAUCAACACCGAGGAGCUACAAAUCAAAAAAGUGAAGAAAAAAAAGAAAAAGAAACACAAAGAGGGCGAGAAGCAUAAACGAGUGAAGAUGUACCACCGCUCCUGCCAGACAAUUUGUGCCGGCCUUCUCCUUCGCUCUCCAUCCUCUCCAACCGCCACCAACUCCCCCCUGUCUCCAUUCAAGUCCCCUCUCCCUGUCUACCCUCCACCUAACAACAAAACUCACCUCUUGCCUUCCUCCCCUUCUCUUGCCUGCAAAUCUCUUUUCACUUCCUCUACUCAAAACUCUCCACCGUCUGCCAAGACACUGCUGCCUUCCCCAACAAAACACCAGCCACAGUGCUCCUAUCCUGGCUUGGCAGGGCUGGAGUUCGCCUCCUACAUCCACAUAGAAAACCAGCCUAACGGUGGAGCCCUGGUGGCCCAUGCCUAUACGUCGCAGUUGUCUAGUCUCUCUGAAGGAGAGAAGCAGAGAUUCGCCCAGGAGUUUGUCACCUUGUCUUUUAGUGAGGACUCAUCCCAGGUAAGGAUCAGGAUACACUCAUCAGAAUCAGCAUUCUCUUGUUGGGUUGAAAAUAUCACUUAAAUCAACCUUGUUUUCCAGGCAGCUCAUUACGUCAUGGGGAUCAUCCAUGGAGAAGCAGGAUACCUACCAGACUUUUUGGACUACUUCUCGACAAAGUUUCCAUCAGCUCCAGUCAAAAUGGAAAUACUGGGGAAGAAGGAUAUUGAAACCACGACUAUGGCUAAUUUCUACUCUCAGGUCAGUCAGAAUGCAGACAUGCGCAUAAACACACUGAAAUAUGACAUUUUAGGAGGACAUGUGCUCAAAGCGUUGAUAAGAGAGUUGUGCAAAAUGCUGCAACCAUCGCUCUUUGCAAAAAAAAAAAAAGAUUACACAGUUUUUGUCUUUUGGUUGUUCAGCUGGGAAAUGCGAAGAGCACAGAGCAGAUGGUGAGCUUUCAGACAGUGGAAGGAAAAAAAAGUUUGAGGACCAAAAUAACAGGCGAAGUGCUUCCAAAUAGAGACACUACCGAGGAAAUGCUUACAUUGGUUAAUAACGCUAAUUGCAGCAGAGUUUUUCAGGGUUGCUGAUGACAUUCGACAUUAAUCGGUUGCUGCUGCAUUCCCAUGGAUUUUAAUGAUGGCAGAUAAGAUGUCCUUUCACUGGAUCAGAGCAGGAAAGUAAAAUAAGGUGAGGCAGUCAGUCAAAUACUGGUGUAGGCGGGUAAGCAUUAUAGGGGCUAGACAGAAUCACAGUAAAAUUGUAGACCUGGCAGGAUGGAGACGCACCAUGUGUGCAUGUGGGAGUGUAUAUGACGCUCCAGCUGUUUGUUUACAUGUUAUGCCACUGUUUUUGCAAGGCUUUGUUUCAAUCACUAGGCUUACAUAACGUUAAAACAUUUGAUCUAUUGCAUGAGUUUGAUUGAAACUGGUCUUUUAGAGUAAAUAUAAACAUGACAUGAAUGCAAUUGAGUCAAAUUGUACAUAGAUAAUGCAGAGGGGAUUUUCUCAUGUAUGUUUAUACAGCAGCUGGACAAAAACUGGUGUAAUUAUUCUGCUCAUGCUCCACAGUUCACAUGCCAGGCUUUUACGCAGAUGUCAAACUGUAUUUCAUACAAUUGAAGCAGGCUGGGCGGUAAACAAGCAUUCAUUGUUCAACAAACAGCCACUUAGCCUCUUGCUAACUUGUUUGUUAAUUGUUUUUGAUAUAAUGCAAUAGGCCAAUUGGAAGAGGGUGCCAUCGUAACUUUUAGAAAAUGUGGUACAUUUCUCAGUGAAUUGGUUUUUGCUUGGUGCUUGGAUACUGGGAGAAGUAAUCUAGUGAAAUCGCUCAAUGGAGCCAGAACUCCACUUAACUGGUAUUAUUCAGUUGCAGAGCGGCAUCCAAGUACAAAUGUAAAAGGAUGACAGAGAUUGUGCCUUUGUAGUUUUACCACAUGUGGUGUGAUGUUGGUGUAAAUCUAAAGUAUAAGGUGAUGCUCAGUCUUGUUAUUACUGAGCCACAUACACACACAGCUCUGCUCUGCUCUUGUGAUGUUUAUGUUACAUCCUGCUGAUGCUGUUUUGCUUGUGUGCACCUGUGUAACAACAUCCACUGCCAGCUCAGGGGCAAAACAGCUUUACCACACCCUUCUGCUUCUGUGGCAUUAAUUGUGACAUUGAGGUGUAAUAGGCAUAGCAGCCCUGUUGUUAGCAGGCAAAGUAAAAGAAGCUAAUGUAAUCAAUGUGAUCCCCAACACUGUGUAACUCAAUCAUGGGUUUCUUCCACACCUUUUAUUCUGUCGCCUGUGUAAAAUCUAUUAGAUUGAACAUUGUAACCGUCCUUGAACAGGAAACAAACUAUUUCUGCAACCAUUAGGAUGGUUAACAUUGAACAUUUGUGUAAAAGAUUAGGCUUUUUUUCACUCUGGUCACUUGACCCAGGAGUGUCUUUUGAAGUCUUAUGAUCAAAGAGUUCUCACUGUGGUAAAGUACAACAGUAGUGGAUGAUGGCACAACUCAGCAGUCUUUCUUUUCAAACUUUCUCACACAUGCAGACACACACAGGAAGAGCUGGAGAGCUACCAGGAACCUCAAAUUAGAUACAGGGUUGUUUUUUUUUCUGUGGCAAAAUACAAGGACAGCUGCUUCCACACACGUGCCUUAACUUCAAUUCAGAAUCUGUAGUGCUUUUAGCUGAAGUAUUGUGAACAGUGAUUACGUUAGGCUGGCUUGCAGGCUUGAGGCUGUGUAAUCUUUGAUAACUUUAUGAAUAACCUGUCCUAUGUGUGUUGAAGCUGUGAAACUAAACUGUACAGUGAGCGUCUACAGUGAAUAUUAGUCCCCCAGUUGUAUUCCUUGUGGCGUUAUUGUGUGGCGAAGAGCAUUUUGGAAACAGUUAUGUAAAAUUCACUUUAUAUGCUGAAAUACAAACGUAAAUCCAGGCCCAUCAUUGCCCAUUUUCACAUUUAGUAUGUAAGGAGAGAGAAAAAGAUAGUAAACUCAGGAGACAAAUUGUAAGAUGGUUAAUAGAGGAUAAGGGGAAAUUAAAUCUAAUGUGUGGUCCAAGUCAGAAGAGGACUGGGAAAGAAAGAUCUGUCUCAGAAAAAGACUGAAUAACUGCUUCAUGCUGAUGAAAAAGUUACUUUAUUGAGGCUUUAACCAUCUGGAUGAAGCAUCUGCCUCCAUCUGUCCAGUAUUACACAGCUUUUGGCGUUUGUACAGAUGUCUGAUGUCUCCCACGAAAAUAUAGACAGCAGAGAAGUUGCUGAGGGCAGGUGGUUGCUGCACUUAUUGUCAUGCUACUUAAUGUUACAGAGCAAAGAUAGAGCAAGGGCAAAAAAUGAAGAAAAAAAAUACUGACAAGAAGACAUUUUAAAAGGGAGAAAAGAGGGGAUACAGGGGUGACAACAAAAGGUGAAAGAGAAGUGGCAAAAAAAAAGACAGCCAGAAGAUAGGAAAGCAAGAAGUGAAUUUAUAGACUGUCAGAAUAGCUGUGGGGGGUUUGUCGUCUCCUCCUCAAAGUACUACACAACCUUUUGAGUACACUUGAAAAACAAGAAAUGUGUGUGUGCUGAUGGUGUGUUUCAGGAUUGUCUCUUCCGAGCACAGCGGCUCAGACAGACCUCUUCAUUUACAGUCGUCCCAUUUCAUCCAUAGUUCACUAAUGAAAAGCCUUUUGUUGCCUCAAACCUCAUGAGUGGCUUUGUGUCAGGAUACUUACCGCCUGCUCUUUUUCAGUGUGAGUGCAGGCAGAACCGACUACCACGCCGUCUAAAAUGUGUGUUUGAGUGUGUGUGUAUGUGUGUGUGGUUUUACAGGAGGUACAGCAGUUUACGCUCUCUAUCUAUUGCUCUCCUUCUGGCUGUUUCUCCUUGUUAUGAAAUAUUCAUAGACUGAUUCCAUGUGUUCGUCUCGACUUUGGCCGGCCUUUCCACAACAAACACACCCUUGAUUUCAGCGUGUUUCUGAAUGAAUUAAUUCCACCUAAUUAUUAGUGAAUUAAACUCCUAAUCAGGUCAUCGUCUUAAUUGAGAGUUUGCCCUGAAAACCUGCACUGUCCCUUUAAGAGUAGUGUCUUUUGCUGGGCUAACGUCAUUGUCCACUGGUCUUGUUAAUUUUUUUUUCCCUCUCUCCCAGCUCUCAGCAGUGACCUUGGGAAGUAGACAUACAGUCCACACACACACACACACACACACAAACACAGAGCAGGCACAUUGAUAUACACACAACACAGCACAGGUGUACACGCACAAGCAGAUUAAUGACUUAACCCACACAUUUUUCCUCUCACUUCCCCUUUAAUGUGUGUCUCCCUCAGUGUAGGUCCCUCUCUUCUUAACCCCUGUCUCUUUCUGCACGUCUUUUUGUUGUGUGUUUAGCAUGUUCACUUCGAUUUUUUUCCCCACAUACUUCUCCAUGUGCUCUUUGAAUAUUGUACGAGAAUUUAAAAAACCAAGCCAUGUGUUUGAUGUUGAGGAUUUGACUGCAGGUAUCAGACUUGGUUUGCUGCCGCUCAGGCUCUGCUGGAGUAUUUUGUAUUCAGUACCUGACUGAAGGCAUUUUCAGCGGUGCUAAGGAUUAUAGAAGAUUACAGCACUCUAUUUUCUCAGGGCAAGCACAGCCCCGACAGUCGAUACAUGAUGUGCCUCAACAGUGAGGUAAAUUUGGUCUUUCCUGUUUUGUCACUGAGACUACCAAUGUUGUUACAGCAACAAAUGAAUACAAAACAAAGGAAUAUUACGCAGAUUAUAUUUAUUACUGUGUACUCAUGUGAAUGAUGCUGAAAGCCAGCACGUUUAGGAGCAUGACAGAAAAAAAAAAAACAAGAUAAAAAUUCAUUUAUUCUUGACAAGGUUUGAAGAGUUUUUGUUUGUUUUAUUCAAAAGUUUAAAAAAAAAGUAUAAAACAAAUUUUCCUAUAGCCAAGAAAUUGAUCUUGGGUAAAACUCCAAUCUAUCUAUAAAAACUCCUCUUCAAGUUGGAAGCUUCGAGCUGGAAGUACAGUUGAUAAUAUAGGAAAGAAAAUGGCGUUUGGGGUGAAUAUUGAAAUUUGAUGUGUCCUCCAAUUCAUGCUAAUAUAACCAUUAUUGAUCAGAUGAUAUGGUAAGACUGUCCACUAUGUUUUUAUUCAGUGAAAAAGUAUCGCCUGUCAAAGCUGGAAUAUUCAUCCAGCAGGAAAUAUUGAGUAGGUCAGUGUUGCGGUCGGGUCUUGAGUCUGCAGUGUUCAAGUCUGAGUUAAGUCCUUAUUAUUGAUUUUUGUCAUUUGUGAUAAGUUGGGGUGCUGUGUGUGUGAGAGAGAACCUUGACUGACUGUGGGUGUAGAAAACACAUGUACAUUUAUUAAUAGAUGACAUUAUUAUUAGAUUCUGUCUGAUCCUGCAAGAAAUAUAUGUGAAAUUAAAGGGCUACACUUGGUGUGUAAAUGCACACUAUGCCUCUCUUUAUGGGGAGUUGCACCAAGUCACGUAAGCUGCCUCGCUAAUGGUAACAUGAACAACAGUUUAAGCAACUUUAGCAUGUCUCUUUACACUGGACACAUGUCUGUUAAAGUUUGAGCUUGUCCCUUUUUCUUCAUGAUGUGUACAUGUUGUACUGCUCACAUUAACACAAUUCAUGGCAUGUUUUCAGGCAUCCUUGCAAGAGCUGUUACACAAGCACAUACACAAGCAUAUGGACACGUGCCAGUCCUUGCUGGAAACUAAACGAUUAUUAGGACCUUAUACUAAAAAACCCUGAAACAAGCUCUAAAAUAACCUGUAUCAGUAAAUAAGUCUGAGUCCUUCUCUCCAUUUUCUGAGUCUUGAUGUACUUAAUGCUCACUUGUAAGUCGAAACACAAGUCCUAAGAUUGGGACUUAAGUUUGACAUGAGUCUUGGCCCUGGACUUAAUUAAAGCAACACUCUAAUUGGUAAACAACUUGAAGAUAGUUAGUUAGUUCUCUGAGUUUACCACUGAAUGAAUUGAAUUACAUGUUUGUAUUAUGAUCAAGAAGCAAGAACAUUUAAAUCUUACUUUUUACAGUUUUAAAAUAACUCCUUUUGGAGUUUAAUCACUUUUUUUGGCAGAGUAAUCGCAAUAAUCACCAUUGAUUCUUAAAAGUUAACCACUAAAUGAACCUCUUCUCCUGGGUCCAGCAGAAUACCAGCUCAUAGUUAAACUUAACAUCUAUAGCAUGUUAUUAAAGCAUGUUAUGAUUUCAAAUAAAAGAAGCAAAUCAAUAUUAGAAGGCGCCUUUUUAUCAGUCAGAAAUUGCUUUUGGAAUAUUGGGGCUGUCCUGUUGGCGUAAACACAUAAUGUUUACAUAAUUUGAAGGGAUGUACUGUGUCUCACUGUUUCAAGUCGUCAGGUGGGACAGCAGUUUGCCAACUUCAUUUGUCUGACAGUCUACCACAGCUCCAAAGUGAGCAUAUGCGUCAAUCUUAGAACUUAAGCUUUGGCACAGUUUAGCUGUGAACUUGGACUCAGAUGAAGUUUUAAAGCAAAGAUUACACGAAACUCUUUCAAAGUGUGUCUGUGUUUGUUGCUGGGCCGAGGGACAGAUUAUGUAAGAAUCGUUUGUGCAGUUUUGUUUUUGGCACCAGUCAGCAGCUUUGUCAUGACGCAGGCGCUGUAAUAGACUUAGCGCUCCAGAGGCUGACUGGACAUAAUGAGUCAGGGAGACGAAGAGGAGCGAGGUCGAGGAGAGGUCGGACAGAUUGGCGACGACAUGACCCCAUGACAUGAACUCUGCUCAAGUAAAGAGUGAAGGAUGUGCUGGAGGAGAGACGUUGUUAUGGCGUUAACAAGUAGUUGGAAUAGGUGAACCAGAGAUGGAGAGGAUGCAGGACAUGAGGAGACAUGAGAAAAUAGAUGAUUUAAGAUAAGAAAGAAGAGAGUUCAGUGGUCUUAGAGAUGGAAAAAUAAGAAAAGUGACCGGGGGGGGAGACAACAGUGAUGAUAAUAUGCAAUGAAGAUGGCUUUUUAUUCUUGUGAGUGUGAGAUGCAGUAUUAUUCCUCAAAGUGAGGUGUUACUUCUGAUCUUUAAACUUGUAUUUGUUGGCAGCAGUAUCAUUUGAAUGAAGGUAAUUAAUAAUUAUAGCAGCUAAAACCAAGAAACUGUGAUUUGUCAUAACACAUUUAUACAUCAGUACACUCAACUACAAGGAGAGAGGGUAGCAACUUAAAUAGUAGCACUCAGGAAGUCUGUCACAUUUCCUGUUUCUCUUAUAAUAGACAAGCUAAGUGCGUUUCUGAGAGUGAAUCAGCGGCUGUUAAAUUUAUCCGUUUAUUUGAGGCAGUGUUUCUGAGUACUUAUGUGAAAGUAAGAGGCUUCUCUCUUUGUCAACAGCGUGUUGUUGUGUGUAUGUGUUUGGGUGUGUGUGGGGGUUAUUCUGCUGUUAAUUAGGUAUCAUGUUAACACACUCACAGAGGACAUAGAUGCUCACAAAAGCACGCACAAUUGAAAAGCAAGCUGGAAGAUGAAUGCAUGAAUACUAUCACAAAUACACACAGCGGCUGAGAAAGACUGGCGGCAGACACAUGCUUGUGAUGCAUUCGAGUCCAUGUGUGCACACAAACACAGCCUCCUCAGUAUCUAGGUCAUUGACUCAGUGCGACUAUUUAAAGUUGUGAUGUGUUUACGUGUGCGGAGUGCGUAUUUCAGGCUUUUAGUCAUCAUCUUCUUAGGAGGAUAUUACACGGUGUCAGGGGAACUGAUGCAGUGAAAUGAAGCGAACAAACAAGCAGGACCACGUGGUCCGGUCUGUCCAUGCAUGAGAAUUUAUUUUGUUAAUUUAUCAGAGAUUAAAUUAACACCAAUAGGCAGUUGUUUGGAGCAUGAAAUUAGACCGGUUUACACAAGGGUAUUAUUCAUAUUAUUGCUGGCAGUACAUUGACUUUUAAGGUGAAUUACUCAGUCCCAAACCUGCAGCUUAGAUGCUUGGACUGUAAUUACAGCUUUUGGACAUACUAGAGCCACUGGAAAUGGUUAGCUAAUCAACAAGGUGUAGAGGUGAGGGACUUUAGCAAAGUAAAGUUUUGAAAGUUUAAUGAUAAUUGCAGACAUUUUUCAAACAGAAAAAUCCAAUAUUUGCAGCUACUUGUUCCUCAGGAUGUAAUUAUACACUCAACAGUUCAUACGCCAAGUUCACAUGGGAUUUUUCAUGAUUCCUCUGAGGGUGUUAUCAGGGAUGCUCCAAGAAGACUAACUCCCUGGAUGACAAAGUGGAAAUUUAAAUUGUAAUGAGCAGACUAAUAAAAGGGAACAGAAAAAAAUCAAUCUCGAUUUAUCGAAGCACAACUAGGUUUUGGUUGUCCUUGCAGGUUAACGUCCACAGGCCUGUUGUGUUCAUGCAUUGCUCAGGUAGAGUUGUUAUAUGCCAGUAUAAUCAGACACAGACACAUUUUAUCUGUUUUUUUUAAUUAAAACUCUACCACUGUCUCUACUACUGUCAUCGCGUUUACAUCCGGAUAGUAGAUCAUUACAGCCGUAGCAGAGCAACAGCCCCAACUAGUGGCAGUUUGCUGCACUACAGCUUUAACACAAACACAAACAGAAUUUUUGGCUUGUAGUAACAAAAUAUAAAUAGAUCCAAUCAGGUCAUAUCUCAGCUGCAGACAAAUGAGGAUGAUGACAUUCAAUCUUUUGGUCAAUUAAAUUGUUUAUAGUUUAUAUUAAUCCUUUAAAGAUCAGACAAUCUCUUAAAAGGUUGUUUGUUGUGCUUUUGUUCGCCUUUUGUCAUGUCUGAUGUUGAGUCGAGAAAUGUACUUUUAUUUUGAAAUGACAAAAAAAGUUCUUAUGCAAGAUUGGAAAGUUUCAGGAGUUAAAGAGAAAGAAAGAGAGGGUGUCCGUCCACAUAGAGGUACAAACAGUGAAAUAUUAAAACUGUUAGCAAAUUUACUCGUGCAGGCUGUGUUUAUGUGUGGAAACUGUUGCUGUUACCUGUAUGUCUCUAUCAUAGCGAUGGAGGUACCAGACAUAAUAACGACAAUCAAGGAAAGUCAAGGAUAAAUAGUGCCCUCUGCUGUUUGAAAAGUGUACCGCGAUUCGUUAAAAAAGUGCAUGAAUUCAUUUUGUCGAUUUCAGUGUCGACUUUCCAAAAUUCAGAUUUUUUUUAAAGACCAUUUUUGUAAAAUUCACCAUCCAAACCUUCUGUGUUGUGUUUGUCAGGCUUGAAUGAGGUCAUCACAUUUGUAGAUAUAUCUGCCAUUUAAUACUAUGACUAAUGCUGCUGCUGGGCAUCCAUAAUUAGCUUUCUCACAUAAACCUGUUAGUAAUGAUGUUUUUCAGUGUUAGUGUUAUUUUUCAGGUAAGAUAUUUUGACUCCUACACAAGGCUGGGCUGCGUCAUGUCAUGUGGCGUGUGCGGAUAGAAUCGAGGUUUUAUUGGCAGUCUGUACUAAUAAUCCAGCCUCUAUAAAUAACCGAGCUACUGGGUGAACAACUCAGCACAUACGCACACGCACUUGCACAUCGAUACACGCAUCUUGAGAGCUACCCUGACCUACAGUCCUGUCACCCAGCAGCUGUUUUAGGAUCCAGUGACUUGCUCCAAGACAUGCUUGUGAGCUGAGCACCUUCCUCGUCUGUAUUUCAAGUCCCUCUUUCCAUCUCCACCUCCCAUCUUCCCACCGUCUCCAACCUGCCUUCUGUCUCCUCCUCCCUCCUUUACAGCCUUUCUUGUCUCCUUAACAUCUUUGCUUUUACCUAAUCUUACCUUUCUUUGGUUUACUCUCCUUUUCUGCACUUUUUUUUUUUACGGUCUCUCUUUCUCUCUCUCCAUCUGUCUCCCUCCCCCUCAUAUUUUUUCUUCAUGAAUCCUCGCUCUCGUUCUCCCCCUCUCUGGUCUCUCUCUCCCCUCUCUCCCUCUUUAUCUCUGCCUAGUUGUCAAGUGGUGACUCACUAGAGGCAAGCAGCCAAGGAUCUAGCUAACACACAAACACACACACACUUUAACACUCAGAUGCACACACAUCCUGAUCAGCCAAGAGUACAGCAUGCGGGCCACAUGCUGCACGUACUGCACACACUCUGACACACACAAAGGCGCUGUUGAGGGCCAAGGGUAUGGAAGACAGGGUAGACACACUCUCUCACACACAGGCACACAAGCCAUGCUCUGUCAGCCAAGUGAAGAGCAGCAAACAGUCUGUUAAGUCACACCGGUGAAGCAGAACCAUCAAAUUAAACCUCCAAUAAACACACACAUACACACACACACACACAGUGUCUUUUUUGACACUCAGUGAUGAUCCUCAGCUUCCAUGUCAGACGUCAGACUCUAGUUUUGUGUUCCCCUCACUUGUACUCCAGGCGAACAAACAUCAUUCAAUAAAUAUAAACCUUAUUCCACACACUAUCGUUUUUACCCUGUUUGUCCAUGCUGUGAGGGGACAUACCCGCCUUGUCUCCCAUCAGCUAUUGUUAAACAACGAUGAGGCUCAUGGUGCGAUGGCCAACUUCUCAGGGCUUCCGGUGUUGCCAGCUGUUGGGGUUUCAUUUAUUUAUACCCUAACCACAAACACAAACAGUGAGCACAAAGUUGUGUUUGUUGAAAAACUGAAAUGUCAGCUACUCUUACAUGCUGACCUACAUCAAAGCCUGAUCAUCAUUGUUGAAUAACUGCUGAGGUCCUAGAAUUGCAUUAUGGUUGAUCUGAAACAACCUGCACUUAGCCAGAUCAAAAUACUACCUGUUGUACAAACAGAAGCAGAACACUUCAACACCAAAAUGUGGUGCAUAUAAAUGCAGAAUUGGUAAAUACAGACUAAAAAUGACAAAACAUGAUUGUAAUUGGAGAAACUUUUUUGCACAAUUUGUUCAAGCCAUCAACAUUUUCUCACAAAAUCUAACACCAAGUUGACUUAAGGGUUAAAAAAACCCCUCAAUGUUGAACGGUUUUCAACCAGGUGUCACAAGACACACUCAAGACAGAUAACUGUUACCCCUCCCCCCCAAAUAGUUUGUUUCUGUUCAUUUUUGGAACAUUUCAUCUUUAUCAGAUAAGAAAGCUGAAGAGAGACUUGAGUGAAGAGUAGAGUGAAGGGAAUUACAUUCUGCUAAGGACACAAGUGUUGAAAUCCUCUCUCUGGUAGAGCCUGACUAAUAAAAUGGGUUUUGCUGUGUUCCUGUUUGUUUUAGAAUUUUUUACACCAAGUAUGUUUUGGAUAAUUGAGUUGAUCCAGACCAGGUAAUAGUUCAAUUACUGGUUCAAUACUGAGGUAAUAACUUAUUAAAUUUCCAGCUCAGCAGUGCUCUACAUUGACAACUGUAUAAAACCUAAAGAGAGCAGUCUUGUUCAGGCUGUAAUCAUUGGUUGUAAUGCUUUCUUGAAGCUGACAUGGUUGCAGAAAGUUGCCUCAGUGAGCUAAUGCCUCAAAUGUAAACCAGGUUAGAGGAUAUCAGGACCAGAAAGAGGAUAUAAAACCAGAACAGGGACAUUAUUCUCAAAAUAAUUCUGCUCGAAGUGCCAAAAUCCAGUGAUUUGAUUAUAAUUUCAUUCAUUUUGUAACUUAUGCAUAUCUACAUUGGUUGCUGGAUAAGAGGUCAUUGUUUACCUCUCAGCUGUAGAGUAAUAGUUAUCAGAGCUGCUUCUUUAUUCAAACAGCUGUUGUUGUGCACCCACCUGCUGCAAUUGUCAAUAUAAUAUGAAAAAAUGUAACAUUGCAUUUUCUCUUGUGAUCUCUCCAGGUGAAGAAAACGUACAGUAACGGCACGUACAGAGCUGGUGCAAUGAGACAGAUCAGCCUAGUGGGAGCUGUGGACGAGGAGGUCGGGGAUUAUUUCCCAGAGUUUCUUGGCAUGCUGGAGAAGUCGCCCUUCCUGAAGGUAAGUCAAAUAAUGGCUGUAAAGUGUAACAGGGUAUCAGAGUUUUUUAAAAUUCUCCCAGAUAAGGUUGUAACUUUUAGGAAAUACAAGUAUCAGAACUUAAUGACACAUUUGGAGUAAAAAGGUGGAAGUUGUUCCUGUCCCCUGUGAUGAGAGGGGGGUUUCCUCAAAGCUCAAAGAGGAACCACAAAAAAGUCAGUGAAAAAACUCUACUUUCACUUGUGGACUGUGGAUACUUUCACUUGUUUUAACAGAAGAUUCACACAAAUCUGGAGAAACCAGAACUACAAAAUAAAAUAUCAAUCACAUCUGUAAGUUUGGGUUUUUUAUGGACAUAACAUUAUUUUCCAAAGUUGAAUAACUGAAGGAGACAUCUUACAUCAUAACUAUCUAUCCUGUCCAUUUAUCAGUCAUCUACUAUCUCUGUGUGGCACAUACUAAACAGCAACCAGGAUGCAAAAAAUAAACAAAAUAAAGCAAGAUAGUGGUGGCUAAUGUAGCUCUAUUCUAGAAUUUCUACAGUCCAGGAGCAUCUCACCCUUAAUGCUUCAUAGAAGAGGAGCAGUCUGCAAGCUCUGCAAACCUGCUCAUCACAGUCGUGUGUCAGUGAAGCAGGAGGGUUUGAAAACAAGAUUGACUGACUCUCCUUAAUACUAACUGUGACAUUCAACCUAACAGUGCGACACUAGAGCCACACUGAUGGAGGUUUGCAUCUUUAGACCAGUCCCCUCUUCAUCAUCAUUUCAUCUUCUUAUGUUUUGAGUUUAAAAGAGAGAGGUUCAGUCUUGAUAAAACACGUUAAGAACAUGUAUCUCAUUGUCUCAUAGGUCCAUUAAUUGUUUAAAUAAAUGCUGACUAGUUGAUACCUAAAACUAUCAGUACUUGCAGCUGUGACUAACGUUUACAUUUGACUGAUUCACUAAGUUUAGAAAAUUACCUUUUUUGGUCAGUAUACUUGACCAAAGGGAGAAAAUAGAACUUCUGUUUCUACUUUCACAUCACCAACUCACAACCUGACAUUUAAUUUUCCUACCCCUGUGCACUGAAUCAGCUGUUCUUAUCCCAUCCCGAACUGUGGGCGAGAUCUGCAUGGAUUAUGGAUUAACUCACUCCCCUUGCACCCAUGCAUCCCACUGAAAAAACUCUUUUGUUUUUGUUUCUGUCAAACACAAGUUUCCUCUUGCUCUAAAACUCUUGUGUGCAAAUUUUUCAACCGAGCAAAUCCAAACAAAACUGAGCUGGACCCACUCUUCGGCUAUAACUUCAACCUUUCGACAAUACUCAGCUGGCUGACAGUUUUUCACAGAACACCAUUUCACUGAAAUAUCACAGGCUUGUCAUUUACCCUCGUCAUAUUUUCUCACUUGUACCCAAUAAAAGUCAAUUUAUUAUAAAUGUUCUUCAUCGCAGCUAUAAAUAAGAGUCCCCCAAAACAUUUUGAUGCAUUCACUCUGCUGUUAAUGUGGAAAUGCGACAUACUGCGAGGGAGCAGAUGGAUAGACUGUGUGAGAGACAAACAUCAAUAACACCUAAUAUUCUCAGUGGUGGCUGGCAAAGAGGAGGCGUUAAGUGGUGUGUCUGACUGAUUAGCUCCAGUUCAGGAUGUUAUUCUCUAAUUUUAAAAAGCCUGUGCGGGUACAGACCACCAAAACACCGUGUUUACUGCUGUCACUAAACGCAGGAGUGACAUGCUUUUCUUCUGUUUGCUAUUCUGUGUUGACACCUCAAAUCUCUGCUGCACGCAGUUUGGAGGAGUGGCGUCGUAUGCUGAAUAUCAAAAAGACGCUCAUCUUCUGGCUUUUCCUAUCUGUCAAGGAGCGCUGGCACUGAUUCAGCACCUUCUCAAACAUCUUGGGUGCCAGUGACAAGAUAUGCCACCAGGGCAGUUUCUACGCGCAGAUCUCUCACUCUCUCUCUCUGUGAAUUGGAUUGAAAAGUAAAGAAUGUGCAGCUAACAUGUUUGAUUAUUCUCCCUCAUUCAUUUUUCUCUCUUUGUCUGCAGCGGACUCUUCCAUGGGGAACCCUCUCCAGUCUGAGGCAGAUGAGUCCCACAGAGAGCGAUGAUGGGCCAAUAAUGUGGGUCAGACCAGGAGAGCAGAUGAUACCUGUAGCUGAUAUACCAAAGUCGCCUUUUAAAAGAAAACGGUGAGUCCGUAAAUGAGGAGUAUAUAAACAUGCGCCGGCAUAUGAAGCCAGCCAAUAUUUUUAUCCUGCUUAAGCACCAAAGUGGGACAGAAUUAGCAUGGAUUUCUAUGUGUAUGAACAUUGUUUGUACUGGCUACAAGUCUCGGCAGUGUGUGUUCAGUGUGCCUCUAGACUCCACACGGCCCACGAGGAUGUGAUUAUGAAAAGCAGAACAUAAACACACUCACACGUUUGAAAUAGCAGCCGUGUUAGCAGCAUGAGGCUUUGUUAUAGCCGAGCACUACCCGACGAGGCAAUUACACCCUCUCUGUUCGUCUCAGUCACAGUGUCAUUAUUGGCCUCACACAGACACACACAUGAUUUGUGGGACCACAAGGGAGAGUGCGUGUGAGUUCGUAUGUGUGGGAUCUGUGCUUGAUGUGGCUCAGCACUCCCAUGAGAUCAUUCCUAAUAUGCUAAUAGAAUUGAGAUCAGACGCUACUUCAUGUUGGCAGCCUUCCAAACAUGGGAGAGACGCUCACUGUCCUUUAAUGCGGUCGUUAUUUCCCUGCUGAUUGGUGGUUGCAUCAGUGAAUAUAUACUGUUCAUUUGUUUGUGUUUCAGCUAUUUUUGUCUUUCAAGUGAGAUCAUUUUGCUGCUUCUCUUUGUUCUGUUUGGCUCACACAAAAAAUAAUAUUCUCACUACUCUGGGUUUGGACCACAAGAUAGAAAGCCUUAAUUUUAUAUUCAGUAAGGCAACCUACUAAAUGAUGAUUCAAAUUAUAUUUAGUUGCAAUCUAAGUGGAUUUCACCCCAGUAAAAAUUUUACUCAAAAUGAGUUUAUAUCUUAUCUUCCUGUCAGGUGGGAUGAAACAGACAUUCACAGAGAGAUUUUGGUCUCUGUAUCAUUAGUGCUCCUCCUGAAAUACACACCCUGUUGUUAUACAACAUUGUUUUGCAGAGUAAGGUGCUCAGAUGACACACUCAUACACACUGUAAAAAACAAAUAUAAACUUUGUGACAAGCACAUUUACAUUUUGAAUAUUAAAUAAGACCAAAAAUAAGAAAUCUAACACAUGUAUAUAAAAAAGACAGAAACCUGAAACUUUCUCUUGCUGGAUGUGAAGAUUGUGUAUUAGAUGUGUGUGUUUAGUAAACUACGUGAUCAGGUGUUGUCAAAAGAAUAACUCAUAUUUUUUUAACAGGCCCAAAAUGCUGGUCAUACUGCGUGUCGUGUGCAAGCUGUAGUGCAACCACCCACCACUAGCUGGGGCUCUAGCUUUGGUUAAAAAUGGCCACAAUGUUUUAAUUCACAACCAGGAUGUAAACAAGGAAAAAUGACAGAAAGCAUAAUAGAAUAGAAUAUUCCUUUAUUGAUCUCCUAUGGGGGAAUUUUUUUUGUCACAGCAGCAUCAUGGACAAAGAGUGCAAAAAUGCAGUUAUAAAAAUAAAGAUUGUUAUAUUAAGAACUUAAAUAAAUGUAAUAAUUAAGGAAAAUUUUAGAAAAAGGAAGAAGAAAAUAAAACUAUAUACAAUAUACACAAUUUAAAUGCCAGAAAAAAGUGGUGGUGUGAGUCCAGUUUUAUUACAGUUUGUUGUAAAGUCUUAUUGCAGAAGAGAGGAAUGACCUGCGAUAGCGCUCUGUUAAUAACAUAAUCCGUUGUCUGCUUGAACUGGCCUGUAACCACCUCGUGGAGUAACCUGCACAGACAUUGUAAGUUGUUCUUUCUGUUUGCUGUCGACUGUUUGGUUGGUCAGAAUUUAAAUUUCUCUUCAACAACUCGGACAUGAGUCACCUUGAAACACUCUUAAUUGGUUGGUGGAGGUUGUUUCUAAGCGCGGCUGUAAAGAAAGAGGCUGCAUCAGUGUGAAUGUGACCGAGUGUGCUGUCAGAAACACUUGUGUAACAGCUGGGGCUGAAAGAGUCUGUUUUUAUAGAGACACAGAUGAAUGAACUGACUUAAAGGAAGAGAAAGAGUCAGGUGUUUGAGCGGUUUCCUUCUCUUUGUGUCUCAUCUCAUCACUUUAUUAUAACUCACCACCAGAAUACAAAACAACAAAAACAAACCCACACAUUUUUUCUUUUCAUGUCCCCCUUUAGUUUACAGAUUACUUCUGGGAGUCUUUUUCACCCUCCUCCUUUUAGACUCCUUAUUUCUUGUGUUCUCUCCUCCCCUCCCUCUGCUUCCUCAUUUCUUUGUCCUUGUCCUCUUGCAACCUCUUAAUAUUUGCUGCGUCUUUCUUUCUCAAUUUCUUUUACAAUCCAUCUUGUGUUUCCUCCUCUUGACCCCGCUUUGCUGCUUCAAGUGCAUUUAUCACAGUUACCAGGCUUCUAUUUCGGGAUCUCUUAAAGUCAUUUAAGUAAGGACCAAGUAUUAUUGUUUUUGUCUGCUUUUGUAAAGAGAAAUACAUCCAACAAUACAUUAAAAAGAAAUGUUUUGUAGAGCAACUAAGAGAGACCUGUGUAAUAUCGAGGAAAUGAGCUGCUGUUGUGUUUGUAUGGAGAGCAUCCUCUUCUUUUUCUCAGUGGUUUCAGAGAAAAGGUCAAGCUGUUAAGCAUUUCUGACAGCACUGAGACUCUCAGUCUGAGAAUUCAGCUUGAUUAUAGUUGUUGGUCGAUGCAAGCAAACCAAAAUAUUUCAGCUUUUAGUGAAAGAUUGCCAUGUUAUGCUGAGAUUUACAAUAAUUGCAGAGUAAAAAGAGUUACCCUGACCAGCACCAGAUAGAAACAGGACCGAGGCCUGACACAGAAAGCCUUUGGAGUCCGAUGAGAGCUGCAUGGCUGUGGGCUGGAUGUCAAAAUAACGUCUGUUCAAUCACAGAGACAGUUUAUCAAUCAGAGAAUGAUUUCAUGAUCGUUUCAUGACUCAGAAAUUAUCUUCUCUAACUGGAAGAGUUUUUAGCGCCUCUUGAAUUUGUAUUGUUCUACACUGAGUAUUGUUAUUUUUUGUGUUGUUGGAUUAUUUUAGGAUUUAAAGCCUCCUUCCUUUAACACGUUUUACAUGUCAUUGAGUCAAAGUUUGUCACACUAAUGAAACAUUAUAAAAGCAGUUUAUUCAGCAUAAAUUCAAGCACGAUGUAACAAUCGAUGGAUCAUUUUUUCUAACUUAAAGUCAUAGAUGUGGCCAGCAUAGAAGUUGAUAUUAAAGAGCAGGUUUCAGCCUCUAUCAGACAGAGAGCUGUGUGUGAGACACGUUGAUGUACAAUCGUAUUUGGAGUGUGUGCUGCAGCUUUAGCCCGAACAUUGAUAGUGUUUGUCAUCAGAUCCUGGCUCUUGUUAUCUUCGUUUUCUCCUCCUCCUUUUUUAAUAGAUUUACCCGUCAGGUCCCCACCUCGCCUCUUCUUUAUCUCCUAUUUCCCUCCAUUAUCUCCUCACUCUCCCCCUCUGCUCUCUUCCUUCCCACCUAACUUUAUUUACCCAUAAAUACACAGGGACCUGGCUUGAGGACACGGUGUAACACACACUUCCACACUGCAGGCUGACACACUAACAGGACCUUUUCUAUCGAGCAGAGUUUAAGAGUUGUGGUUGACUUCAGACAUCGCUCUGGAUGUGCCUGUUCAGCACUCCUGCUCUUUACACUCUCUUCUUUUCAGUUUUUCACUUACCAGCUUUCCUGGUUUUACAUUCAUUACUGUCAGCCUGCAGUCAGCUCAGGAACACUGAGCUGUGUGUCAGUGUGUGUGCGUGUGUGUAUGUGUGUGUGUGUGUGUGUUUCUCAUAUCCCCCUACUCACUGUUCUGUUUUCCUCUGCUUCUUCUUUCUUCCCCUUCCUCUGUCUCCUGCUCCCCUCCUCUUAUCUCCCUAUGAAUGAAUGCACAAUUAAGUGUUCAGCUUGCGUAGCCUCUAGUGCAAGUGUAAACGUGUGUGUGUGUGUGCGUGACGCUCUCCAAGGAGUCUCCCUCCGACUCGUGCGUGUGUGUGUGUGUGUACUCUUCCUCUUUGAAUCAGACUGCAGCUCCAGUGUGAGUCACUGAACCAGUGGUGAGCUGACUGCAGUACUUCUAUUGUUCGGCAACACGGCUCAUUUUUAUGCCUUUACCGCUCUGCUUGUCUGUCAGUCUGUCUGUAUGCAUGACACCAGUACGUACGCAUGUAAGAGUUUCCUCCAUUUUUACUUCAUCUAAAUGAAACCUUUUUUUUUUUUAAUCUGUUUAUUCGCAUUUUCAGUUUGAACAUAAACAAAUCAUGUUGAAUAAAUGUACUAUGAAACCUUUUUUACAAAAAACAUUAACUGGUUGCACAUUUCUGUGGCUCACAUUUCCUCUAAUAUUUUGUGUUGCAUUGGAUAUUCAAACCACCCUGUGACAAAACUAGACUGACAGGGUACCUGAAGACAAUGUGAUUUUAGGUGUUCUAUUAAAUAGUAAGGGUCGCUAAAACACUUGAUUACAAACUGAGUGAUUUUCUGAUACUGUUUUCAUCCGUCAAAGCACAAAGUUUCUGAGGCUGCAAUGUAAGAUAAUCUUCAUUGUAUCACUCUAAACUCACAGUCUUAGUCCUUUAAAUUAGGGCCCGAUAUGGAUUUUUUGGGGGCUGAAACCGAUUAUUAGGGGGAAAAAAAUACCGAUUUAUUGUCCGAUUUUUUACAUUUCUUAUGAAGUUAUAAAAAAUAUGUAUAUGUAUACUAUAUACUGUAGGUUACUGAUCAAACUCGGACCAGAAAAGCGUUUUCAACCCCCCCGUCGAUCGGUGUCGCCGCGUCUUAACUGCCUCAGUAAGAGAAGUAGCUCGAUCGCGUAAUGUGUACUGUUGUUUAUUCUACCGUUACCGGCACGGCUAACAGUGUAGCAAGGCUAAUAGCAGAUGGCUAACUCUAACUUUAGCUUGCAUAUUACAUGGUGCUUCACUGUUAACUCGGCGUGACCAAGACCAGCACAGCGGGGAACAUCAUGAAGUGGGUUGAACUGAAACUUGUUGACUUAUUUUUAAUUUCACAAGCUGGUUUAUUCACUGUUGAGGUGGACCACUCUCCUCCGUGCGUCCCUGAGCUGCCUGCUUUAGAUCCGUCACUCUGCUGUACUGUGAGGUAGUUAGUGGACGAAGAUUGUCACGAGGUUGCUGCGCCAUCUACAGGAUAAGUCGGAGGAUCUUUUCAAAGGGCGGAACAUUUUCAAAGUGAAACCGAGUCGCAUUCUCCGCAUUUUAUUUCUGAAAAUAUCGCAUUAUUGGCCGAUUUAAUCAGCUUGCGGAUAAAUCGGUCGGGUCCUACUUUAUAUGAAAGACAACUACAUGCAACAGAUACUUUAAGUUUCAGAAACUUAAAUUGCAAAGUCUUGAUGUAUUUCCUUUUUUUUUUUUUAACAAUCCGUAGCUUUUAAAUGUUCUCCUUUUUUUAUUACUCUUACUUCGUGUUGUAAAACUAUACUGAAUGUGGGCUACUUCAUACCAACAAGUCUGGGAUGCCCAAGUGGUGCUCCAGCGUUGUAGCUCUUUCUCAGCUGAUUCAUUUUCAGUCUUUGUCUGGUUUUGGAGGUUGCAGGUCGCUCGUUUUCAGUGGUGCAACAGUUUUCUGAUAUAUCAGUGUCACUCAGCAGCUGCUUGAAUCUGUUGGGCGGGGGUGCUGUGUGUCCUUUUUUUUCUCAUGAGAAGACUGGCACAGAAAACGGACUGGAGAUUUCAAUACCCAGCUAUUAAUUACUGUGAAAUCCAGCAUAUAGGUCACACUGGUCUGCACACUGCAGUCUGUUUUUGCAAGAGGGAAAAAAGGUUUAAGCUGUCGCCCCAUGUGAAGGCUUCCACUGCGUUCAACAAAGUCCACGACAUGCAGUGUCUGUACAACUGUGAGGCUCUUUCUUGUACCAUCUGUCUUCACUUUCUUAAUAACUUCCGGUAGUUUAACUCAGUUGUAAAAUACAGACAGAUCCCUCCAGUGCAUUUGCUUAAGCUUGUGUGAGCAUUAGCUGAGGGACGGACCCACUGCCUGUGACCAAAGAGUUGUGUCCCUGUUGGUCAUUUGUCAUCUCAAAUUGGGGGAUCUUUUUAAUCAACCAGCGCCCUAUGAAAUGUAUUUACUAAACAGCAAUCCACCCUUUUCUUGUAUUCACUUAGUUUAAUGUCAUAAAAUCCCUCUCUUAGUAUUUCAUACCGGUCAUGACAGUGUUUGUCCCAGAAAAGUAUUUUAAGAGCUGAAAGUGCCUCACCGCUACCUGAAUGCUCAACAACAAAGCUUUAUUGUAUUGAGACUGAUGCUGGUUUUGUGUUCUCAAACGUCUCCUCUGCUGCUUGUGUUACACUGUGGUGUCUGGAUUUCAUCAAUGACUCAGUCAAACAAUAUAACAGCAGCAGCAGCAGCAGAUAGCGCCCGUCUGGUGCUUUAUUUUGCCGCAGCAGACAGGAAACACAAAGACACAAACAAAGCCCACUUGCCUUUUGUCAUUUUGGGUUUUAUUUACACAGCAGUGAGGCAGAGAAAUCUCUUUUUGGAUACUUUUUGUGUUCACGCUGUUUCUCUGACGCUGUGUUUAUUUCUCCUGUAGCUCCACCAAUGAGGUGAAGAACCUGCUGCAGUCACUGCCCAGGACCAGCGAGCCUAGAGAGAUGCUGUUCGAGGAUCGGACUCGGGCUCACGCUGACCACAUCGGGCAGGGCUUUGAGCGUCAAACAACAGCUGCCGUUGGGGUGCUGAAGGCUGUGCGGGCCCUCGAAAGGUGAGCGGUGACGUCACCUCCACAUGAAAAUGUCCAAAAGCAGCAUGUGUGUAAUCUCUUUUUCUCUAUCCCUCGUUUUUCAGCUCAGACCCUCCUCGUGUAACCAAAGACGUUGUGUGUUUCCACGCUGGUGAUUUCCCUCAAGUGGUUCAGAGGCUGCAGCUGGAUCUACAUGAGCCUCCGCUGUCUCAGGUGAGACUUACAGCACUCGCACAUUGUUCCAGCUCACUGCUAACUGCUCUCAAAAUACACACAAAGUUAGUCCUUGGUGUUGCCUUGAUAUCAGGCCCAUGACUAUACUCUCAGUGCAGAUAUGUUGUUUGCUGCCACCUGGUGGAUUAAAGUCAAACUGCAGUAAGUGAAACUGCUUAGAGCUAAAAAGUUUUGAGUCAAUAGUUAUUUGUUGAUUUUUUUUAAUGAGGAUUUUGAUUUUGUUUGAUGAUUAUUCAAACCUGCAGCAGUUUAACUCUCCAGAGUUGCUUUGAUUAUUUGACUUAGCAAAUGCAGAGGGAUAAUUGAGACAUAUUAUGGUUGAAACACUGUAGUGACAGUAUGUUGAUUAGCAGCAGAGAAACUGAAUCAUCAUGGCUGCAUAUCUUCACCCACGACCACCUUACCUUGCAGGUUGGCAGUGACAGGCUCACAGGUUUCUCUGUGUCCAUGUUAAUGACAUAUCCCAGAUACCAUCCAAACUGGGAUACUGUGUUCUUGUAAAUGCAGGGAGUGUCAACAAAAUCUGUUUUUCAGUGCACUCACUCGUCUCCUUUCACCAGCAUGUUUUUAAUAUUGACUCUGGAUGUUUACUGGUGGUAAAGUAAAGAAAAUGCAGAAAUGGGACAGUGCACAUCCUGACAUGUUUGUACCAGAGUUUCCGCAGAGUCUUAAAAAGUCUAAAAUGUGAUCAUCCUCAUUUAAGGCCUCAUUAGUGCAAGAGACCUCUCUUGUGAUGUAAUGAGUUCAUUAGUGAAUGAUAAUAAAUGACUUUUUUAAAGUCAUUCUGGAUCUCCCGAUUUUCCUUAUUUUCUUAAAUUCAACCUGUAAUGGUCUUAAAAAGGUCUUAAAAAGUCUUAAACUGAUCUUGUUCAAACCUGCAGAAACCCUGUCAGACACUUGAAGAGUUCCUUCAAUCUUACAUCAACUUUUUUUUUUAAAGCUCGUUCUUUUUCACUGGAGCGAGACAGUGUAAGAUAAAAGCGAGAGCAGAGCUGCCUUUACAGUAAAGGUCAAAUGUAAUUUCUGCAGACCUUGAAAUUACUGUUAUCUCUCAUGAAACAAGUUUCUGACAGAAAAAAGGACAACCCUCAAAGAAAUGUGAGAUAAGUGAAACUAAGAAAACUGAGAAAAGAUUCAAUUUCAGAUUGUUUUUUCGACAUUGUGUGACUUUAAAUAAGUCAAACCUUAAGUUUGUACAUGUGAUCCAUGAUCGUGGAAAUUAUCGUAGAUUUCAGAGUCCUCUGUGGAAAUUAAAAUAGUCUGCAGAAUACAAGGCGAGGUGCAGAAUAUUAUAUUUUACAUGUGGUUUUCAUCCUGGCCGCUCGAUGACGUGGUCAGAUGGAUGGGAAAGGGAACUCAUAGCCGAAUGCGGAAAGGUUUGGCGUCGCCUGGUUGCUUGUGCGAUCUGGUGCGUGUGUGUGAGGAGGAUCCCAGAUGGAAAGGCGGGCUGUCGAGCGGAUGGCACAUUUUUAAUGGAGUAAAAAACACAGCGUAUGAUGAGCGACAGCGAGCAGCUCCAGCGACACUCGAAAUGAAGCGCUUUCUCCGACAAAAUCCUCCGACGCCAGGAGCAAAGCUGUAUAUUUUUUUAUGUGAGAAUCACAACUCCAGGCUUUUGUGUUCCUAAGCCAUCACCCAUGAUAGUUUGGUGAAAUAUUCUGCACUUGUAUUUGUUUACAUUUAUUAUCUGACUGUUUUUGUGACAGUAUAAUUCGCACUAUAUUAUUCCUGAAGUUGCUGCAAAUAAAUCUGCCCAAGGGGGACAAAGAGAAUAUUGAUGUUGAUCAAUUAUUUAUAAGAGCGUUUUACAGUGUUUUGGUUUUGCAAUUCAUUUCAUAAGAUAUUUUUUUCUUUAAUAUGACAUGAAAAAAUAUGUUUGCUUCAGAACUGGAAAUUCUAGGUUGUUUUUUAAUGUCUGCUGAAUCUCAACUUUCAAGCCGCGGAUUUCCGCAGAAUCAGGAUUGUUCUCCACGGAAUCGAAACUUUUUCUCUGCAGAUUCCUGGAGGGUCUCAUUAUAGGUGUUAUGUGUUAAAGGCGCCACCAAAAAAAAUGAAUCUGUACAAAUAUGUCCUCACUGCGCUGACCCGAGAUCUGCACUAAGGCUUCAAAAGGGAAUGAAGCUUCAGAUUACAGGCCUAUUAUACCUCCAUCUGAAACCGUCACUGAUGUCAGUGUUUAAAGGUAUACAGAGGGUUAUUUUUAAAUACCUUUAUUCUCUUUAUUCCCUCCUUUGUGUCUUCACAGUGUGUGCAGUGGGUGGAUGACGCAAAGCUGAACCAGCUCCGGCGUGAGGGAGUCCAUUACGCCCGCAUCCGCUUGUGCCACAACGACGUCUACUUCAUCCCUCGCAACGUGGUCCACCAAUUCAAGACCGUGUCGUCUGUCUGCAGCCUAGCGUGGCACGUCCGACUACAACAGUAUCACCAAGAAGAGGGCGGAGAGAAGGAGGAGGUGAAAGAGGAAGAGGAGGAGGAGGAGGUUGAGUUGAAAGAAGAGAAGAGGGAGACGGUGGACAGGGAAGAGGAAGAGGAGGAGAGGAGGGAGAAAAAGGAUGAAACGAGUAUCAAAGUGGAGGCUGACGUGGCAGAAAGAAGGACGUUGCCGACUGUGAAAAAGGAAGAGGAGGAGCAUGUUCCUCCUCAGCAUCCAUCUCUCUCGUCUCCUGCUGCUCCCUCCACAGACUCCAGCCUGAGCAGCGGGAGGGACAAAAAGGAGAAAGAGAAAGAGAGAGUUAAACCCAAACAGCAGGAUUCACCUCCUGCGAAGGUGAAAGCAGAGCCUCCCUCUCCUCUGAAACACAAAUCACCAACAGCUCCUCCUCCUCCUCCUCCUCUGUCUCCUCAUCAGAACACUAAACCCAAAGCAGCUUCAUCAAAGCACUUACUCCACCACCACCACCACCAUCACCAUCACUCAGAAAGCAGGACCACGUCUUCCAGUAAAAGCACCUCAUCAGUGGUUUCCAAAUCUCCCAUCUCCAAGUCUUCCUCCUCCUCUUCUUCAGCGUCUCCAUCCUCGGCCUCCUCCUCUUCAUCUUCUCUUCCCGCUGCAUCGUCCUCCACGCCGACCUCCACCACAUCCUCCCAAACUAGUCUGAAACCUACAGCUGCUGCUUCUUCCGUUUCUUCCUCCUCUGGGUCUGAAAAACCGAAGGGCAAAGACUCCCCCCGCCUGAAAACGGACGACUCAGCAGACGCACGGACACACAAACCUGCUGUGGACGCACCACAAACACAAACACACACGAGUUCACAGGCGGACACACGGACACACACGUUAGUGCGAACACUGACGGACUCAAAGUGGACUCACAGUGCGGACUCCAGGACCUCAUCCAUGGAUCCACAGAGGCCAGGGAGCUACUUGCAGCAAUACACCCCCAAACACCUCCCACCUCCUGUCCCCCACAUGCUCCCUCCAUCCUACCCCCCUCUUCUCCCUCCCUCCCACCUCCCUCCUAGACCUCCAAUGCUCCCCCCGAAUCCUCUACCCAACCCCGCACAGCCCCAAACGAUGAACUCUUACCUCCCGCAGACCCCGCCUCCCCACUCUGCCCACAUGAACCAGCUCCAUCUGCCCCCGCCUCCCCAACCCAACCUCACCACACAGUCCCAAGCCUACUACCACCCUCCCCUCCCCACCUCCCAACCGCUCCCUCCUCCUCCCCUCCCUCACCAUCACCAGUACCCUCCACACGCCAAACCCUUCUACCCACCUCAGCAUCCCCACUUUCCCUCCCACCCCUUCCUCCCCCCACAGUCGUUCCUCCCCCAGCCGCCCUCUUCUUACCCACUACAACCGCCAUACCAAAGCCCACCACCCUCGCAGGUUCAGCACUCUCAGCCUUUUCCUCUACCACCUCCUCCUCCGUCCUCCACGCAGCCUCCCCUUCCUCCUUCUCUACCACCUCCUCCUCCCCCUCAGCCCUCCCCCUCCCUCAUGUCCCCUCCCCCAAAGCAUGAAGAGCAGAUUUUUUAG